CUCAUUCCUGCACCGCACAGCGCACCCUGGCCUAAUUCAUCGGGUUAUGAAAGCUGACUGUACGCUGCUAUGUUUGUUCCGCUCUCCGUCCCCUUUCUGUUUCAGCGAUCCGGCUCUGAACACACAUGGCCCUUUAAGUCGCCUCUGUCUCUGGCAGGUGCUGACGGUAAGCUAUACAUCGGCGUGGUCCACAGCUAGCAAGCAGGAGAGGCAGGCAGAGUGUGCCUCGCUGCCAAACCCCGCUGCUGCCUUUUAUUCAUGUUUGUAUUGAUCUCUGGCUGUCAGAGGCAGCGGAUUCAGCUCUUCUGGUCGAUAGACAGGGAAAAAAAAAGAAAGAGAGGGAGAGGGAGAGGGAGAGCUCCGAUUCAGAGACACUGGGAUGUUUAGAAAUUAGAGGAAAGAUUUUAGGGGGGUAUCCCAAAUCAGCACCCCCCCCCACCUCUACCUGUUCCUGUGCCUCUCUUUUAAUAAGACUCUCCCUCAGCCCCCCCAAAAUAGAAUUUAAGAUUGGAACAGGCUACAAGGUGUCUCCCCCUCUCCUAAUGUGGGAGUCCCAGCCUGUUAGAAUAAUUAAGGCUCAUUAGCUUAAUUGGGAGAGACAUGGGUGGGAGGAUAGGGAGAAGGGGGUGUACAAAAUGGUAUUUGCUAGAAGAGACUCUAAAUGAAAUAAUCUCAUGUUAAGUGACAAAAGAGGACAGGUUUAACCAUUUCAUAUCAAUACUGUCUUCUUGGUCACACUCUUUAGAAGUCCUUAACUACAGUCUACUCAUAGACACAACAUGUACCCCCAAAACACUGUCUAACAGUUAACUGGUAUGUGCACCCCAAUUGUACCUAUUUUGUUUCAGUCUAGGGCACUUGGAGAAGCUGAGAAACUGCUGAGUUUUUAUAUUUUAUUUUAAAUUCCAUUGGCAGUUGUGUCUUGAUUUUUUUUAAUACUACAACUUGGAAUGUACCCCAACCUGGCCCAAUUUAUGAUUUGUCAGAAGCCCCACUUUCAGGUUAUAACAGAAAGUAAAUGUCACUGUGCACUAUUGCAUCAUUAACAUUUUAACAUUCUAUAUAACCAGAGUCAACAUGCAUGUGUCACUGAUAUAUUGGAGAUAAGAACAAAAAUAUUUUUUUUAUUGAUUAUGGAUUAGGUAUAUUUAUGUAAUGGGUUGUUUGUGAGGCGGGGGACAGGUAGGGAGGUAGUUGAUCAAUAUAAAUGCCAUGGGGUAGUAUAUGUGUUCUUUUAAGUAUUUUUAUUUAUUUUUAUAUUUAUUUGUCUCAUUUUACACUGCAUUGCUAGUGAAAUGUAUGUUAUUGGUGGUGGUACUGGGUAUAGUAGAUCGAUGAAUAUCUAUUAAAACUGGGAGUUGUUUUUUGUUUUUUUAAUUAUUAAUAGUAAAGGGGUGCAGGUGCAGGCAAAUGAUGAUAUUAUUGAUAAAGAAAGAUAUAGACUGCAUUUAAUAUUUAAUUGGUAAGGGGGCAAUUUGUAGGUUCCUAAUAUUUAUUGUUAAAGAAGAGGAAUUUUGGGUCCUUUUUUAUUAACUGAAACUAUUUCUUAGUACUUUGAUGUCUAAAGCAGAACACAGCUCAAGUUGUAUAAACAUUUUUUAGCUAUUUAAAUUUCUGUAUUUCUGCUUAAGCCUACACUAGAUUAUUAGGGUGUGAAAUGUUUUUAUUAUUUUACUUAUUUUUGUUUAUUUUUUAAAUGAUUUAUCGAAAUAUAUAUUUAUCCCAAAAUAUAAAUUUUCCUUUGUAUUUUAAAACCACAUAUUUAUUGCAUCUUUUGCCUUUUGUCUACACAAGACUGUCACUAAAACCUCACUGUACUAGCCCUUAAUAUAUUCUGAUAAUACACAGUGAGCCUAUUUAAUCAAAAUAUAUUUAUGCAUAUGUUUCAUAGACUGUAUAGAUUUAUCUGUGUGCGUGUGUAUAUGUAUGUAUGUAUGUAUGUGUGUGUGUGUAUAUAUAUAUAAAUAUAUAUUCCUAUAACAUUAUAUCAGUCUAAGUAAAUAAUAUUCAUACCACCUUUUUAUUCCAUGUUCCAAUUAACAGUUUUGGAAUACUUAGUUUUGGGUAGCUCACUUGUGCUAAUAUUUGACACAACAUCAUGAGAAUUUCCCAAGUGUUUGACUUAGGCCUUUGUAAAUAUCUGUCUAGCUAGUAAAAUACAUACACACAUACAUAUAUAUAUAUAUAUAUAUAUAUACUUACUUAUAUUUGCAUUUCUCUAUCUUUAAUUGUUUCAAAAUGAAGUUUGUUACAAUGUAAUAUUAUAUAUAUAUAUAUAUAUAUAUAUAUACAUAUAUUUAUAUUUAUACAUUCAUGCAUAUAUCUAGGUUUCAGUAGUGUCCUUAUUAAAAUAUGAUAUACUGAUAUUCCCCUAUGCUAUAUAUAUUUAAAGGAAGUGCCGAUAUUUUGUAAAUACUAGCGUCCCCAGAACAUCCCCACUUUCUGGCUAAACAAUAUAAUGCAAACUACACAUAUAUAUGCAAAAUGUAAAUAUAUACAUGCACAUUUAAAAUAUAAUCUGAACUCAAUAUGUCUGUCUAUUUAUGAUAAAAAUGUACCGACAUGUUUUGUUUUUGUUUCCAAUUGCUUUGCCCUUGGUAAUUUGGGUGAAAAGCAGCUCAUUGGACAUUAAGUAGUGUGACUAGUUUAGUAUGUACCAGACUGCAUAUUUGCACGUGAAUGUCUUGUAAUGGCCAUUUAAUGAAGUGAUUACAUUUGAUAUUGACGAUCCUUCCUCAAUCCAUUCAUGGAUUUUUGGAGACAGAUCUUGUGACGCCCUCAGUGCAUAGAAAGCUUAAAUUUAAUACCUCUUUUGAUUCAAGGAAUAAAACGUAUCUUGUACAUUUACGAGUUUGAUUCACAUUAAAGUUUACUGUUCUCACAAUUAAAAUGUCUUCAAAUCUUCAGUUAUUGUGGAUAAAAUGGUAGGGUCUGUGUUCUGUAUGGUGACUUCAUAAGAUGUACAGGAAAAUAGCGUAUAGUAAGUACAGAUUGAUAGACAUGCAUUAAGGCUUUUAUGAUCUACAAAAUGUUUAGCAGGCCCGAUAGACUGUAAGCUUUCUAGUUCAGUUAUUUCCUCUGUAGGAAGACCCUGUAGAUAGAUAGUAUAUAGAUAUAUAGUAUAUAAAUAUAUAUAUGUAGAUAGAUAGAUAGACCUACUUGCAUCAAGCUUAUCUAUGAUAAAGGGUGUGUAAAUUCAUAUUUCUCCUUUACAGUUUAUCAUACAUUGUUUCUCAUAAAACAAUAAAAUUAUUUUUCGAUGAUCUGCUUUAGCUAUAUAUAACAUAUAUUCUAUGGGAUACCAACUUCAAACAUGUCAAUUGAAAGGUUCACCGAAAACCAUUGUUAAUGACAAUGGGAAUUUUGAUCUGGAGCCGUCAUCUCAUAAGCUUCCUGGCAAGAAUAUUAUUCUCAUAAAAACAUGAAAAGUUUGCUUUUCAUGGAAACCAAAUCCUAGGGAUUUUCAGCAAAGCCGUGAGAUGUGCCAUGUUGUUUAUCUUUUCUCAGCGAGUUGUCUUUUUUUAUAUCGUAUGGUUUGAUAAUUAGUUACUUGUAGAAUUGUGUGCAGCUAGAUAUAUAAUAUAGUAUCUUGUCAUAAAGACUAGCAUUUAGUCAAAAUUUGGAAAAAACAAUUCUUUUUUUUAACUUGCAUCAUAUUUAUGAUUUUUGACCACUGGGUAAUGGACAUUGACCAGUAGGGCAGUAUUGGAAGUAUACUGGCACUGGUGCUAAAGUGUUGAUAUAUCUACUACAGUGCCGCUCAUUUACUUAUCUUCCUUUUACCGCUGUCCUCCAAUAAAAGGUGUGAUGCACAAGACAGCGAGAAUUUUGUAUAAUGUUGUCGAAGAUGGAAUGUUCCUGCUGCUAAAAGCAGGCUUCUUAAAGUUUUUUUUGUACAAAAAGAUAAUGUCAAAAGAAAAAUAAUUUUGGUGCAUGUGUAUAAACCAGCUGCUUAUUCUUCAAGUGAGUUCAGAAGUUGUUCCAAAAUAUUGUAGGAAACUGGCUUCAAAGAAUAUUGAUAUGAGACCUUCCAAGUGCGGGGUAAUGUGGCAGCUUCACUUGCGUUUGGUGUAGGUGAUCCAGGUGAAAAUCUCUAGGGAUCUUGUGUUACAUAAUUUUCCUUAUCCAUAACUCAUACGUCUACAAUUCAGCGUACGGGCUUACUGAGCAGGCAGCCAUCGAUGUACAGUGCGGUGUACUUGACAAAUAUGGACGCCUGUGUUGUUAUGUGUGUUUAGAGCUAAGGCUCAAUAUUUUGGAUCAUAUGGUGUCCCGCCAUACUCCUUUUUCUAAUGCGUAUUCCUUUUUAUUAUAUAUUUUUUCUUGCAUUGUCUGAACUGUUGUGGACUAAUACCUGUUUAAAAAAAUGGAUUGCUGUAUGUGCCACAAAGGCUUAAUAUCUACUUAUUAGUUUAAUCAGCUGAAAUAGAGAUGACCUUUAACCUCUCGUAUGACCAGACCUAUGUGAGCGUCCAUCUAUUGGUUGUAUUAGUGUGAGUGUAUGUUGUCUUUAAUUAUAGACACGCACACACAUAUUAUUUAUACACAUGCGCACAUACACAUCAACUAUAUAAACACAUGAUAUUUUAUCUGUUCACAGCAACUAAAAUCAAUACAAUUUGAGAGCCAUUUUUUAGUCCUAUAUUCAUUUUCAGGCUGCCAGAAUAGUUCACUGUUAUACAGCAAUUAUAGAUUAAUGAUAUAUGUAUGAUUGGUGAAUAAUCUAUUUUAUUUAAUAUAUUAUAUCUGCAGAUUAGCUAUAUUCAUCAAUAAGUGCAAUAAAUAUGUGCACAUUAAAUAUCAUUGCUCAUAUGUAUGACACAUUUUCAAAAUGUAUUUGCAAGUAAAUAGUGAUAAUAUAUGAAAACAGAAUUUGAUUUAUACUGUGUAACAUUAUGAAAUCUUAAUAGAGCUGUUAUGUAUGUCAUAUGUGCUUUAAAUAUAUAUCGGCUCAAAAUCUCUGAGACAAUCACUGCUAAUAAUAUACAUUUUAUCUAGUGUUUGCUGAUUUCUUGAUGAAUUAAUAGAAUAUAGUUGUAUAUUGGCAAUUCACAAUUAACAUUAAAUUUCCUGUAUCUUUGUGCUAAGUCUUCAGCCUGUUAGUUGCUUAUUAGAUUCAUAUUUCUAGUAAUGCAUCACAUUAAUGAAUUAAAUUGUAAAUCUUUGUGUUUUGCUAUUUAUUAGUUUCUCAUCAAGAAAAACAGAAAUUCAACUAGAAAUUCCAAAUAGUCCGGUAAUCUCUAAUACAAUAAAAAUCUACUGAACGAGUGAAAAAUGAUAGCAGGCAAUAUCUAUAAUAUUGAUUUAACAAGCAAUAUUUUCCUUCCUAUUUCCCUACCCACCAAUAACUUUUUCUCCAGGCUGGGAACAUGUGUGGUUUUGUUUCCAAGACUGUUUAUGAUAUUUACUUUAUUUGACUUGCAGAAUAUUUUGUUAGUUGAUGUGAGUAGCUUGAUUCAUAGGCUUUGUAUAGGUCUAUUUAUUUGUUUAUACAUCCUUAAUUUUACUGGACAAUUUCAUAUUAGCUGAGCAUAGCACAUGCUCAGCUAAUAUGUGCAUUUUAUUAUACAGUCAUUUUCUCUAUAUAAAAGACAAUCAGAACCAUUAGGUAGUUAUUUUUAUGCAGUAAUUCCAUACUUGCUUUAUAGAAAUAUGGGUUUUUAGUUGCGUACAUCCAUUUUAUACUGUCACAAUUGUUAUUUUACAUGUACAUCAUAAUAAAUAUAUAUAUAUAUAUAUAUAUGUGUAUGUGUGUGUGUAUAUAUAUGACUAUUUAGUGUUAAUUCUGCAUAGGUUAAUGUUUCAGGUCUCAUGCAAGACCUUAAUAUAAUUUAUAACAAGUUAUUUUAACAUUUCAGUUGUAGGCCACAAGUUAUUUAUACAAAUGAGUGGCAGGUGUGUACAUGUGUGUGUCCAUCUAUGUACCUGCACCCAAUUGUUGGAUCAAUUGUUUAAUUAUUGUUAAAAUAACUUGUCUUCAUUGUUGCAUGUUAUACAAGUAGAAAAACAUAAUCCAAUCGGGAAAUCUCUCGUUUGGGUAGGAACUUAAAAGGGCACACACGAUAUGGUAGAAUUUGAGGGCUGAAACUCUAAUUAUGACAGUAGAAUUAUGCUAUGUCUAAUUUUAAAUAGUGCUUAUAAUCUUCUAUUGCUUCUACGACCCUCGAGGUUGGGUAAAACAAUGUAUAUCCUGUGGCAAGAGCUGAAAUGUAUGAAUCUCACAAGCACCUGAGCUGGUCUCAGACGUCGACAAACUGGCAGCUUCCUUUAAGAUUGCACAGAAUGCUGCACGAAUAAUUGCUGAGCCUGGCACUCACUGGGUUAAUUUAUAGACAACCUCUUUGACUGUAAUAGUCGCAGUGCUAGAUAUCUUUAUUCUGUGCUUUUUUAACUUUUGAUUUUGAAUAAAUUUUUUGUUUUGUCAUUUUAAUGUUUAAUAUGCCAACGUUUUUUUCUGUAUUUUAUGUUUUGUUUAUUAUUUUAUUGAAUCAGUUUCUUCCAACUGACCAAUAAUAGACCAAUGUAUAGAUUUUGAAGAUUAUUAUUAUUUUUUAAAUAUAUAAUGUUGGGAUGCCAGUAGCAUAGAGAAUCUGUAGAAAGUCUGUGGCUUAACGCAGCAAAGGGAGUUUGACUUUUUGAGUUUGAUCAUUUGUCUGUGCACCAUAGCUGCCUUUGAAAUAAUAAAAUCAUUACAGAAUUGGAAUAUGAAUUCAGAAUUGGAAUAUAAAUUCAAACCCAGACUCUACAGUCCAGAACCAGGUGACUUAUAACCUGAAUCCUGUUAAUGCAGGGGUGAGGCCUGAUCGUCAUGUAGGCUGGUUCUUCACAUAUGGAACUUGUUUAUUCCAUAAUAGAUAUUUUAAGGUGCAUAAUUCCCUUGGUCACAGCUGAAAACUCAUAUCCCUGAGCGUGCACUUAGAGGAACAUAGCAGAAGGACACUAUAUCUUCUUCUUGACAUUGUGACCUUGACAUUAAGCCUGUCCUACAGGACAACCUCCUGGAAGACAAAGGCACCAAUACAAUUUACUUCUACAUAGAGGAUGAUGGAAUAACUCACUGACUCUGUUUGUUGCCCCAAAGGUUGGAAUUUGCCUGAUAGGAGGGUUGAUUAGUUUUCUGUCAUGAUAUUAUGGCUUAUGGACAUCUCAUUUUUGCUGAAGACAAGGUCUUUCUUCACUUUUCUACAAUUUUUUUGCUUUUAUUUUCAUUUGGCCAAGUCUACUGGUUGGUAUCAAGUAGAAAAAAACUAAAUACCCAGGCAGAGAUUUCUUUUAAAAGGCAGACUUUUUAUAUGAAACAAGAAAGUGGAGACAAUGUUUUAGCUCCUCUCGGAACCUUUAUCAAGUGACUGGUACAUUCUUGCAGUUUGUUAGAGUUACCUUGGUAGCUUGCAUGUUAUAUUUUAUUACAUGGAGAGUACUGACUAUCUAUAUUGUGUAUAAGAAAUAUCUGCACUAUCUUGUACCUCUCUAUCUUUUACAGCAAGAAAGGUAGAAGAGAGGGAAGUACAUUUUAUUAUUAUUGUCACUUGCUCCACCUACUUUUUGUGUAGUACUGACUAUCUGUUUAGGUCCAUAAUGGAUGCUCAUUAACUAAAGAGCUUUACUUUUAUGCGGUGGCUGGUACCUGCUUAUGCUUUUGUAUGACUGCUUUCCUGCUGUAUUACGUAAUCUUGAAAAUGUGCAAUUUUGUUUCUGAAGAGCUUGUGCGGUGGAAUCCUGAAGCAAUAGUUUGUAGUGUAAAAUGGAAUACAAGACACAUGGACUAGAAUCUAAAAUGUAACUAGCAUGUAGUUCACCUAGCAUGUAGAAACCAUGAACUGAAAACACAAUAUAUGAACUGUAUUGUAGAAGGAUGCAUGAACUGAAAUCUGGAAUCCAAGAACUAGAGUGUAGAACCCAUGACCUGCAAUCCAAAAUGCAUUAGUUACAGUACUAAAGCCAAUGACUGUAAUGCAGACAGUGUAGAACUGAAAUUAGUAUCCAGAACUCAUAAACAUGAAUAUAGGACCCACAAACUGUGAUCCAAAAUCUGUAUACUUCACUAUAGAACCCAUUAGCUGAAUUCCAUGCCCCAUGAGCUGGAAAGUUGAAUCAAUGAACUGAAGUGUAUAACCCAUGAAUACUGGUAUAAUGGUCACAUUAGUUGUUUUCCCAGGCCAAUGGUCCUCGAUAGCAAGGGAAUUAAAUCUCCCCCAACACAGGGGCACAGGCACAAGAUUUAUUACUAAAGGAAAAAGAUCUGCUCUUAUAAAUGGGAAUAAAGCAGACAAUAGCUAUUAAUUCUUUGUUGGCAAGGUUGGUAAGGCUUUAUUGUACAGAGUUGCAAUAUAUGUUGACUCAUAACAGUAGUAGUAAUAACUAUAGUAAUAUAGAGAGCUGGGUCCUGUUCUCUUUGGUUAAAUUCCCUAUAUGUAUUAUCUUACCAUUUUUGUUUUGUAGGGGGUUUUUUUGUUACACACUGCAGCUGAAUAUUUUGGCUUUCUAUAUAUCAACAUAUAAUAAUCUGUUAAUUGUCUUGAAAGGUUCGAUGUCUGCACUGUAAUUUCAGGAAUCACGGUGAGCUUGAUUGGUCUAUCCCUGGUAUUUGUACACUUCAAUUACUCACACACUAAUCCUGACAUCACCUGGAAAAAUGUUUCCAUUUCGUAGACAGGAAGCCACCAACAUCUAAUGCUGCCUCACUGAUCACCUUUUGCCCUGACUACAGUCUAAUGUUCCUAGUCCACAUUCACCUAAUCCGAUUAUUUUGACUCCAAUCCAUCCAAAAUGCUUCUGUCGGACUUUUUUUUCCCCUCACUCGCAUAUCCAUGCCUGCUGCAUCCGCGUGUGUUUCCUAGCUCGGCCUGCCUAUCUCCUCCAGAAUCAAAUUUAAAAUCCUUUCACUAACCUACAAAUCCCUUUACUGCUCUGCCCCCUCUUAUGUUUUGGCCUCAUGAGUGAAUAUUCCCCUAAUAGCCACCUGCGUUGUCUCCUCUGUUUUACCCUCAUCCCAUUCUUGCUCAUUCAGAGCAUUCUUAUCUUUGCAACUAGUCGCUAUAUAUAUUGUAAAUGAACCUAAGCUGUGGUAGAAUUCAAAUUAGGUUGUGUUAUGGCAUCAGCUUGUGCACCAUAUUCUUACUUGGUCAUUCUCAUUUCGUUCUCUUAAAAGAAUCUUCUUGUUGAUUUGACACAUUUUAUGGAAGGAGUGUGCAGCAUGUGUCCUUCCAACUUCAUAUAAACUACGCACUCAUAAUCCCCCACCUCCCUUUGUGCUGUAACUGCAGAGAUUUAUGGGAAUUAUUUGUCAAGUACAGCAGGGUUGUCAAAGGUUGCUUAUGACUGUUCUGUACGAACCAUUGUCAUUAUGCUAACCUGUACAUUCUAAUGUUUUUAUUAUAAUUUUUUAUAUUGUAUCUAUGUGUGCAUAGUGUUCUUACUGCCCAGUUACUUUUUUAUUCUAUUUCAACUAUUGCAUGUUCUGUUUAUUUUUUUAUUUUGUAACAAUUGUAUCUUACACAUUUUAAUAACUGUAUAUUAAAUAUUUUAGGUGUUUAAAUAAAUACAAGGUCUAAAUGUAAUUCGAAUUACAAUUAAUUGUGAUAAACUCUUUUGAAGCUGUUCAUUAUAUGCUAAUGCCAAAAAUUAGGUUUAUACUUGCAGCAGUUUGCUAAAGAAAAGCUCUUGCUUGAUACCAUUACUUUUCUUGCGACACAAAAUGUUGAAAUACUUCAUAUCCCUUAAUACUUGUUUGGACAAUAGGUCAUAUUAACAUGCAAAUAGAAAUAUCUUCAUCUUUUUCAAACUUUAUUUAAAAACAAAUCUUUAGAUUUGCGAUACCAGUAUGCUAAGCCGGGUAAUUAAAGUUCUGUGAAUUUAUCCCUGUAUGUUAAAACUCUGUACAUCAGUGAAAAAGAACAGUAGGAACAUCGAACAAUGUAUUUUUCACUCCUUUUCGGAUAUAAUUGCAUACAUCCAUAUUCACUAUCUAUCCUGCAUGUUGCAUGUUAUAUGCAUCAUGUCUUGUGUAUUUUAAUUCUGUCCCUGUGGUGUUCAAAACGGCCACAACCUCUAAAUAAUGCAUGAGAUAUAUCACUAUUUCAAAGGCCCUGUAGCUUUAAAACAAUCUGAUAUUAACACAUUGCGCCCAUAGCUAUUAUCCUACAGAGAAACUGUAUAUUAUAUGCAUGUACUAUUUGUAUAUUUGAUGUAUUUUACCUGUGUAUGCAUUUUAAUACAUUAUAAAUAUUAGAUGUAUCUUGUAUCUGUAUAACUCAUGCAUAUUAGAUAUAUUUGUUCUCUCUCUCUGUAUAAUGUAUAUAUUAACCCCUUACACACACAUAAUAUAGUACCCCAUGUCACAUCAAAUUCUGUUUUCUCCCAUUUAUAAUUUCACAUUCACCAAUCUGUACAUUUUAAAUUCCACCAUGGCGUUCAUCACCAUUAUGCAUUAUCAUCAAGAUCUAGCAAUAUGACGUGGCAUGAAAAUAUUUUGCUGUUUUCUUUUUUUGUUUGUUUUAAAUGUAAUUUAAAGGAAAAUAAUAUCUCAAAUUUGUUAUAAAUAUUACUUUAUCUUUCGUGUUGAGACUGGGAGAAAGAAUGAGGUAGAAUUUGGUGGUUAAUAUUAAAAAGCAAGAUGCAAAAGCAAUAUAAAAGUGUAAAGUUCAAAGAAAGUAAAAACAGGUCCAAGAAUCUUCAUGAACUUACUGUCUCUGAAAAUUCAGGUCCUAAGAUAAUUUUGAGGACAUCUUGCUGGCUUAGCAUGUAAGCCUGUUAAAUGCAAGAUCCUAUCUCAAUGAAAAGGGUGGUUAUAGAUUAUAUAGACACAUCAUACAGACCCAGUUGCUUUAAGGUGUUCUCCAACAACCAUGGUUAUGGUGCCUGGAUUGCCCAUGUUGUCCCCCUUCCUUCCCCUGACAAUAUGUAAUCAAACCAUUUUAGAAAUGCUUGACUUUUUACUUGGGGUUUGCUGAGAUAGCUGGAAACUCUCUGCCUGAGCUACGCAUGAUGUCCCAGGACUUAGCUCAUUGGCUGAGAGCAGUCAGCUGGCAAAGGUCUUAUUUCAGAAGAGCUAAUGGUGGCUCCUAGCAGGAGCUUCUGGCGCUCUCACUUUCGGCUUAGAAGAUGUGGAAAGUGGUGCAUGGCAGACACCAGGUAAUAAGUUAAGACAUUAUCAAAAGUUUGGCUACUUACAUUGGGGGGAGGCAAGGGUAUUCUUUGCACCAUAAUCACUACAACAAACUUUGGUGGUUCUGGUGUUUGAAAUCAUUGUUUCACUUAUUGAUCAGCUUUAUGGAGCAUGUUUGGCAUCAUCAGAUGGUUAUAAUGCACCAGUAUAAUUCAGGCACCAAAUGUUUUAACUUGCUUUUUACGGUACACUAGAAGGGAGGCCUCUGUUUCAUUGUGGACCAUACAGGCUGCCAGAGCCUCUGUGAGGCACUGCUACACAUAGUAUGAGACUUGAUUUCUUACAGAACCCAUGGAGGGGACUUUGACGAGUCAUCCUAUAUGAUUUCACACCAAAUCUGAGUUGUAUCACGUUAGAAGCAAUGAGAGAAUUUCCCAUUUUUAUUUAACAGAUGCUGCUGCUGAUUGGUUGGUCAUUAAAUAGGGGAUUGUCUAUGCUUGAUUAAGGAAAUUGCACAUUUUAAGCUGCAGUGUUUUCAAUUAAUUACAUUUCUUCAGAUUUUUAGAAAGUGUUAAUAGGCCAGCCUCUUCUGCACCGUCCUCCCUCCUAAUCUUUAGUGUUUCCCUUUAUGCUUUAAUAACACUGGUGUACAUGAUGUCAGGUUGCUGGGAGUUGCAUUUAGCUGUAGAAAACUGACUAGUAAAAUAUAACUCCUGUGCCAGUAAAGCACUGUAUAUGAAAUAAGCCCACCAGCGAUUUAGAAGGUUAACUGGGCUCCACAGAUUGAUGACUUUUAACAAAUGCAGGAACUUAAAAUGUGAGUUUGUUUUUUUAUUUUUUCAUUUUUGUUAGUUUUUUAAAAUACGUUUUUUAAAUGUAAUUUAUUUUUUUAAAUUUGGCUCAAUUUCUGCAGAGUGUCCCAAUGGCACUGAUCUAGAUUCUUGAAAAUAAUGUAGAGUGACUCAAAGUCUUUUAUUUAUUUAUUUUUUAAUUGGGAAAAAAAAAAAUCCAACCCUAACUUUUGACUAACAGCUGGGGCUCAUAUAAGAAUAGCCACAUAAGUGUUUCAACUAGUGGGUUCACUGGAGGUCCAACUGAGACUGAGUUCAUUCUCCAAGAAACUGAGGUUCAGCAGAUUCGGGGACCUGUAACCUGGCAUAUAAUGGAUCUCCAAAACUGCUGGCUUAUAACUGCUAAUGUGUAAAAACACAAUGUAUUUUUGUUUGACUUCCUCCUGUGACUUCUCAUUAUAUUGAAUGGGAAUUGCUUGGGCGUUUUCUUUUUGCCCAUGCUCAAAGGCUUGUGGUGUUCCUCAGUGUACUAUUCUGUAUUCACAAACUUGACUUUGUCACAUUGACAUGUCUAUUUGUGCCUGACAUUGUACUUUGGAUCCAUUGGGUCUUCUUUUCCCCACUGUGCUACUCAUUUUGAUGAACUAAUUCUGUACAUUUAUACCACUCUAUUCUACAUAUUCAAUGCAUUUGAUGGUGUACUUGGUGUGCCAUUAGACCACUCUGUCCUCCACAUGCUAAGCAAUUGUGAACAUUCUUAACCUCUGUACUGUUACAUCCUGUGCAUUCCUCACAUCUGAACCUGCACAUUUGUAACAUUCAUAUCACUCUAUGAUUUUUUAACACUGACCCUGCACAUGAUAAAUAAUUAUACCAUUCUUCUGCACAUUUUUAAUAUCUGACACUGCACAAACUGAACAUUCAUGCCAUUUUAUACUGAUCCAGCACAUUCUUGAACAUUCAUACCAAUUUACAUACCAAUGGCUGACCCUGUACUUUCUAGAAACUUUAGUGAUUGAAUAAUAUAACACAUAAAAAAAAACUUAAAACAACAGUCAAACUGUGCCAAUGUAAUUUAGUUUCGCUCCCAGUGUUCUCAUGACAUUUGUAAUUAAAAUAGAAAGGGAACUAAAGCUUGUGCCUCCGAUGUGGAUAAAUGCCCAUGUGUGUUGAAUCUGGAACCCAGCCACCAGAGAUAUAGAGACCACACGUUUCAGUGUUCCAAUGUUUGUGCAUGCACACUUACUUGCAAGUGCAAUAGACUGGUCGACCUUCUAUAGGAAGUCCGUAUAAUAAGGCCAUAACAUCAGAGCAAGCCUUACAGUGAGAGCUGGAGCCACAGUUCUAUGCAAAACACAGCUUAAAAAUGAAAUAUUCCCUAGGCAGUAAACUGAAUCCAGAUUAGCUCACAUCCUGUUAAUAAAACAUUAUUAACCAUAUCAACAGAAUUGAUUUUUUUAAAUGUCCGAUAACAUAAUUUGACUACCGCAAAAUGAAUACAUAUCUGUAUUAAAGCAGCUCUAUCACCCUAUACUUACCUUACUUCAAUCUGUUCCUCUUCCCUUGCUCACUCCUAACCCAUUCUUAUUUUCCUCUUCAAUUUAUUUCACCUAAGAUACAUAAGGCAAAAUAGGGACUAUUCUUUUUUCUCCACUUGACAAAAGGCAAAGACAAUAUCUAUGGAGGCUCCUGCGGGAUCCUGCAAAGACCUCAGUACCGUACUUUUGUGCAUGAAUGAAAGUACACCACUGACGUGGCCUCCUGGACGAUGAAAUGUCAGGAGUUGAUGAGGAGCCAAUAGACGCAGAUGGAGGCAGCUGUGAAGGACAGCUACAAGUAAGUAAAACUCACUUUCCCCCGCUCCCUGAAGCCACAGGACACCAAGUGUGCAAAGUCUGGGUCUUUGCAAAUUAUGCAAAGAUUGACUUUAACUUGCAAAUUUCCUACUUAUUUAAGUAGUUCUGAAAAAUAAGUUUGGUGUAAAAUAGCUGUAAUAGAGAAUUUCAUUAGGAAAUUAGUUUCAUUUCCAGUAAUUAUCAAGAUUAUAAAUCUUUUGAGACUCCGGUUAAUGCGUUUUUGAAACCAUUGAGCUGAACUGAGUUUAUAUUAAUUUGUGUUGUUACAGAAAAGAAAGAUGAAUUGGUGGGAAAAAGUAAUUCUUCAUAAGCAGUACAUGGCUCAAACAUUGUUACACUUCAACUUCAGUUACCAAAACUACACUGUUCACAGAGUUUUAUGUAUUGUAUGAUAUGUGAUGUCAUGUCACUGAGACUGUAAAGCUGUACAAGUGAUGUGAAAUCGGUGCCAUCUGAGAAAUAAGUAAAAUUAGAGAAGGUAGGGUGUCUGGGAGUGGGCGACUAAUGACAGUGAAGGUGGAGUGUGCAGAGAGGGAAAGAAAAAGCCAUAGAUUUGACAUGUGAAUGUGCUAACAAUAGUAAGGUCUGUUCAAGGGAGAUGCAAUCAUGCUGGAGAGCCAGGAGUCUUUACAGGCAGAGCUCGGGAAUCAACAGGCACUGACAGCAUAAUUGAGCCACCUCCCCUGCUUUCCCAUCAAACCUUGCUGCGAACGUUGCUGCACAACCUGGCUGUCCACUAGGCACUGUAGGAUUUAUGUAGAAAGAGCAAAGUUCUAAACAUGGAGCAGUCACCAUGGACACCAGUGGAAUGUUCCUGCUUAUUGUUCCACUUUUAGAACCCAGAAUAGCUCCUUCAAGAUACACCCCAUAUGUGCUCAGUCACCUGACAGAAUUCUGUUUUACAAUUGGAUAGACCACUUGGCGGUGUCUUCUCUCAGUUGCUGCUUUCUCAGUCUGUCUUAAAUGUACUCUGUGGGAUAUGUUUGGAAUUCCAUAGGUUAUUUCAGCUGUUUUAUUUCAGAUUUAACAUUUUUUAAUUAAAGAAUAGACCAAAGGAUACAAUAAUAGAGUCAUGCAAUAAAGUGUCCAUCAGAGUCGCAGCUUGAUCAAGGAUAUAGUACGGCAGCUGGCUGGUAGUGUAAUUUUUCGCCUUUUUCUUAUCCCCCUUCUCUUCUCCCUCCAAAACCUCAUAUAACAUAAAGCAGAACAAUAACAAAAAUGUACAAUAAUAUUCUCAGAAGUGAACAUUUAAAAGAAGUGUAGGUAGUUUAAUAUGCACAAUAAAUGCAAAAUAGUAGUAGUGCAGAUUAAUAUUGUGGCAAUAAAGAAUAGCUGAGGUGAGUGAAAUUUACAGGCAAAUUUAAUGUGAUUUUGUUUUUUAUAAUUAGAUCCAGGGGGUUGAUAUAGGAUCCCCAUUAUGUAAAACAAUUACCCUGUCCUCCUUGGAUAAAUAGGCACUCGACCAAUCCCUGCAGAAUGAAAAAUGGACUUUGUUUUGAAAAUAAACAGAAUGAGGUGGGUUAGGGUUGAAUCCAUUGAUAGAGUGUGGAUCUGUGGGCCACCAUCGGGACUCAAGCAUACAUUUAUUGUUAGUUUGUGGGUGUCCUGUUCCAAUGUUUAAUAUAGCAGCUUACUGAGAGUCUAACAGCAAACCCUAAUGUGUAUCUCGUCUACUCCAGUUCUUUCCAAAAAUCUCUUAAAAUCGGGCAGCUCCAGAAACAAUGAACUGGAUCCACUCUUGCAUUUCCACACUUGAGACAAGUGCCAGAUUGACGUAAACCCAUGACAUGUUGUCUCUUGAGUGAAAGUUCUUAAGUGCAUCUCAUGGAAAGUGAUUGCAGGCAACAACUUGAAUAGUACAAGCAAGGCUUUUUGCAUGUCCUCUAAAGAAAUGUCUGGAAAUUGGGCAAGCCAUCAGUCCAUAACACAAAUGUAGCAAGGUCUAUUGUGGUUCUGAUAAAAGAAUAGAUCAAACUCAUAGACAGUAUGGAUGGAGAUGCGCUUAGUAUCAACCUGCCAAGAGGACUGUCAUCAUCCACAAUAGUAAGGUGUAUGGGAGGACUUAGCUUUGUAAUUGUAGAUAUGAAAAGAUGGGCGUGGGGAGAAAUGGUAAAAAAGUCACAACUUUUCUGCAAUUGAAUUUAUAGUUGGAUAAAGGGGAGGUGAGGCAAAGGCUGCAUAAAUAGAAACAGAAGUGAUUUAACUUCCAAAUGACAGAGAAUUGAGCAAUGAGACCACAGGGGCAUGAUCUAUACAGUAAAACUACUUCAAUAAGCUAACGUUGUUUUGAUGCUUAUAGUGUCCAAAAAUGUGAGUGACUGUAUAACCGGUGUUGCCUAAUCUCACAUUUGUGUUGAGUCUUACGUUUAUCCUUUAUGAUUUCUUUUAGGGCCAAUAAUAUUCACUAAAAAGUACUCACUUUGGUGAGUUAAAAAAACAAAAUUGAGAAGUAUAGACCAAAAUAGACAAAUUAAUAUUUUUUUUUUCUAAACCAUUUUAAAAAACUUUCCUGUUUGGGCCCUAUAUGUUGCAUUGUGUUACUGAUUCUUAUUUUCGUGAAUAACCCCCUUGGUUUCAUUUCACAUCAGCACUAAUUAAAACUUGUUGAAGAAAAAAACAGCAUUCAUUGUGUCGUAGUUGCCAUCUUUUCCAUAACUGUAGCUAUGAACUGAAAUAGCUUCAGUUUGGUGAAUAGAUUCCAAAAUGUAAUGAUUUUGUUGAGGAAAAAAAAGCAACAAACAUAAAAAUAUAUAUACUUUUAUUCCAUUUUGUGAUACGAUUUGUCGACAUGUUUCAGUAUCAGUUGAUUGCACUUUGUGCUGUUGAUUUCGUUGAUGAUUAAUAUCACUCUGGUUUAGGUAUGGUUGUCAAUUGUUGGUCUUGUAAUUUAGUGGUUUCCUAAUUUGUGACCAUAUUGUUCUUUGCUGUAAUAAUAGCUCUUACUGGUUGUAGAUAUAUUUGGAUGCUGUUUUAUUCACCAACCUCCCUCUGCCCCAGUCCCCCACAAAAAUAAAGUGGCAAAUGUAAAAACAGGUCGACAUGCGGACACUCUAUUUAUGUAUGAUUAGGUGAAAUUAUACUUUGAGGUUUCUUCACGAAACAGUGAAUUGUGAUGAGUCGAGAAUGGCAAUAUAGGUGAAUUGGACAAAUUCACUUAUUCAGCAAUUUUUCAAAGGGGCUGGGAAAUGAUAAAAGGAGACCUUUAAGAGAGGAGGCCAGGUGGCCGAGGACCCAGCAUGCAUGGGACUACCAGAGGUACAGAUAUACUCUCCACAAGAAAAAAAAAGGACAAGCAGAAGGGGAGUCAGGGCACUGUAGCCCCCAAAACCGAUGGAGCCCCCUCAACUUGGAUCUCCUCAGGGCAGAGAGCAUGGGGGCUUCAGUCUCAGUAGAAUAGCUACCAUGAUACAUAUGGGUAAGUGUCUUGUUUCCUCUAACUUUCUAACCUUUCCUGCCCCAGUUAUUCCCUGUUCCAGUCCAUUAUCUUGCCCCAGUUACUCUCCACUCCAGCCCCUAAUCCUACCCCAGUUACUCUCUGGUCCAGCCCCUUAACAUACCCCAGUUACUCACUGGUCCAGCCCCUUAUCCUGCUCCAAUUACUCCCCGCUCCAUCCCCUUAUCCCACCCAAUUUAUUCCCCGCUCUACUGCCUUAUCCUGCUUUAGUUACUCCCUGCUCUAGCCCUUUAUCCUGCCCCCGUUGCUCCCUGCUCUAGCCCCAAAUCCUGCCCACCUACAGAAAACUUACCCCAUUACCCACUUGUCCUGCCCCAGUUAUUCCUUACUUCAGCCCCUAUUCUGGUUUAAUUACUCCCUGCUUCAGCCCCUUAACCCUAUCAGCCACCUAUUCUGCCCCAGUUACUCUCUGUGUCAUCCCCUUAAUUCAGGCCUGUCCAACCUGCGACCCCCCAGAUGUUGCCAAACUACAACUCCCAUGAUUCUUUUAAUGAAACAGAUAGCCAGGGAAUCAUGGGAGUUGUAGUUCAGCAACAUCUGGGGGGCCGCAGAUUGGACAGCCCUGCCUUAAUGUUUAUUAGCUACUUUAUCUGCCCAAGUUACUCCCUGCCUGAGACUGUUCAACCCGAUCAGCCCCCUAUACUGUUCUAAUUAGUACAUACUUCUGCCUCUUAACCACUUCAGCUCCCUAUCCUGUCCUAGUUUCUUUCAACUUCUGCUCCAUUAACCCGUUCAGCCAAUUAUCCAUCCCUAUUUGAAAAAAGGGUCUGUAUUAUAUCUGAUACUUUAUUUUUCAGGACUGUAUAUCUGCACCGUAAUGUGUUCGUAUAUUAGCAUCACAAUUAUGGUUUACCACUUUAGUUUGUUUACUGCUAUUUUAUUUAAUAAUUAUAUUUAUAUAGCAAUUAAAAGAUAAUAACAGUGAGUAUGUUUUAUUAUUUUUAUCAGCAUUUCUAAUCUCUUUUGGGUUAAUAAUAGUGUAAGGUUUUAAAUGGUGUUAUGUGGUUGGGUGUGUGUGGCCAGAGAUUUGAAGAUUAUUAUAAGAAAAAGUUUAUCCAACUUACCUUAUUUGUGUCCUCUCCUCAUGUACCCGUGAUGUCCAUCCACCUGUACCCCCUUAGCUUGUGUCCCUCGGCCUUUAUUCCCCUGAUAUCCCUUUUCUCCAUAUUAUGCAAAUAAUUAAUUUUAUUAAUAAUUUAUUGUUUCGUGAUUUUGUUUCUACCCCCCUUCUAUCUCUGUCCAACCCUAUAGUGUGUGCCUUCCUCCAUCUCACUAGCCCCUUUCAUCUAGCCUUGGAGUGCAGCCAAGUGGUACUGAUAUAGAGGGUAUGCCAUCUCCUCUGCCCGGUCUGACAGCUGAGUGAGUUCAGCCUGAUGCAGAUUGGGGCAGUAUAUGACGUUAAGGCCCCACUUUCUCAGAUCACAGUGUAGCCUAAACUCUCCCAGAUGACAGACGAGCCAGAGGAGAUGGAAUACCCUCUUUCUCAGUACCAGUCAUUUGUGUUACAACGAGGAUUAUGCGUUGCGUGUCUAAUGCAGCUCAUUGUGAGCUACCUGUGGGCGAUCAGCUUGCAGCUUGCAAGUUGUGCAAUAAGGAACUUGGCUCUAGUGUAUCACAUAUAAAUUUGGGAGUUAACUACACCCGAAUCAUUCAGAAUUCAGAAUGUGUUUCCUUAGUAUAUUACAUUAUAUUUAAUAUUCAUUUCACAUUCAUAUCUCUUUCAUUUUAAUUUGAUCCUAUUUAGAGUUUGUAUAGUUAUUAAAUGUACAGUAUAUUAAAGGACCAAUAUAGUGCCAGGAAAACAUACUCGUUUUCCUGGCACUAUAGUGCCCUGAGGGUGCCCCCACCCUCAGGGACCCCCUCCCGCCCGGCUCUGGGGAGAGGAAAGGGUUAAAACUUACCUUUUUUCCAGCGCCGGGCAGGGAGCUCUCCUUCUCCUCUCCUCCCCUUCGGCUGAAUGCGCACGCGCGGCAGGAGCUGCGUGCGCAUUCAGCCGGUCUCAUAGGAAAGCAUUGACAAUGCUUUCCUAUGGACGCUUGCGUGUUCUCACUGUGAUUUUCACAAUGAGAAGCACGCAAAUGAGACAGCCACUAGAGGAGUUGGAGGCUGGAUUAACCCUAUUAUAAACAUAGCAGUUUCUCUGAAACUGCUAUGUUUAUUUAAAAAAGGGUUAAUCCUAGAGGGACCUGGCACCCAGACCACUUCAUUAAGCUGAAGUGGUCUGGGUGCCUAGAGUGGUCCUUUAAAGGUUCAUAUAUACCCAUAAGGUAACAAACAACAUUUUCUGUGUAUAUGCUGAACAUAAUGUAGAGUAGUACUGUUAUUGGUAACUUAUUUACUUUGUACAUUUGUUUUUUCUUGCUUCAUCCUACUUUUUUAUGUUAUCUUUAUGGCAGGCUGUAGUUGUUAUGGUUCUUAAGAGUGUUCAUUUAAUGGAGAACAGCUUCUAAAGCAAUAAAUGUACCAUUUGUCUUAUAGAUAAAAUAUAUACUUAAUUACUUUAGAAGAUGUUAUGUUAAUGCUCACUUCCUCUUAAGCGCUGCCUCCACUGCCAUUAAACACUGCUACCCGGCUACUGGCCCUGCUUGGAAACAUCUUCCCAAUCAAAGCAAUCCUCCUCAGACACAGACAUGUCGGCUUCAAGGCCUACAAAUUGUCAUCAGAGUAGAGUGAAAUCUCUUACUUUAUUCUACACUAAUCUAGCAAACACAAUAUAUUGUUUUCAGAGGAGUAAGACAGCAACUACAUUGCAUGUGUUGUAGUUGCUGUGAUAGAGAGCAGGAGAACUACCUUUGUGUAAGCUCUCCUGCUCUGUUAUGUCUCUUAUUCUGAAUGCAGAGGCCUGUGCAUCUAGCCUACGUCUCGCUUCUAAGAUUUGAUUGACAGGUGAAUGGACAAGCCAUACCCUUAUGUUUUUUAAGGAAUAUUCUGCUAGAUAUUGUAUAGAUACAAUUGUUUGGUUGUUCCAUUUAGAACUACAAAUUGUUUUCCAUUUCAGGUACUCUGUAAACAAAACUGAAUAAAAUAUUGUUGGUUCUUAAGGGGUUAAGCUAUUGAUUGAUCCUUUGUAAAAAGAAAUAUGUAUAAUGAUUGAUGGCCUAAUUUGUUUUGCUCCUCUGUAAUCAAUUCCUACUAAAUAAAAAUUUAUUUUAGCUUUUGAAUUAACUACCGAAACAUGGAGCAGUGUGAGUCCGCAAGAAAGUUACAACUUGACAAGUAAAUUUUUUGCAAAGGUGCACAAAUACUUAUACAGCUGAGCACUCUACAUUCUCUCUACUGAAUACAGCGAUUGGCUCUGUUUUUUGGCUAAACUUGGUAUAAGGAGGUUUCUCACACAUUCUUGCAGUGGAUUUAAAUAUACACUCCAGCAUUAAGAAUAAAUAUAUUUAUAUCUAACAUUGAAGUUUUCAUUUUUUGAUGUAGAUUUAUGCCCCCCUCUCCACCACUGCAUAAUAAUGAAAAAAGUUUUUUUGGCAGCUCUUUUACGCGAGUACAGAAAAAAAGUUGCAAAAUCUAUAUAAGUGAUGAUAAGGCGCUUACAAAAUAGUAAUUAGGAAAUAUAUAUAUAUAUAUAUAUAUAUAUAUAAAAGCCAUUACAACAAUUGUGUGAAUCCUUCCCUUACACCACACAGAUAAUAUACAAUAAUUAAAAAACUUGUGUGACUAGAUGACAAAAUGCCAACACCAGUAUGUAAGUGGAGCGCUUAAAAGGUAAGUAUAUAAUAUAUGAAAUCACUCACCCUUUAUAUAAACUGAAAAAAGCGAAUAUGGCUCACUCAAAAAAAAAAAACAAGAUAAAUAUAUACUGCAACGCUGCAAUAAAUUAUUUUUUUUAAUAUGUGGUCACACAGUAUGUGGUCUUUUAUGCCAAUAGUUAAGCCAAACCAAUGCCUCUUAUAGACAAAUCUUUGUCGACCUACGGUACCUACACAGCAAUGACUACAUUCCAGUAACACAAGGCUUCUUAUAGAGAAACCUUGAAUACAGUGCGUUCUAUGAGACGUGCUCACUACCACUUUGAAUGCUGAGUCAAAGCAGUUGAGGCUGGUAACCCUCCCAAAUGUUUUAUUGACAGACAGUAGGGUAAAACUACUGCCAUUUAUAAAAGGGCAGAUUUCUUUUGAAUAUGCCACUAUUAUAAAAUAGGACAGAGGAGACAGCCAGUUAACCCCUAAAUCACUUCAACUGACAGGGGACAGGACUGUCCCUUUAAGGCUGAAAUGGAAAAAAUAAGCUUUCAGGGGAGUGGGGCAUGGAUGCAUCGGGUUCUGACUCCAGAUGAGCUGCAGUUGAGAUCUGUCUAUUACACUGAUUUUUAACCUUUGCGUCAGGAUUCAAAUUUGUAUCCCUGUUGUUUGAAAGAGGCUCAUAGUAUAUAUCAGGCCCCAGGCAACUACCCUAAUAACAAGUUUACGGUAGCAACCCGCCCUUCUUCAGUGCUACAAAGUACGUUGUGACAAUUUUUGGAGUUUUGUCCUAAAAUGGUUAGGUAUUCCUGGUCCAUAUUUACUGACCAUAUUGUGGCACCAACCCCCAUCUAAAUCCAAUACUCAACCAAAUGGAUAUUGGUAUGUACUUGAUAUAUGCUCUGUCCUCUGUUGGACCUUUUCCAGUAACUGUCCUUCACUAUUCCUUUAAUGCAGUUAUAUUUUGUUAUUGUUAAUCAUCUUUAUUUGGAUUGUUUUAAUUUGGAUGCAUAGUGUCCAGUGCCAUUUAUUUGUAAUAAUGUAUUUUUCACCUGUGCACCCAUUUGCUUUCUAUUGUAUAUGGUGCACUUUACCUACUUGGAGGUUUAUGAAUGGUGCCUUUUUAUGCUUAAUGCUCUUAUGUCUUUUGGUGCUUUAUAUGUUGUUUAAAUCUCUGAUAAAUAUAAAAAGUCACAUGAAAUCUGCUGCACUAGUAAGUUCCCUAGAUAAUAAGUAGUAAUUCCACUAAUUCCUCUGCAGAUCACUUGGGUAGUGAAACUUAAAACUACUUACAGGGUUAAUUACUAAAGUGUAAUUUGUGAUUUGAAUUUAAGGGCAAAAUAAAUGAAUAGAAAACAUUCUUCAAGCAGGUAUGUCUUCAAUUUGAUGAUUUUGACUUACAUUUUUUCAUUCUCUUUGAAUUCCAAACAAUUCACACAUUGGGAUCCAGCUGUGGUUUUUCAAGCGUUCGAAUUUGUCAAUUCAUUGUGAUUUGCAUGAUUGCUUUCAAACCUUUUUUGACAAUCCAUUACGUGGCAAUAUUGAUCUGAAAUAAAAAAUACUAUAAAAUGAAAUUCAUUGUGAUUUCCACCCUCUCUAAAUGUAAUAUAAGCACAUAUAGUUUAUAGUACUGCUUCAGAACUAGUAGUGCCCGAACUAUUGGUAGUCAUAUAAAGAGAUUUGCUAUUUUUAUUCUAUUCUUUAAAACCUUGUUAAACUGCGCAGCAAGGAUGAGGUGUUGAGUAACAGGUGGUUAAUAUUUGCACGAAGACCUUUAAACUAUGCUGGAACCACCAUUGCAUAAAGAGUUCCUGGAGGUUGCACAGGAGGAGGAACAUAUAAUCAGUAGUCAGCUCACAGGCUGUGGUUGUAGUAGUUUGUCUGUGUUUAAAGGUGGUAAGACCAUAAGACAGGGGUAGGCAACCUUUGGGAGUCCAGAUGUUGUGGACUGCAUACAGCCCUAAAGUUGGUAAACCAUCAAGGGAGAUGUAAUUUCCCAUUUGGAGUGCUGAAGGUUGCCUACUUCCUGCCAUAAGAAGAGGUGCAUCAUGGGAAGACAUACAGUUGUGCUAUACGCCAAUUAUGCAACAAACUAUUGGUUGGGUUUGCCAGCAGUUAACUUAGAGCUGUCAGGAUCAUCGCACAUUGUCUUGGCUAUCAUAGACUACUGCUCAUCUUAUGCAUCUAUGGAGGCUGAGAAUGGGGAGAGAAAGGGCAGGUCUCCUGUCUCAGACUCUUCAAAUCACCUUUAGGGGCCUCCUGCCCUUUAACAUGCAGCACAUAAUGCAGCCUCAGCAGCACACCUUUCUCAAAUUAUCUGUAAGCACCGAAUACAGGGCAGCAAAAAAUUUAAUAAACAACUGUGUAAUUGGGCAGUAGGUUAGGGCAUGCAGAGAAAACAAUUGAGGAGUUCUCUGAAAGCUAAAGUGAAACAUUAUUUAUAGCUCCUCCUAUAGACAGCACCCUGGUUCCAUGCCUUAAUACAGUGCCGCUCGUUGGCUCCACUUGUUUGGCCUUAUUAAUUAUUGAUCCUGCAGGUUAUUAUACCUUUGGCUGUUCAUCCCUUGCUGGUUGGUCACUUUUGUUGCUGACCCCAUUACUUGCUUUUCUUGUCAUUUGUUGGUCUCCUGGUGGUUAAUCUAAUAGCCCAUAUUCCUGCAGUGCAGGACACAUAUAGCUUUGUCAGUAACAUUUACCUAAAAGAAACUAGUCUGUAUAUCUGUCAAUGUCUGUCGGUCUGUGCAUAUACUAUAUGUCUGUCUGUCUAUCUAUCUAUCCAUCCAUCCACAUUUUACAGUUAGUACAUACUGCAUUGUGUGUUUACAUUAUGGGGCAGCACUGGGACUCAUACAUGAUCCCAGCAGAUGGUGCUAUUUUGCCCUCUCACUUUACUAGUAUGCCAUACUGUAAGAGAUUUCCCAACGCAUCUCCUGGCAUGUCAGUAAAAGGAGAGGGACAAAUACCUGCUCCUGGGUGGGAGUGGAACUCCCACCAAUCACAGACAGGCUAACUUGUAUUAACCCAGCUCUACCUUAAUUUUAAAGGAACCCUAUACAAUCAGAAAAAAAUACUGUUAUAAAAAUACACGCGCACACACACACAUUUAUAUGUAUGUAGCAGAACAGUUCAUAUUUACAACACAUGCCUAUAAAACAUAAAGCUAUAAAUAUCCAUGUAACAUACAGAGUGAUAUAUAGCUACAACUCACAGCAAUAUAUAUCUGUUACAUCAUAUAUGUGAAAAUCAAUAUAUCUGUGCGCAGUAACCAAUGCAGUCUGACCAAUGAGCGAGUGCUCUGUAAAUCCCGCCGGUACUCAUUUGGAUUCUCUUUCUCUCUCGUUUUAUAACUCCCAUAUCUGUUUCACCGUGUUUAUAAAGGCUGGCGGAGAAAUUUGUAGCUCUAUCAGCACAAUCUUCAUUUACAGCUUCUGUACAUAAUUCUGAUGGAGCCUAACUUGUUUUCAGUAGUUUGCAUAUAACUCUGUUUUCAUUUGUAAAAGAAUAGCUACAACAAAUUCCCCUGCGCCGUAAAAUGAGAUUAAUGUAAUUUUUCUACAUCACCUCUAAAAAUGUGAUUUUUCUACUGAGUGGUUUGGUUUCCUUACUUUUAAAUGAAUUUACAUGGUUUGGUUUCAUUACGUUUAAAUGAUAUAAAUACAUUCAAACCUUGACCUGCACCAUGUAAAAAAACAUACUUUCUUUAUGUGUCCUUUUUUUAAAUCCUCACUACUUUUGUCACAUGCACACACCUAUUUCCACCUGUCUGUCUCUCUUGUUUGCUGUGUCUCCCUGUGUUUUGUUGUAUCUAAGGAUAUUUCUCCUCCCCCCUCUAUGGUUCCUCCUUUGUUAUCCUUUGUGGGGGGGUCUUCUGACCUCUGACCCUGGCUCAGCUCUCCAUGCUGUAAAUGACACGUUCUGUCCCAGGCUCCCAGCUUGUGUCCCUCUGCCAGACGCCAAGUGACGGACAGCUUCGCCCAUCGCUCAAAUUGCACAGGGGCAGCGAGGGGGGAGCCCCAGGGGAGGAGAAAGGCUGGUGUGUGUGCAUUGGGGGAUCUCAGGGAGGGAGUGACAUGGGAGGAGGGGAUGGGGGACACUAAAAAAAGAGAAACAGAUAGAGAGACAGUUGUAUGUACUACGUUCUAAGUUUAUAAUUCCCCUCCCUUUAUUUAUUUAUUUUUUUAACGUUGUGCCCAUUUAAACAAAAUCUAUACUGCACGACUCUACAGCGGUGAAGUAAUUGAUACAAGAUUUGAGCAGUUUGCAUCACUGGGAAAUAGACAAUGGGCUCAUGAAACCAGUAGAUAUUGAACAUAAAUGUAAUUGCCAGUAAGAAAGAUAUAUAAAUAUACAGAAACCCUGCUAAAGACUUCCACUUGUCAGUGGAUGAAAACCCCCCACCCCAUCUCUUUUCCACUUUAUGGCACAAAUUCAUCACAAUAUUGUGUCACUAAUCAAAACACGCACACACAGAAUUUCCAAUCCAUACAGUGCACUCAUUGGAUUGUUACAUACAUUGUAAUGUAGAGAAAGCAAUUAUUCUAACAACAUAGUCAAAAUUUACUUUUUGACUAUAUUGCUAUAACUAAAUGUUUUUACAUUACAAUAUAUACAGGUUGUGUGGGUUCCCUGACUUUAUUUUGGAAAUUGGACUAGACUCCCUGUUUAGCCUGAAUAUAUUGCCUGACAAAUGUAGUCAUAUUUAUUUAUUUGUUAUUUGGUAUCUGCAUUGAUGUCUAAUAUGAUUACUCAAAACUAAAUACACACACUUCAAAGUUAACUAAUAAAUAAGGUAAAAUUAUAUCUUAAAUCAAAGAUGGAAAGACAAUGAGACAGAUAAAGAGAGAGGGACAUCUAGGGGUAAAGAAGAGAGAGACAAGUAAACAAAGAAAUAUCCGACAAAAUUUAGUCUAGUUAAAUCUGAGUAUUUAUCAUAAAUUAUGUUUGGUGGCUAGUGCUUAACUGUUUACCAAUAAAUUAAUGUGAACCUUUAUCCCAGCAUUUCCAUGCAGAGCCCAGCAUUAACCCAAAAAGCACCUCUAGUGGCCACUAGAGGUGUUCCUGGGCUGUAAUGUUAACACUGCCUUUUCUAUGAAAAUGCAGUGUUUAAAUUAAAAAGCCUGCAGGGACUGACUAUACUCACUAGAAUAACUACACUAAGCUGUAGUUGUUUUACAGUCCUUUAGAUGUUGUAGGAAUUCAUAUAUAUUAAAGGAAUGUAAGUAACUCGCUCUGAGUAAAUCAUUAUAUGAAUAUAAGAACAUAUUCAUUUAUCAGGUUUCAAUAUAUGCCUUGCUGUUUGACAUUAUCACCAUAUAUCUAAACUCAGACAUUGCAAAGAUUAAUGUGAAGACAAAAAAGAAAUGUGCUUUGUAAUUUGUUAAACUAGUCUGUUAGCAAAGCAAUUAGUAUAAAGAAUAAUCAGUAAAUCAAUAUACAUCAAGAUAUUGAUGAAGAUGCGUAUAACCUGCUCAUGUAAUAUUAAAAUUAAAACUAAAUAAUUGAAAUACCGAUAAUAAUUAGAACUUUUACUCCUUUUCUUAUUACUCCAUAUGGCUCUUCCUCUAAUUCCAUAUAACCCUCCCUGUAACUCCUCCUUUUAUUCCAUAUAGCCCUCCCUGUAACCCCUCCUAUUAUUCCAGAUAACUCUCCCUGGAACUCCUCCUAUUAUUCCAGAUAACUCUUCCUGUAACUCCUCAUAUUAUUCCCUAUAAUACUCCCUGUAACUCCUCCUAUUAUUCCAUAUAGCUCUCCAUGUAACUCCUCCUAUUAUUCCAUAUAACCCUUCCUGUAACUCCUCCUAUUAUUCUAGGUAACCCUUCCUGUAACUCCUCCUAUUAUUCCCUAUAAUACUCCCUUUAACUCCUCAUAUUGCCCCAUAUUACCUCUCCCUAUAACUCCUUCUGUUACUCCAUAUAACCUCUCCCGAUAACUCCUCCUGUUACUCCAUAUAACCUCUCCCUAUAGCUCCUCCUAUUAGUUUUAAUAACGUCUCCUUGUAACUCCUCAUAUUACUCCAUAACUAAUCCCUAUAACUCCUUCUAUUACUCCAUAUAACAUCUUCCUAUUACUUGAUAUAAACUUCCCUAUAACUCCUCCUAUUACUCCAUAUAAACUCUAUAUAUAUCUACUCUUAUAGGUUCUCCCCAUAACUUCUCCUACUUCUCAUCUAACCCUCUCUAUCAUGCCUCCUAUUACUCCAUAUAACACCUACCUUUUACUCUUUAAGGGAUACUAUAGUCACCAAGCAACUUUAGCUUAAUGAAGCUGUUUGUGUGUAUAGAUCAUGCUCCCGCAGUCUCACUACUCAAUUUUCUACCAUUUAGGAGUUAAAUCACUUUUGUUUCUGUUUAUGCAGCCUUAGCCACACCUCCCUUGGCUGUGACUGACAUAGCCUGAAUGGAAACAAAAUGGUUUCAUUUUCAGUCAUAUGUUAACUCAUUUUAAAAGUUUUCAUCUCCUGCUCUGUAAAUUGAGCAUUAAUUACACACAGUAGUCUCCUGCAGGGUCUAACAAGCUAUUAACAGAGCAGGAGGUAAGAAUUUCUAAAUUAAACUGAAUUUGCAAUAAAGGAAGUGUAAACAUUAGAUGACUCUUUACGGGUAGUGUUUAGGAAGGCUGUGCAAGUCACAUGCAGGGAUGUGUGGCUAGAGCUGUAUAAACAAAGUGAUUUAACACUUAAAUGGCAGAGAAUUGAGCAGUGAGACUGCAGGGGCAUGAUCUAUACAACAAAACCGCUUCAUUAAGCAUACAUUUUUUGGUGACUAUAGUGUCCCUUUUAUUUUUCCCACUACUUUAUAUAUUUUUUCAGCAUAACUUAUCCUAUUUCUUCAUAUAACGUCUUCAUUGUAGAUUUCGUAUAGUUUUAAUUUGGUCAAAAUGUCAUUAUUUAGGGAAAUUUGCUACAAGGAUCAGCAUCGUUCAUUAAGGUGCAAUGCUUUUAUUACAAUCACUGAGUUAUCUUUGUAUUUUGGAGACAGAAUAACUGAACAAUUUAAUGCUAAUCAUUAGACUUUCUCGCUAAUUACAAAUUUAUCUAACACUUGCAUGACUUAUUGUGGGAAGAUACUCUCUGUCAUUUGAGGGAAGUCUGUCUUGGUGGGGCAGCGGUAUCUUAAGUAAUAUCGACUAACUCAUUCCAGCCUGAGCUACUUGAAAACGUUUCUCGCUAAUUACAGUUUAAUCUAUAUACUUCAGUCUAACUUGUUAAAAGCCUCCCUUAGUCUUGGGAAUGAAUUUCCCUUGUUGGAGUUUCCCUUCUUGAAUUCAUUCCUUUUCGAAAGCAGAGCCUGCUAUUAGAAUCAAGGCUGUCUUAUUGAGAGCAGUCUACUGAAGGACCUUUCUUUCUUCCGAAGGCUCCUUCUUCUUCGAGACCUUUCAAAGCAGUCUCUCUUCCUAUUUAGCUGUGUGGUUCCUUGGAAGAAAACCAUUUGUGUUCUUGUAAAGUGGUGUCGUUCUUUUGAAAAAAGUGAUCCCUCUUCUUUAAACAGUCUCUUUUCUUGGAAAACAGCAGUCUCCUCCUAUAAUGCAGUCUUUCCCUUUGUAAGCAGUUUAUUUCAUUGAAGAAAUAGCCGUCUCUCUUUCUGUAAAGCAGUCUAAUUCUAUUAUAUAUAUAUAUAUAUAUAUAUAUAUAUAUAUAUAUAUAUUAUUUUUUAAUUGGAAUAUAUGUUUUCAAUUCAUUAAAAGCAACAAUUAGUUUCCUUCCUUGGAAGUUACUUUUCUUUGUCAGCUGUCUCCCUUUCUUCCUUGAAGGCAAUCACUUUUCUUUGGCAAGUUUUCUCAUUACAAAUCAGUCUCUCUUCUUGAAAUGAAGUCCCCUUCGAUUAUGUUUUCCUUGGUGGAAGGCUAUUUCUGUUGCUUUCUUCCUGGAAAUCUUUAUUUCUUCCUGGAAAGCUGUCUCUCUUUGAGGAAGAUGGUCAUCUUCUUCUGAUGACAUUGCACCUUAGUAGAAGGUUGUCUGUCUUCCUAAAAAGUGGUCCCUCUUCCUGGAAGGGUGGCUCUCUCUUCCUGGAAGGCUGGCUCUCCCUUCCUAGAAUGCAGUCUCUUUUCCUAGAAGGCUGGCUCUCUCUUCAUAGAAUGCAGUCUCUUUUCAUGGAAGGUUGGCUCUCUCUUUCUAGAAUGCAAUCUCUCUUCCUAGAAUGCAGUCCCUUUUCCUGGAAGGCUGGCUCUCUCUUCAUAGAAUGCAGUCUCUUUUCCUGGAAAACUGUCUUUCUCUUCAUAGAAUGCAGUCUCUCUUCCUGAAAGACUGUCUUUCUCUUCAUAGAAUGCAGCGUCUCUCCUGGAAGGCUGGCUCUCUCUUCAUAGAAUGCAGUCUCUCUUCCUGGAAGGCUGGCUCUCUCUUCAUAGAAUGCAGUCUCUCUUCCUGGAAGGCUGGCUCUCUCUUCAUAGAAUGCAGUCUCUCUUCCUGGAUGGCUGGCUCUCUCUUCAUAGAAUGCAGUCUCUCUUCCUGGAAGGCUGGCUCUCUCUUCAUAGAAUGCAGUCUCUCUUCCUGGAAGGCUGGCUCUCUCUUCAUAGAAUGCAGUCUCUCUUCCUGGAAGGCUGGCUCUCUCUUCAUAGAAUACAGUCUCUCUUCCUGGAAGGCUGGCUCUCUCUUCAUAGAAUGCAGUCUCUCUUCCUGGAAGGCUGGCUCUCUCUUCAUAGAAUGCAGUCUCUCUUCCUGGAAGGCUGGCUCUCUCUUCAUAGAAUGCAGUCUCUCUUCCUGGAAGGCUGGCUCUCUCUUCAUAGAAUGUAGUCUCUCUUCCUGGAAGGCUGGCUCUCUCUUCAUAGAAUGCAGUCUCUCUUCCUGGAAGGCUGGCUUAUGGAAGGCUCAGAAGCUGUCACUCAUUCUUUAAAGUAGCGUGAUGAUUUGAGGCUCCAUGCUGAGACAUGUGGAUCUGUGACACGUGUGCUUAUUACAUGUUUGGCGGAGGAAGAUGACUUCUGUUACCGCCAGCUUAGAUUCCAUUACAUUUCCUUCCAUCCAUCUUACAUGUCAUUUUUACCUUUCACAUUUAAAAAAAAUAUAUAUUUUUUCCUUUUUCUCUUAAUUACUACUUAGAUCUUUUUUUUCCAUUUGCUUACACUUACUGUUUAUAGUCCUCCUCGCUUGCAUGUAUAUAAAUAAAUAUAUAUAGCAUUGAGCACAUUUAUGUUUCUUCUUUUUUUAUUAAUAGUUGUUGUGAUAUGUAUCUUUAACUCCCUCCUGUCUUUGUUUAUCCUUUUUUGUCUCUCCCAGUAUUUUCGUACAGAUUAAUUAGUAUUUCCUUACCCGUAUACAUUUCACACCCAUCUUUGUUCCUUUCAGACAGUAUAUUGGCUGUUAAACUCUGUAGGGCUGUCUUCUGUGGCCUUUCUUUCGCUCGGAGUGUUUGUUUAGACCCUUAGUUUUGCUCACUGCCUUGUAUACGAUCCCACCUCUCUCUUUCUUUCUUUCUUUCUUUCUUUCUAUCUGUCAAAUGUUGAUCCUCUCUCUCACAUUAAAGAGUUUUAACACUUUGUGUCCUGUGUAAAUCACCGUAUAGCAAUAUAUUGCACAACCCUCGGGUGCUUAAAUUAUUACACUUAGGGUGGUCUUUUUAUCUAAAUUCAUGUAUUGAUGCUCUGUAUGGCAACUGCCUAGUACAUGGUUUCCGGUGCAGGUGGAAAAGGAAAUAUGCCUGCUAUAUCAGUUGGCAGUUUUUGUAAAGGUCUCUGCAAGCUAUCAAGAUUUAUCCCUGCAGGUUAAUAUGGAUGUGUUCAUUUGUACAGGUGAAGAGGGAGCGGAAGGAAAUCCGUGCUGAGACAGACUGGAGAAAAAGGGAAUUUAGAGAGCUAAUUGGAGGAAGAGUGUUUAGAGUGAUAAUCACUGAACGUGAGGCUUGAAAGAAUUAGGGUACGGGGGCAGUUAUCGGAGAAGAACAGAUUUCGGUAUGUCAUAGUUACGUAAAAUUGAAAAUUGUCUAAAAGUCUACAUUGGACGAAGUGCAAAGGGCUGUGCCAAAAAAGAGAGAGCUGUAAGGGAUCAAAGAGACAUACGGGAGAGAGAGAAGGGAGGAAGGAUGCACAGCAGAGAUUUGACUAGUGUACGUUUGCUUUAAUGACCAGUGAUUAGGAAGCCAUUAGACAUUAAAUUGAUUUUCAUGGAAAAAAUAAAGUGAGCUAUUGGAGAGAAAGAGACAGGAAUGAUCAAGAAUGAUAUUGUAGUGAGAUAAUAGCUAGCGAGACAGAGCGAGAAAGACAGUGAAAUUAGAGUGCUCUAAAGACCUUUCCACUAGAACCUAGAUAAAAGGAUGGAAGGUACAGGAAGGGGUAGGGAAAAAGUAGGACAGGCUAUAAUGAAAGAAGAAUGGAGGUGAGAGUGUAGCUUCAGAGAGACCGAGAGACACUCACUGAGUUGGAGUGUGAAUAGAGAGGGGAAAGAGUGUGAAUAAAAGAAGAGAGGAGGCAAGGCAGGAGCAGUGGGGGCUGUGAGGAGAAGAGAGCCGCAGAGGUGUGGGGGGAGAGAAAAGGAGGCUUAGAGAAGCAGUAGUGGAUUGUGCAGUGCAGCACAGAACCCCCCCUCGAGCCCCCUCGUCACCGAUCGAUACAAGACUAAGCAAUAAAGCAUUUUCAUUGUCAGAUGCCCUGCAUAUAGUGACUGGUGUGAGAGCGCCUGUUCUCCCCCCACCUCCACCUAAUCUGUACUGGAGAGCUCUGCAGAUUCAUUCCCCCCCCCCCACCUCAAGGCCUGGUCACCCCCACUCCCCCCGCCCAAGCUGAACCCCCAACCCCCCCUCCCCUAGAGCCUCCACCUUCCGACUCUUCAAUAAUUCAAAGCUAGCACCUUUUUAUUACUCCAUAGAAAGCCUCCCUUCUGCCAACACCCCCGUUUUAUUAUUUUUAUUUUUACCUUUCCUCCCCCUCUACCUCUCUUCUUUAUCUCCUCUCUGUCUCUUUCUCUUCUUUUCCUUGCUCUCCUAUUUUUCCACCGUCUUUUCAUUGUUGCUUUCUUUAAUUUUCCAGUUUUCCUUUCGCUUCUUUUGGCCCACUUUUUUUUAUCUAAUACUUACUGUAUUGCAUUGAUUCUUUCUGUACUUAUAUAUAUUUGACAUUUUCUCAAAUUUAUUUUCCCCCCUUUAUUUCUUUACUAAGUAUUCCCCAGUCUUUUUCCAGUUUGUGUUAGAUUCCUGUUGGCAAAACACAGCUAUAAUACUAUUAAAUACCCAUAAAUGUGAUGUUCAGUGAGAAAAUGUAUUUUUAUAAUCAUGAAGAGUCAGACAUAAAUAGUUGGUAAUAAUUUAUUCAUCGUAGUAACUUUAAAUUGUAAUAAAAGGUGAGGAUAAGAAAGAUUAUGGUGACAUAGGAGGAGUUACAGAGUGACGUUAUUGAAAUAUUUGGAGCACCAGGAGAAAUGCUAUAGCGCUGUGGGAUGUGUUAUAAGUAGUCAUAUAUGUAUGGACAGCAGGUGCUGUUAGAUCAUAUGGAUAUUCAGGGGCAUUAGGGGAAAAUUUACAUCUCUAAUGUUUUGAUGGUAUGUAAUAUUUACAUAUGACAGGCUGGGAGAAAGAAUUGUGAAAGGUUUGGAUUAGAUUGGAAAUACAAAAUGCAUUUUCUACAGUGCUUAUUUCCCAUUGGCUGCCCUGUGCUCAAAUAUAGAAAAGUGCUAUGUAGAUACAGAUUAUGCAAAUGUAAAACAUCUAGCAAAUGUAUAGAUUAAAAUCCAGAUUUCAAACUAAAAGCAAAACCUUAUCUUUGCAUUUACUUACUAUAAUGGUUAUUGCUCUGUUUACAUAAUGCAACCACAUGCUUUUGCAUGGACAGCACACUUUAAGAGAUGUUCUAGCUAUAUAAAGUUAUAUGUAGAUGUAUAUGUAGUGAGAGGAAAUUUAGGAAGCAAAAAAUAUGGUGCAGCAGAAUGUAUUAUAGGGAAUGGUUAUAUGGAAUGGGAUGGAAAAUGUUAUAGAGAGGGGUUGUUUGGAACAAUAGGUGGAGUUAAAAGGAGUGACAGGGAGUAAAAGGUUAAUAAAGAAGAUGACACAAGGAGCAAUAGGUGAGUUAAAGGGAAUACUUAUUAGGAGCAACAGGCAGGGUUACAGGAGCAAUAAUAAGGAGCAAUAGGUUGGGUUACAGGGAGUGGUUUGUAGGAGCAAUAGGCGGGGUUACAUGGAGUGGUUUGUAGGAGCAAUAGGCGGGGUUACAGGGAGUGGUUUGUAGGAGCAAUAGGCGGGGUUACAGGGAGUGGUUUGUAGGAGCAAUAUGCGGGGUUACAUGGAGUGGUUUGUAGGAGCAAUAGGCGGGGUUACAGGGAGUGGUUUGUAGGAGCAAUAGGCGGGGUUACAGGGAGUGGUUUGUAGGAGCAAUAGGCGGGGUUACAGGGAGUGGUUUGUAGGAGCAAUAGGCGGGGUUACAUGGAGUGGUUUGUAGGAGCAAUAUGUGGGGUUACAGGGAGUGGUUUGUAGGAGCAGUAGGCGGGGUUACAGGGAGCUUAUUAAGAGCAAUAGGUGGAAUUACACAGAGUCGUUUAAACAGCAAUAGACAUAGUUAUAGGGUGUGAUUAUUAGAAUCAAUAAGUGGGGUUACAGGGAGUUGUUUUUAGGAGUAAUAAGCGGGGUUACAGGGAGUGGUUGUUGGGAGCAUUAAGUAGUGUUACAGUGAGUGUUUAUUUGGUGCUAUAGCUGGGGUUGUAGACAGUGUUUCUUUGGACUGAUGGGUAGGGAGAAGGUAAAGUCAUACAGGGUGUUAUAGGGAGAGGAUAUAUGUAGCAUGGGAGGUAUCCAAGGUGGAUAGGUAGGAGCUGUAGAUAGCAUGCCAGUGAGGCAAAGUAUGCUGCCAGUAUGUGGUGUCACCACCCCAAUAAAAAGAAGUAUGUCAGUUAUGUGAAAGGGGCUACAUGGGCUUGCCCAUGUGCAUAGCAUUUUUUAAAGUGCUAUAGACAGAAAAUUCUUAGUUGUUAGUGAUGCACUUGUUUUGUGUUUAUUAUAUACUUUUCUUCAGUGUCUCACUUCUAGGGUGGACAAGACCCCAAAAUGUUAUAUAUUUGCAUAUAUAUGGAGUAUUAAGAAAGUUCCAUAAAUUAAUUAAAUAUAUGUAUUAUUAGAGGUGGUUGUAUGGAACUCUAUGGGAACUAUAAUGCAAUACGGAAGACUUUAUAGAAUUACAGCCAAUUAGAGGCAGUAUUUUUUCAAAUUGGAGAAUAUGUGAUCCUUUAGGCAGUAGGAGGAGGUGCUAUGAGCCAUAUGAAAAGGCUGAGGUUAAUGAUAGUAGUAUAAAGAAAUGUAUAAAAUGAUGUGUCUCCGCAUAUCAUUUUAUUAAUUUUUAUGUGUUAUUGAUUGAUUUGUAAAUGGCCUUAGUGAGAUAUCACACCUGAUAAAUGAUCUUAUUAACCAUCAUAAUAAUUACCCGAAUUAGCAUGUUAGAUGGUUUGGCUGGAAAGUUCCCCUUGUGACCUCAAUCUGCCCCUUAUGUUAAGAAUUAAAUUGUGUAAUGAAAAAAAAAAGCAAAAAGCAAAUUUGGUAUGUUUAUUGUUUUAACCCUUGGAAUGACAUGGAGCUUGACAGAGUUUUGCAAAAUCAAUGGGGAGUAGCAGAAAAUCACACCUUUGGUUCCAUUUUUACUACAUACAACAUGGGGUAAAUAAUUAGGCACCCUUUGGCACUCCAUAUGUUGUGCACUAAAUCUCCCAUAAUUCUCUUACAGGCAGAAUGCUGACAAAGCAUUAUUAUUAUUAUUGGUUUUAUUUAUAUAGCGCCAGCUUAUUCCUCAGCGCUUUACAAUAAAAGGGAAAUUUACCAAAUGAGACAAUAACAAAAUGUGACAGGAACAAUAGGUAAUGGGGGACCCUGCUUAAACAAGCUUACAAUCUAGAGGAGGUGGGGUAUAAAAACACAAUAGGAAGGGUAUUGAGAGAGACAGCAGAUAGACAUUAUGGGAAAGUAGAUGAACUGGAGGUGAGAGUGGAGUGUGGUCCUAUAGGAGAGAGCGAGAGGAAUGUUUGAGAGAUAGAAGUUACUUUUGGAGGCCAUAAACAAUCCUGAAAAGAUGGGUUUUGAGUGACUUCUUAAAUGGUUUAAGACUAGGGGAGAGUCUGACAGGGGUAGGCAAAGGGGUGAGGUGUGAGAGGAGCGACAGGAGAGAAAGAUCGGCCUGGCAGCAGCAUUCAUUAUAGAGAUUGAGCUUCAGAAAGAUAUAGUCCAGAACGUCUGAAAUACCGAUUGUUGCCUACCCCCUGUUCCAUGGUGUUCAUUCACUUAAACAAGAAUUGCCAGAAUAACAUAACCGGUAGGAAUUUGCAAUGACCUUUGUUUCUUCUCACCCAUUCCUAGUUAGUGAAUAAACUCUAAAAAUUGCACAAUGCCAAAAGCAUGACAAUGGAGAUCCUGCCUUUUUCCUAUACGUGAAUACCUGUGUAUGAUGAGGAUUGCAGUCUAUAUUAAGAUGAAGCAGUUACCUAUCCUUGGUAUAAAGAAACAAUAAUAUGCCCUGUGUGCAAGCUUAGCAUCUAUGCCCGCAGCUCCGUAAGCAACUACACAGGGUUUAACUAUAUCUCCUCCGCAGCAUACUGCCCAUGGGACACUGUAGGGAAGCAUCCAAAAAAAAGAUGCUACACUGCAGAAAAAUACAACUAACAAAGCACAGAGCAAUAUACAGCAGACAUGACAUGCAUUGUAGAAAACCUUAAUACUGCGGAUUAAAUGACAAUACAUUUACAGAAUGCGUGUGCCCUACACUUAAACUCUCAUGCUUCCCGUAUGGGAAGGAGAAACCGUCCCAUUUUUGGACCACAUUACCUUUGUCCCUGUUUUCUAACUUUAGAUCAAUAAAGCCAUGGGAAUAUCUCCUAAAACUAUAAUAAAUGUAUUUAGUAGCAAUAAUUUAUCCUUGUUCCAUAGUUAUUACUUUGCAGCUUGUGGCUAUGAAUAGGAAAUCCCUUUAAUAAUGCCUUUAAUAAUGAAAUCACCUGUAAUUUCUGUAAAUAGCCACGCCCUGAUUACACCUGAAGGCAAACACCCUGUUAAGGUGAAAAUAGCCAAACUCUGUACAGCAAAUGAUAAAGAGAGGUGGAAUGUUUAUUAUCAUUAUUUAGUGAUGACAGAAAUUGAGGGUUUGGUUUAAACAAACUCAUCUGUUCUACCCCCAUAAGAAAAGAUCUGGCUUUAUUGAUUAACGCUAUGUAUGAUGAUUUAAUUUGAUCCUGUUAUGCUGGCAUUCUGACAUGCUGAUUAAUGCUCCUUUUACAUUGCACUGUAUGGGCAAGUAACGCUUCACAAAAGCAUAAUUGAAUCCAUUGUACUCUGUGCAAAGAAGAACUGUAAUUUCUAUGUAGGAAGUUAUUGGGAGUAACAGCAUCUCUAAACCCUAAAUACACCUGCUAAUAUAGCUAUUAUGGAAGAAUAAUGUGUCUUAUAGAUACAUUGUGCACCCAGUAGAGUUAAUAUUAUAUACCCUGUCCCCCAUCCUGUCUUAUUCUAUAUACACUCCGCACCCCAUCCUGUCUUAUUCUAUAUACACCCCAUCCUGUGUUAUUAUCUAUACACCCCGCACCCCAUCCUGUCUUAUUCUAUAUACACCCUGCACCCCACCCUGUGUUAUUAUCUAUACACCCCACACCCCAUCCUGUCUUAUUCUCUAUACACCCUGCACCCGAUCCUGUCUUAUUCCAAAUACACCCCGCACCCCAUCCUGUCUUAUUCUAUAUACACCCAGCACUCCAUCCCAUCUUAUUCUAUAUACACCCUGCAUCGCAUCCCAUCUAAUUCUAUAUACACCCCGCACCCCAUCCUGUCUUAUUAUAUAUACACCCCACACCCCAUCCUGUCUUAUUCUAUAUACACCCUGCACCCCAUCCUGUGUUAUUCUCUAUACAGCCCACACCCCAUCCUGUCUAAUUCUAUAUACACCCAGCACCCCAUCCUGACUUAUUCUAUAUCCACCCUGUACCCCAUCCUGUUUUAUUCUAUAUACACCCUGCACCCCAUCCUGUCUUAUUCUCUAUACACCCUGCACCCCAGCCUGUCUUAUUCUAUAUAUACCCUACACCCCAUCCUGUCUUAUUCUACAUACAUUGUGCACCCCAUCCUGUCUUAUUCUAUAUACACCCAGCAGCCCAUCCUGACUUAUUCUAUAUUCAACCCGCACCCCAUCCUGUCUUAUUAUAUAUACACCCCACACCCCAUCCUGUUUUAUUCUAUAUACACCCCACACCCCAUCCUAUCUUAUACUACAUUCACAUAUACACCCAGCACCCCAUCCUGACUUAUUCUAUAUUCACCCUGUAACCCAUCCUAUCUUAUUCUAUAUACACCCCGCACUCCAUCCUGUCUUAUUCUAUAUACACCCUGUACCCCACCCUGUCUUAUUCUGUAUAAACCCUUUACCCCAUCCUGUCUCAUUCUCUAUACACCCUGCACCUCAUCCUAUCUUAUUUUCUAUACACACUGCACCCCAUCCUGGCUUAUUAAAUAUACACCCAGCAUCCCAUACUGUCUUAUUCAAUAUACACCCCGCACCCCAUCCUGUCUUAUUCUAUAUACACCCUAAAUCCAAUCCUGUCUUAUUCUAUAUACAUCCUGCACCCCAUCCUGUCUUAUUAUAUACACCCCAUCCUGUGUUAUUAUCUAUACACCCCACACCCCAUCCUGUCUUAUUCUAUAUACACCCUGCACCCCAUCCUAUGUUAUUAUCUAUACACCCCACACCCCAUCCUGUCUUAUUCUCUAUACACCCUGCACCCCACCCUGUCUUAUUCUAUAUACACCCCGCACCCCAUCCUGUCUUAUUCUAUAUACACCCAGCACCCCAUCCUGUUUAAUUUUAUAUACACCCCACACCCCAUCCUGUCUUAUUAUAUAUACACUCCGCACCCCAUCCCAUCUUAUUCUAUAUACACCCUGCAUCGCAUAUAUAUAUAUAUAUACAUAUAUAUAUAUAUAUACACCGCACAACCCACCCUGUCAUAUUCUAUAUACAUCUAGAACCCAUUCCUGAUUUAUUUUAUGUAUAUCUUGCACCAUAUCCUGUCUUAUUGUGUAUACACCUCGCACCCCAUAAUGCAUGCAUAUUUCUGUAAUGUACACCCUGCUCUAUGCAUCAGUUCUCCAUUAUCAUAAGUGGUAUUAUAUGCAUGAUGUAUACUUGGCACAGUUUGCUGCUGCGUCUGGCAUUUCUGUGGUGACUGCUCAAACACUAUAUUAGGGGUAGGCAGCUCCUGUCCCUAAGUGAUGCUGACAGCCCAGAAUUUAAGGAUCUCUAUGCAACGGCACAGGGCAGUUAAUCACUGUCAUCACCACUUUAAUUUACCUGGUGUCUUAUGUAACCAAUAGGAGAUUAAAUUGUUAGCCUUUUACUGCCUGCUUGUUGUUUUAAUUUGGAACUAUAACCAGUAUACACAAACUGGACCACAUUAAUAUAAAUAUGCCAUGAAAUAUCCUAUUUUGUUUUAUUGAAAUAGAGGUAUGUGCCUCUAGAGAGGAAUUGAUGAUAAGUACAGCUCGGUGCGUGGCUUCAUGCUGUAACAGAUUACACUGCUAGUAGGAUGCCAUAUUGGUUUAUAAUUUGUUGUGGAUUGUUACAGUCAUCGUUGGGCAGUGUGGGCAGCAGAAGGCCAUAAGCUGUUAAAGCUUUUAGGUUUGCCUGGCAGUAUGCAUCAAUGGCAGUGUUGCCCAAUUGAUCAUGUUUUCCUGGACACAUAUCACUGCUUCAUGGUGAUGGCCAGCAGCAAAUGAAUAGUGCUGCCCUGCUGUAUGCAGCAUUUCGUAUGCUUCAGGAUGGAAACUAAUUAAUCGAGAUGGUUCAUUUGACCUCCCUAGCCUAUUAAUUCCACGUACUGUAGUCAACACAUUUGAUUUGCUGUCAUCAACAUAGAGAAGUAAUUUGUGUCAUGGAAACAUGGUGGAUACGGCAGCUGUAAGCAGAGCUACUGGAAGUGACUGACAGUAUCCAGGAAUGGUUUUGUGGUGCUUGGUAAUAAUUCAUGGCCAAGUAAUAGAGAACCAUUUCCGUCCUUACGGAAGCUUAAUUCUCACUCUCUCCAUUUUCCAUUUCCAUAAGUGGUGUAGGUGUCCACGAGCACAGUGAGGGAGCUGUUGUAUAGAUGGGACAAUAAUUUCUUGAGUCUACAGGAUUUCACACCCUGGUGGUGUGAUAUGGUGACCGUAAUGGUACUGUCAUGACUGCUUCCUUCUUCCAAACCACCGCUAUAGUGCUGUUGUCUGACACUCCACGUUUUAUUGCACAUUCUGACACUUUAAACAUUGCAGGAAAAAUGUUAAGAUGGUGUUUGGUCAGAGGUAGUGAUGUCAUUACCGAGAUACAGCCUCUACAAUAGCUGUUGUUUCCCUUGUAGACAAUGCUUGAGUUUGGGUACCAGGUGUAAUGAUUAACCAUUUAAAGGGGUACUCUAUAGUACCAUAUCUCUACAACUCAAUGUAUUUGUUUUGCUGCUUAGAGCCCCUUGGUUUAAUUUUAAACCAUUUAAAAAGAGUCCCUUUGCACCAGGAUGGCCCUCAGUUUAUAUCAAACCGUUUAUGAACCAGUAAUCUACACAAGGAAAUUGAACGGUAUUGAGUAUGUUGAGCUUAGAGUGCCCCAUUAAGCCCUAACGAUCUAUAUACCAACAUGAGGUGUCCUGCUUAUUUAAUAUUCCAUGAGCAUUAUAUUUCCAGAGAGGGUUUCUAAAAACUGGUUUGUUAUGUCAGAACUGCUUUGUAAACGGACUUUGAGGAGGUUAAUAAAAAUAGAUGUUAUGUGAUAAAUGUAUGAGACAUAGGAUCAAGCUUUAUUAAUACGUUGACAUACUAGCAAUCCUCUUUAAAAAUCAUGACAAAAUGGCUGACAAUGCUGCUGCUUGUCUUCUGCUGUAGAUACUCAUGUAUGUAGUUUUGAAAUGAGAAAGGGAAUAUAUCCAUGAAUAUAAUGGUGGGUUAGUCAAAAGGUAGGCCUCAAACUGUUAUGGAAAUACCACUACCAUGAUGCUUUGCUCUCAAAGCCAUAUAUUAUAUGUCUAUAUGUUUUAUGUCCAUAACAUCUUGAUGGUUACAUGUUGACUACAUUCAUUUUAGUGUAUUAGUCAUUUACACAUUUUCUUUUAGUCAAUGGGGUAGACAUUUAGUCUUGGAAGGUGUUUUUAGCCGAAAAAAAGCAGAAUAUGGUAAACUAGUACACUGUAACAGACCAUGUAAAUAUGGUUAAGGAGUUGGUUAAGUCAUCUAAUCCAUUUUUAGUUUUAUAGUAAAUUUGAGCAUGUAUCAUUUGCAUUAACAGAUAUAAGCAUAAUUUAUUUGCAGCUUCAUCUUUCUCACAUGAUGCCUUAGGUCUUUACCUAUCCGAUGCAGGCCCAGGCUUUGGCAGAGUGAAUUGGCAUUGUGUGGCAUUGCAGGACAGGACAGGGGUGAUUCUUAGCUCUUGCCCCCCUCUCUACUCUCAGUUCACCCCCCUCGUGCCUCUAUCCCUCGGGACGUAGCUCUAAUAAUGUGUUUGAUCGACUGGCGGGCGGCGAGCACACGAUUAUUGUCUUGUAGGGAGUCAAAAGUAUUGAUCUUGCGAGAAAUAUGAGUGUGUGAAAUGGAGUCAGUGUGUCAGUUACAAUCAGCACAGACCCGGGGGAGAGAGCGAGAAAAGAAGAGAGAGAGAAAGAGUCACUGAGAGAGAAAGCAUGUGAGAGAGAGAAGGAGAGAGAGCUGCCGGAAAAAGCCAUCGUAUUGCACACACUCCCAGCCUGCAGUCUCUUAUUUCUUAAUGCAUUUAACACUGCUCCAUCCUUUGUGCUGUCUCAAUCUCUAUAAAUUGUCUGCUUUUUGUUGUCUCUCAUUGUAUUACCUCUUAUGUGCGCACUAUUCUGGCAUGUGUCAUGCUUGUCGUAUAUUGCACACUUUAUAUCUACUAAACCAUGAUUUCUGGAUACAUGACAAGGCAAUUGAAAAACUUUUCCAACUCAAAGCUGUUUUUCCAGGUCAACUAUUAUGGUCUAAAAUGUUUGAUUCAUUUCACAAUUUACCACAAUUCCUGUUUCAGUGAAUAUACUCCUGUUCUAUCAUGAAUUGUGAUGAACUGAAAAUGGAAUUUAAAUAAUCCAAACCAAAAUAGCCAAACUGUGACUUAAGCUCAUUUGGAGAAUUUUUCCAAAUUCACCUAUCUGAACUACAUUAAACUCCAGGAGUUUAAUAUUGGAGUCUGCACGCCCGUGGGAGACAGCUCCAGGUAAGUACAGCUCACCUCUGCUGCACUCCUGGGCUACCACUCCCAAGGUAGUGAUUAUUUCAAAGUCACAUUAACUAUUUAUUCUAUUAAGUCUAUUAGAGAAUCAAAGGAUCCAGUAUUGAAUAUACAUGAGUCUGUGCUGCUGGGUGCAUCCGGGUCCCCGCCACAAAACUUUUCUACUAGCUGCAUCCGGGCCUCCGCCACAAGACUGUUCUACUAGCUGCAUCCGGUCCCCUGCCAUGAGACUGUUCUACUAGCUUCAUCCUGGCCCUGCCGCAAGACUAUUCUACUAGCUGCAUCUGGGCUCCCACAAUGAGACUGUUUUACUAGAUGCAUCCGGGCCCCCGCCACGAGUCUGUUCUACAAGACACAUCCGGGCCCUGCCAUGAGACUGUUCAACUAGAUGCAUCCAGGCCCCCGCCAUGAGACUGUUCUACUAGAUGCAUCCGGGCUCUGCCAUGAGACUGUUUUACUAGAUGCAUCCAGGCCCAUGCCAUGAGACUGUUCUACUAGAUGCAUCCAGGCCCCCGCCAUGAGACUGUUCUACUAGAUGCAUCCAGGCCCCCACCAUGAGACUUUUCUACUAGCUGCAUCCGGGCCCUGCCAUGAGAGUGUUUUACUAGCUGAUUCUUGGCCACCGCUUUGCCGUGACUCUUGUACAGGGGUUCUCAGAAGGUAGAUCCCCAGAUAUUUUAAAACUACAGCUUCUACAAUGCUUUCUCAUUCUAAAUUCAUGUUAAAGGCAUGCAAAGCAUCAUGGGAGUUCUAGUUCUACAACAUCCAUAGAUCUACCUUUUUGGCACCCAUGCUCUAGAUAGUAACCAUGGUUGCCUAGCCACUAAUAUUCCUCCUCUGGCACUUAUCACACUUUAUAAAUUGCAGAACACCGUGUUUUUAUAAUAGCUAAUUAGGCAUACAUUAUAUAGAGCACUGGCCCAAGUGUACUUAUAUAGAUCAUCAGCUUUUAUAUACAGCAUGCAGUGAAGUGUGUUUCAUCCAUAAACAUCAUGAAAGUCCUAUAGACCUAAAUAGCUAUAUAGAUUGAUCCAAGGAAACAAUGGAUACAAAGAAGCAGACUGACAUAUUCCUAAGAAUAAUAUCCAUUCCAGUUCAGUACACUGUGUUUAGUGUUUUUAUUCACCUUCCCAGCGUACUCUUACUCGAAAUGCACAGCAGAGCGCUAUGUAUGUAGCAGCACAGAGAGUAAUCCGGCAGCACGCAGUGCACAAUAAUAACAUGCAGAGCAGUAUAAUACCAGUUGCAGUAAUUUAAUACAGUACUGAGACAAAUGAGAACAUGCAAGGCUAUAACAUAACAUGCAGAAAUCUAAACCAAAGCAAUGGAAUGGUAAAAAAAAAAGACAUGUAACAGCCAGGACUAUGCAAUAACUUGCAGAAACAUAAACAUACUCAGGCACCAAUAUGACGAAAAGCUAAAAGCAUGCAAUAACAAAAGAUGUGUAGAAUUUUACAGUGAUAAAAUACAAAGCUUUGCAGUGGCACAAUGAUACAAUGUAGUAAUUAAUAAUACUCAGAGAAAUUAAAUUUUACACAAGGAUAUAACAUCAAGUGAUAUAAGAAUAAGAGAGGCAUGCAGUGAUAUAUAUUAUAACAUACAUUGUUAUAACAUAUAGCUUAUUGGUUUAUAUCAUAUGGAUAGUUAUAAUGGUCUAAGUCAUAACAUAAUAUCUGAUAGAAAAGCACAGCAAUAUCACACAGAUAAUUCCAUGUGAUAUGGUGAAAUGGAAAGCAAAGUGAAUGAGGUAAAUAUUUAAUAUGUAAUAAUAAAACCAUGCUGCAGAGUUAUGUAAUGGCAUUGAGCAAUUCCCAUGUAAUCAUUAGUGACAUGCAGAGCAAUGUAAUGAUGCAUAGUGAUAUACUAUCCAAUAGAUUGAAAUACGCACAAAGUAACGGCACACAAUCUGAAAAUAUGUAAAAAUGGGUGAUAAAAUCUAAUGACAGGUUGUUGUGGUGAUGACAUACACUGCUAUAACUGCUUGGGCGAUUGCAUGCAUAGUGAUGGCAUCCUGUGACAUAACAUGAUGUGUAAUAAUAUGUGGAGUGAUGUGAUGGCAUACACUGAUAUAACAUGUACUGGAUAAUAACAUGCAGGACUAUAUGACAAUAUACACAACUGCAACGUGAAGGGUAAUGAUAUGCAGGGAGAGUUUAUGAUUGCAAAUGACUAUAAUGUCAAAAAUAAUCCACAUUAUGCAGAGAGGAUGUGACAGCCUACCAUUAUCUGUAAACAAGCCAUGAGGUUUAACAUUAUGCAAAUAGAUUUGAAUGCAUUCAGAGCUGCUUAAAGCCACGCAGGGAUUUAAUAACUGUAAUGACAUAUUGUACAAUAUUAAAACAGAAGGAGACAUUUAACAACAUGCACAGAGACAUGAUGACAUGUAAACAGGAGGCAUAAUGUAAUAACAAACCUGGAGGUAAUAUGGGUACUUUAAAUCUCUUCCUUAUAUUGAGUUACAUUGCAACAUGUAUUUGAAACAAAUGGUGCAUAGCUACUACAUGAAAUGAGUGCUUAGUCCCAGUCCAGGUAUUUCAUACCCCAGGUGCUAUUAUCAGUGUAUAUAUAUAUAUAUAUAUAUAUAUAUAUAUAUAUAUAUAGUCUCCAAAAAGAAAGCCAGCACUCAAGGACUUCAAUGUGAAAAAAUAGGCAUUUAAUCCAAGUGGUCAACGUUUCAGUUCACAACUGUGAACUUUCCUCAGGACACAAACUGAAACGUUGACCACUUGGAUUAAAUGCCUAUUUUUUCACAUUGAAGUCCUUGAGUGCUGGCUUUCUUUUUGGAGACUGUAUUUGUGUGCAGCUGAGCACCGGGCCAAGAUUUGGAGGAGAGCUGGAGUGCAAAACUCCCAUCGUAUUGUGUGUGUGUGUGUGUAUAUAUAUAUAUAUGUAUAUAUAUAUAUAUAUAUAUAUACACACUGAACAAAAUUAUAAACGUAACACUUUUGUUUUUGCCCCCAUUUUUCAUGAACUCAAAGAUCUAAGGUCUAUUUCUCUCAAAUAUUGUUCACAAAUCUGUCUAAAUCUGUGUUAGUGAGCACUUCUCCUUUGCCGAGAUAAUCCAUCCACCUCACAGGUGUGGCAUAUCAAGAUGCUGAUUAGACAGCAUGAUUAUUGCACAGGGGGCAAAAAUAAAAGUGUUGCGUUUAAAUUUUGUUCAGUGUAUAUAACAGUAGUAGGAUAAAUCACGUUUGCAGCAAAUGAUAAAUGUGCUGCUCAGAUAUAAGUAGAAAUGCUCAAAUACCGGGCAUUAUAAACACGGAAGCUUGCAAACUCCAGCUCAUUGCGAGAGGGAAUAAGUGGGGCACUGUUUAUAGUCCCUCUGACCAUAUCAGAAGACUGACCAUAUCAGGUGAGAAAUUAGUUCCUCUUCCAGUAGAGGACCAUAGUAGCAGCAGAGGUGAAACAUAUUCACAGUAUUUUGUUGAAAAUAAAAAUGGGUAAAAAGUAACAUCUGCACUGCUCAGUGUACUCUAUAAUACUAGAUAUGUUUAGAUCUGGUUCUGGUCAUAGCUGAUCCUAAGGACUGUUAUACUUCUGAGUAAAUAUUAAUUAUCAGAUGCUUUAACUCUGCCUUACAUUAUAGCAUGAAUAACCACACUGCUGCACCAUAUGUUAAAACUAAAAACACUGUAUUCAUUCUUCUAAAUAGUGAGUUUGGUGACUUGUGAAAUUAAGGUAAAAAAAAACAGACUUGGAAAAAAUAACCCUGUUGGUUAACUUGGGGACUUCUUUAAAUUCUCUGAAUUAUGAAAUAAAUGUAUUUUUAAAUGGGAUGGAGGGGGUGGUGGGUUGCAUCUAUACAUUAUAAACCAGCUGUCUAACAGUAAAUAUAAUUAUUUUUAUUGUUUGUUAUUUGUUAGUUACUAAAGUAAGGAUUCAAAGUGAAUUUUUAAUUAAAGUGCCAGAGUAGCCAAACUUGAAAGCAUAUUUUAAUCAGAGAUCACAUUCCCAUAUGUUAUGGCAUUGCUAUUAUCAGUGUUAGAGUGGGAUAAAUGGGCAAUAUACCAGAGCAGAAUGACCACUACAAACAUCUCCCCUGACUUACUGAUUAUGUGUGCAAGUAAUGUCAACUACUGAUUCACUCCCUGUGCUUUUAAUAGAUUUAGGUUUGUGUUUUCCAACUCCCUUUAAGAUCAUUCUUCCCAUUCUAAUGAGAAUUGUAAUAUAAAUCUGUAAGUCAUGAUAUUUAUGAGAGCCAUGGCGAGAACUAGACUUUGGCUUCCUACAAUUCCUUGGGCAUAGCUUCACACAAAGCAUUGUGGGAAUACAAGGAUGUGCACAAUCCAUAGCAAUAGUUUUGGCUAAUGCAUUUAAUGUAUAUAUUAGCUGGUGAUCACGCUAUCUCGAUGUACCUUAAACAUUAUAACUCUAAAUUCACACAUUUUUAGAUGAGCGGUCCAGUUUAACCUUUUUUUUACAGCAGCAAUUUUUCCAACCUCAACUUCAUUUUAUAAUUUGUCGUGAGGUUUUGGAAGGUAAUCUGUUAAAUUCAUGCACGGCUACCAAAAACCUGUGGAGUAAUAUAAUAUAACGUUGACAUAAUAUGGUACCACGCGGGGAGAUAUGUUAACUCUCACAGCUGUAUAAUGAUACAUAAUGGCAAGAUAGAAUGGCAGAAUAGCAAGCAGAACAAAGUAAUAUCGUGCAAGGCUAUAUAAUAACAUGCAGAGAAUAGAAUGCAACUAGUAAAGUGGAUUUAUUUUAUCAUCUGUAAAAAAAAAAAAAUAUCUCUCUCUUUUAUUCUCCAAUCAUUUCCAUAGCAGAAACACUUUAAGACAUCAAGGUAACAGAAUAUGGUAAAAGAUGUUGGAAUAACAUGAAUUAUAUUCAAUAUUUUACAAGGUCAUACAAUAAGGUGUUUUCCUGCCUGGGAAUAUAAUAGUCACUAAUGAAAGUCAAGACACAUGGAGCUGUAGUCACUCAACAGCGUAUUGUACUGGAUUCACAACUGAGUUACAACAUUUUUAGACCAUAAUAGCAAUGGUUUAGAAAAAAUUCCAGACUGACUAUUUGGGCCAGGCCUGUAUUAUUUUGCCAACUCAACACAGAUUGAUGUUUAGUAAAUAUAGUAUAAUAAAAUACAAUGGAUGAUACAUAAUCCAAAAGAAUAAUGACUUUCGUGGGUUAAUCAAUCAAUACAAAAUGGUGGAUGUGUCUUGUGAGGUCGUGUUACACAGUUGUUUAUUUUCAUGGUUCAUACAUAUAUUAAAUUCCACUGACAUAGAGCCUGUGACCGUAAUGGUAAUUACUACAACCGUGCUGAUGUAGAUAUAUAUAUAUAAUGAUAGUGAUUGAAUGACCAGUUCAAUUUAAUUAAAAACAGUCAUGUAAUUAUUUUUCUUUUAGCACCUGGGAUUAUAUUUCAGAAUUGAAUGCUUCUUUACUAUAGCUACAGCUAUCUAAAAGAAAUAGCUGUGCAGUGUAUUUUUGUCUUUAUUUUUCUAUUUGUUGUUAAUUUAUACAGUAAUUUAUAUAAUAGACCUUCAUAGUAACAGUAUAUUAACACAAAGCAAAGUAAUGAAUAGGUAGGAAAUGAAUGUAUUUUUUUUUUAAAUGGAUUUCUCUUUUUAUUUUUUAACAAGAAAUCUUUUUAUUUUUCCUAGUUGUCAAUCUUCUUUGAAACAACCCACACAAUUACUGCUUAGAUAUUGUGCUUAUUAUAAUAUCUAUUGCUUAAUGCAGUGUUUUUCUACUCCUGAUUUGGGGCCCAGAAUGGUCCCCAUGUCAUUUUAAUGGAUUCUACUGGUUAGAACAGGCACAUCAUUGCUACAAAACCCCAGGUAACUGUCCAUUAUAUGUUUACUCAAUGUCUCUGCCUCCACAAUGCAAUGGAAACCCUAUCAUACUGGGAAAAGUCUAAUUAAGAUGUUUUGCAACAUUGAUUUUAAUGUUAAUUAUAAUACAUGUCAGAAAUAAGUCACUGAGCUGAUUUUCAGUUGAAAGAGGGCUCUCGGAGUAGAUGCCAGGUACAUAAUAUGGGAACCUGUCAAAAAAGAAUCACUGGCUGAAAGCUACCAACAAUAUAUUAGUGUAGGAUUCUUCUUGAUAUGGUAAUGUGCCAAUAUUUUGCAGGCAUUUCUAACUUGACAACAAUCCCCCAAUACUAUACAUUGGGGUGCUCUAUAUGCCGUUAUGUGCCCAUUCUGUGACACAGUAUUGAUAUCUAGGUGGGUAUAUUCCUAUGAUUUGACAACUCAGCAUUGAUACCUGUGUGAGUGUAUGCCUGUUCUGUAGCUCAGUAUUAAUAGCUAUGUGGCUAUGUACUCAUUCUCAUGAAUAGUAUUGCCCUCUGUGUGGUCAUAUGUCCAUUUGGCAGCACUGUAUUUAUAUCUAUGUGUGAGUAUAUGCCGAUUUUGAUAAGUAAAUGGACAUAUGGACAUCUUGUGGCACCGUAUUUAUAUCUAUGUGUGAGUAUAUGCUCAUUCUGUUGCACAGUAUUGAUAUGUGUGUGAGUAUAUAUUCAUUCCGUGCACUGUGUUGAUAUGUGUGUGAGUACAUGCUCAUUCUGUGGCACAGUGUUGAUGUGUGUGUGAGUACAUGCUCAUUCUAUUGCACAGUGUUGAUAUGUGUGUGAGUACAUGCUCAUUCAGUGGCACUGUGUUAAUAUGAAUGUGAGUAUAUGCUCAUUCCGUGGCACAGUGUUGAUAUGUGUGUGAGUAUAUGCUCAUUCCGUGGCACAGUGUUGAUGUGUGUGUGUGGGUAUAUGCUCAUUCAGUGGCACUGUAUUGAUAUGUGUGUGUGAGUAUAUGCUCAUUUCGUGGCACUGUAUUGAUAUGUGUGUGAGUAUUUGUUUAUUCCUUGGCACUGUGUUGAUAUAUUUGAGUAUAUACUCAUUCUGUGGCACUGUAUUGAUAUGUGUGUGAGUAUAUGCUCAUUCUGUGGCACUGUGUUGAAAUGUGUGUGAGUAUAUGUUCAUUCCGUGGCACUGUGUUGAUAUGUGUGUGAGUACAUGCUCAUUCUGUGGCAAUGUAUUGAUGUGUGUGUGAGUAAAUGCUCAUUCUGUGACAGUGUUGAUAUGUGUGUGAGUAUAUGCUCAUUCUGUGGCACUGUGUUGAUAUGUGUGUGAGUAUAUGCUCAUUUUGUGGCACUGUAUUAAUGUGUGUGUGAGUAUAUGCUCAUUUCGUGGCACUGUAUUCAUAUGUUUGUGAGUAUAUGCUCAUUCCGUGGCACUGUGUUGAUAUGUGUGUGAGUACAUGCUCAUUCUGUGGCAAUGUAUUGAUGUGUGUGUGAGUAAAUGCUCAUUCUGUGACAGUGUUGAUAUGUGUGUGAGUAUAUGCUCAUUCUGUGGCACUGUGUUGAUAUGUGUGUGAGUAUAUGCUCAUUCUGUGGCACUGUAUUGAUGUGUGUGUGAGUAUAUGCUCAUUUCGUGGCACUGUAUUCAUAUGUUUGUGAGUAUAUGCUCAUUCCGUGGCACUGUGUUGAUAUGUGUGUGAGUACAUGCUCAUUCUGUAGCAAUGUAUUGAUGUGUGUGUGAGUAUAUGCUCAUUCUGUGACACAGUGUUGAUAUGUGUGAGUAUAUGCUCAUUCUGUGGCACUGUGCUGAUAUGUGUGUGAGUAUAUGCUCAUUCUGUGGCACUGUAUUAAUGUGUGUGUGAGUACAUGCUCAUUCUGUGGCACUGUGUUGAUAUGUGUGUGAGUAUAUGCUCAUUCAGUGGCACUGUGUUAAUAUGAAUGUGAGUAUAUGCUCAUUCCGUGGCACAGUGUUGAUAUGUGUGUGAGUAUAUGCUCAUUCCGUGGCACAGUGUUGAUGUGUGUGUGUGGGUAUAUGCUCAUUCAGUGGCACUGUAUUGAUAUGUGUGUGUGAGUAUAUGCUCAUUUCGUGGCACUGUAUUGAUAUGUGUGUGAGUAUUUGUUUAUUCCUUGGCACUGUGUUGAUAUAUUUGAGUAUAUACUCAUUCUGUGGCACUGUAUUGAUAUGUGUGUGAGUAUAUGCUCAUUCUGUGGCACUGUGUUGAAAUGUGUGUGAGUAUAUGUUCAUUCCGUGGCACUGUGUUGAUAUGUGUGUGAGUACAUGCUCAUUCUGUGGCAAUGUAUUGAUGUGUGUGUGAGUAAAUGCUCAUUCUGUGACAGUGUUGAUAUGUGUGUGAGUAUAUGCUCAUUCUGUGGCACUGUGUUGAUAUGUGUGUGAGUAUAUGCUCAUUCUGUGGCACUGUAUUAAUGUGUGUGUGAGUAUAUGCUCAUUUCGUGGCACUGUAUUCAUAUGUUUGUGAGUAUAUGCUCAUUCCGUGGCACUGUGUUGAUAUGUGUGUGAGUACAUGCUCAUUCUGUGGCAAUGUAUUGAUGUGUGUGUGAGUAAAUGCUCAUUCUGUGACAGUGUUGAUAUGUGUGUGAGUAUAUGCUCAUUCUGUGGCACUGUGUUGAUAUGUGUGUGAGUAUAUGCUCAUUCUGUGGCACUGUAUUGAUGUGUGUGUGAGUAUAUGCUCAUUUUGUGGCACUGUAUUCAUAUGUUUGUGAGUAUAUGCUCAUUCCGUGGCACUGUGUUGAUAUGUGUGUGAGUACAUGCUCAUUCUGUAGCAAUGUAUUGAUGUGUGUGUGAGUAUAUGCUCAUUCUGUGACACAGUGUUGAUACGUGUGAGUAUAUGCUCAUUCUGUGGCACUGUGCUGAUAUGUGUGUGAGUAUAUGCUCAUUCUGUGGCACUGUAUUAAUGUGUGUGUGAGUACAUGCUCAUUCUGUGGCACUGUGUUGAUAUGUGUGUGAGUAUAUGCUCAUUCUGUGGCACUGUGUUGAUGUGUGUGUGAGUAUAUGCUCAUUCUGUGGCACUGUAUUGAUGUGUGUGUGAGUACAUGCUCAUUUUUAAAUUGAUGAAUGUGCUGGACCACGUUUUUAACUCUGAGUUUUUAUUUGCAGCUCUGUGAGCCCCACCAUUACCUUGUGACAUUGUCCACCUUCCCCUGUUUGUAUCAGUUCUCUCCUAAAAAUUGCAUUCUUACAAUGUACACUAGUCUCCUGGUGGAUUAGUUAUAUCUGUUUUCCUGUGUUAAAUUGUAAUUGUAACCGCCUUAUGGUUUACUUGUAUUGGUUUUCCUGUGUGUUACAAGGUAACAAUAUCUUCCUGACCGUUAAGUUAUAUCUGUUUUCCUGUAUGUGAAAUUGUAACAAUAUCUUGGACAUUUUUUUCAAAUAAAUAAAACAAAACAUUAUAGAUAUAUAUAUAGUGUAAGUUAGGUUUAACAAAUUCAGAAAGAGGAAAUAGUAAAGAAUAAUGCAGAAUGUGUGCUAUAUGACUAAAUACGGACAUUGUGGGGGAAAAAGCCAAACCUGAAAUAGAAAAGUGUCAGUGGGAAGUGAAUAGUGUACAUAUAAAGCUUCCUUCUCACUUGUGUAACAGAGGCUUGGCUGGUCUGAGACUGCCCUCUGCUGGUCAGUUUUUGUGAUAUUUUACUUAUGCCUUAGCUAACUAGUCUAUAUUCUGUAUAAUUCACACCAUGAAUGCAGAUUGCCCAACAAUAUAACAUUUUACAUUUCACAUGUAUUGUAAAUCUUAUUUAUAUGAAUUGCUGUGCAUUUUGUUUGUGUUGCUAAUAAUAAUAAAUCUAUGUAUGUCAGUCAGUACGUGAGUAUCUCUAUCUGCAUUAAUACAUCUGUGUGUGUUCCUUUUAUUUGAUAGUAAGAGUCAGUCAAUAAGAGUCUGUGGGAAGAAACUCUUAACCAUUAUUAGGGUGGCUGAAAAUUAUGUGAAUUUAGGUUAACACUGGCAUUCUGUCACAGCUAGCACAUCUCCUCUUAAAGGAAGGAAUCUUAUAUAAAAUAACGAUCACGGGAUUUCAAUUCAGCUUAGUAGUGGUUUCAUAUUAUCUCUACCAUAAAACUCAUUGGCCUUGUGUGUGCGUCAGUCUGUCCAUGUGCACAUAUGUGAUUAGUGUGUGAGUGUGUGUGUGUCAUGGCAUGUGUAUGCGUUUUUUUCUUUUUUAACAUUAUGUGCGUGUACAAAGGGUCAGUUCUCUUCAUGAUUGGCCAGUUCUGUCUCCAUGGUAACUGCAAGGAUGCAGACACUGGGCUGCUUGUAAUGUCUUCGAUGAAAAGGACCAAUGUGGACAUUAUAUCAUGUGACCUUACUAACCAAUCUGGUCAGAAAAGCCAGUCUUGCCUGAGCUGCGCUUCGUGGAAACAAGCAACAAUUAGAAGCCUAAUAGAAUCUGACCAAGUCUACGUAACCCACAGAAGAGCUAUCCAGAGUAAACACAGCUCUAAACCAUUCACAAUGAAUGAUUAUACAUAGCAGACAAUAAAGUAUUAUAGUCACACAGGAAGAAAAGAAAUACUCUCUUUGACUGUAGUAUGGGAGAUACAGGCCUAGAUUUAGGAAGUGAUUACAUUUUUCUUGAAAACACUAUAUUAUUAUAUAGAGAAGGUCUUUUAUAUUUCAGAUACCUCAAUAAUACAAUCCCCUAGAGUCAAAUAUAAAAUGUCAAUGAUUCUCACUAAAACUGUACCCCUCCAACAGGAGUGCCAGCUUUGCUGUGAAAUGAUGAAUUGUGUAUUAUUGUUAUCAGGUAGAGAAGUGAGAUAAGAUAUUUGAUAUUGCCUCAUUAGAAAUCAUCAGAUCUCACAUUGAAUAUGUAAUGUGGUUAUGAGUACCCUUUCAUAGGAAAGAUAUGACAAAGCACUAAAGAUUUCAAAGACAUACAACAAAACAAAUUAGAGGAAUUGAAGAGUUCAGCUGUAAGCAUAUUCUUUCUAAAUUGGGUUUGUUUACGCUGGAGAAAAGGCAAACAUAUGAUAUAAUUAUUAUAAAGGUCAAUAUAAACAUCAUUCUAGGGGCUCUUCAUACAUAUAAAUUUAAAGGAGACAUAGGGGAAUCCUUUUAAAGGAGACUGCAGUUACAUUGCAGGGAUAAUGCAUUAAAAAUACAUUAUAAUUACAAUUCAUUUGCAGCAAAUCCUCACUAUAUAGUGCUUUUGCAGUGACAGCUACACAAAACUAUGAGUUAGGUUACCUCCAUAGCUUUCAGAAAGAGAGCAGCACAUAUUCCAUAAAGCCCUCUACAUGCACAAUAGAUCCCAUUGCAUACAAUUUGAUUUUACUUGCAUUAGUAGUUCUACUGAUUGUUUUUUCAUGAAUGAAAACAUAUGACUGGGUGUAUUGCAGAUGCAACCAUACAGGGUAAUAAUAGUUUAGGUUGCUUGAGGCAAAAAACUGCAGCAGGAGUUCCAAUGGUUCUGGUUUGAGCAAGGACUCUUAAUUAAAACAUUUGUGGUGUAAUAAGUCCAGCAGUCUUCACAGACUGGAGUAGUGUUUUUGCGCUCAUUAAUUCUGAUGUAAGAAUAAUUGUUACAUACAUUCCCAUUUCAUUGGGGGAAUAUCUUAGUCAUUGACAUGUAUAAUACAGAAUGCAAUUUCGUAUGGUCAGAUUCCAACCACUUCUAAACACACAUUUUACUAUCACAAUCAUACAGCUCAUAAUCUGAAAAAUAUAAAAAUGAUGACGUCUACAAAACUAAUCUCAGACACUUUGUAGGAGUAAAAUGGAUGGGAUGAUUCUAGACCAUUCUAAACUGCAGUUUAGGGCUAAAUAAUGAAUUUAAUUCCAUAUUCUUUGCGUGAGUUUAUUCUACAAGGAGGUCCCCCUUCACUAUCUACUUUUAGUAAAUUUUACUUUACAGCAGUAACACCUCACUCAAGUAUGCCAAUGGUUUUUCAUGGCCAUACAAGAACUUGUAUGGUGUGUACCUGCUAUAAAUUGUAAAUGAGCUUCCUAAAACCAUGAAUGGAGUUACAUAAAAACUGACUGUAGCAGUACCUUGUGUGCUAUCAGUGUGAAAAACAAUGUCAUCCAGCUUUUCUACUGAAUGAAACCACUGCCAAGUGUGGAAAUACAUAUUCCAUAAAAUCUCAACUGAGCACGAAUGAUCUAUAUGUUUAGUACAAUGAGGAGGCCAGGAUUGGCUGAAAGUUGUGAGCAACUUUGAAUUGUGGGAAGAGCUCAAUUUAGGAAACUAUACAACCUGGUUAUUUGCUGCAAACACACAAGUUUCCAAAUUGAGGAUCUUUUUUUUAUUUCCUUAAAUUAAAUAUUUUCCUUUUUGUUUUCAUAUAUUGCCUCUAUAAUACAUAAAAAAUGUGAGGUCAUCUGUGGCUUGCAGUGACCCAUUGAAUGUUAUACUUUUUCCUGAUAUCUGCAACCUUUAUAAAUGUAAUUUGCACUAAGCAAAGUUGCCCAAAAAAGCCAUUUGUGUCCUGAGCUUUUUUCUCAAUUGACUGGUUUCUCCUCUGGCUGUAUGUGUUACUCUUGACAAUCAGUAUCUCUUGUUCUAUAUCAAUAGAGUCCAAGCAGCCAUUAUUCAUCUAGCAGAUGAAUUGUACAUGGAAAGUUUUAGGAGACAAAGUAAGCGUUCUCUUUCACCUUUCCAUUGUGUUGGAAAAUCCCCAAUGCUAUGCAAUAUCCGUAAGAGCACUCUGAUUGAUUGGCCAAGGGUGAGAGCCAGGGAGGUCCCUAUUUGGGGCCUGAAUUUCAAAAUCCGGACAUUGUUAAAUAGUGUAAAGAAUGUCUGUAUUUGCAGUCCGAAUGGCCCAGAUAGUUUUGCCCCAUUCGGUGCAAGGCCAUUCAGAUUUUAUAUAUGCAAAGGCUUGGCCUGCAGUUGUGGGCGGGGCAUGUUACCCUACUUAAACCCCCCUACUCACCUUCAGCCGUCCCGUACGUGAUUUUAGCGAUUUGCAUGUCCUGGGGCCUGCUGUUUCCACGCUGUUCGUUUGUCCCCGGUCCUUCUGGGCUCUGCUCUGGCUCUCUUGUUGUCCCUGGCACUCCGAGUUUCAGCUGUCCGUCCUGACGUCCUUUUCUGGUUUGUGAGUUACUUACCCUGCCGUCGCGCCGCGGUUGCAGUCCAACGGCGUCUUCACGGUUUGGGUGUCUCCCCUCCCCCCCAAUCCUUUUCGCAUAUUUUCGUUUGAUUUCCUCAGGUCGUUUGCCCGUUCAUGAGUUUUAUUAAUCGUUCCUCUUGCUGGUUGGGUCACUUACACAUGUUUUUGCGUUCGCCUGUUUCCAGGUGCGAGCUUCCCACGAACCGCAGCUGGCAAUUGCAGCACACGUGCGAUAGGCACUCGGACGCCAGCUAUACAUGGUACAGAUAGCACUAGUUCAUGGCUCCCCCAGUUAAUACAAUGGCUCGGUCUUUAUAUGUGUGCAUUGCAGGAUAUUACAUUUGGUUUGUAAGAAAUAUUUAAUUGGUUUAGUUUGGCCAAUUUUCAUCCCUGUGAUGUUUUGGUUCAUAUGAAUUUCCCAUGCCAUUCAGGGGACAGAGACUGGUGUACACAUGCAAUCCAUAAACAUUUUUUUUUUUUUUUACCAAUAUGUGGUUAAAUUGGUUCUGCAGCAGCAGGGAUUAAUAAACAGGGGAAACCUGUUCUGGAAAGCCCCUUGCACAUAGAGUGGUAAAUCACCCCCCUAUUCUCCAAUUAUCUAUAAAUGUGCCUAUCCAUUUCAGCUAUUUGUGUAACAUAUAUGGCUAAGCCUAUGGUAGUGAGCAAGUCCCAUAAUUAUUGAUCAGUUUAACAAACAUAGUGAGUGUCAAUUUAUUCAUCUCUCCAGUAGUGCAAGAUAAUCCAUGGUGCUGGGAGAUCGUAGAUUUUUUAGUCAGAAGGUACUCGGGUGGCAGAAAACACAACGGCAUGCACUUAUGUUCCCUCUGCAUAAUGCUGUAUGCUUCCUAUAACCGUAUCCUUUUGCAUCCUAGAACAUGAUUGGAGUUUCCUUACAUACCUUGCUUUCCAUACUAUCUGACACGUGGGGGUUCGGUCACUGAAUUGGUGUACUAUAGUGGAUUGCAAUCCGCAUCUCUAAACAUUUAGGCUAGUAUAUCCGUUUAUGACAUGGAGUGAUUUACCGGUUACACGACUUUGCUUUAAUUUCCACGAUCUCGGAAUUUCAUUACUCGCGCUUUCCUGCUUGAUAAAUUGUUAUGGUCUAUGGGGGAUAUUCACUAAACAACCACAACAGGAUUUGAAACAUUCCUAUUUACUUACAGCAAACCCGUUUUCGUCCCACGGAACAUCCUAAGUUAGCUGUGGCUGGCUGUCAGGGUCGUAGGUGUCCACUAGUUGUAAUUCCCCCUGGCUUCUUUGCCUUAGGUUAGUGGUCCUGCGAGGCCAACACCCAUCCUCAUACUCGGAGGUACUACACCCCUCGGGCCAAAUCAUAGUUAGUCGCCUCGCAUUGUGGCAUAGAGAGGGCCUCACCUGUCACUCCCAUUCUAUCUUAUGUUUAUACUGUCACCGAGAGGCCAACACCCUGCCACAACGUUCAGCGGCCACGUUAUCCCCUCGCGCCAACGCAUAGAUAGAGCCUCUCACGCCGCUUGGCAUCUAGCAGGGCCUCACCUGUCACCAAACCUAGUCUUAAUUGUUUUGCCUUUUUGGCAUUAGCUAGUGUGCCAGCACACACACAAACACACGCUCACACUCACACAUACUCGCACUGGGUCUCGUGGGCCCCGUGGGCUUUGUAUCAACUCGUAGUUCUAUUACCUAUUGCCGGGCAUGCUCUAUACGGCCAGACCACCUGGUCUCUGUCGUGCUUACUCUGCACUUCAGGGUAACUAAAAUUAUAGAUCAGGGUGGUGCAUUAGACAUUGCUUACCUAGAUUUCAGUAAGGCUUUCGACACUGUUGCACUUAGAAGGAUUAUCAAUAAACUGCAAUCUUUAAGUUUGGAUUCCAAUAUUGUUGAAUGGGUAAGGCAGUGGCUGAGUGACAGGCAACAGAGGGUUGUAGUUAAUGGAAUAUAUUCGAAGCUUGGACUUGUCACCAGUGGGGUACCUCAGGGAUCUGUACUUGGACCCAUUCUCUUUAAUAUUUUUAUUAGUGAUAUUGCAGAAGGUCUUGAUGGUAAGGUAUGUCUUUUUGCUGAUGAUACUAAGAUAUGUAACAGGGUUGAUGUUCCAGGAGGGAUAAGCCAAAUGGCAAAUGAUUUAGGUAAACUAGAAAAAUGGUCAGAAUUGUGGCAACUGACAUUUAAUGUGGAUAAGUGCAAGAUAAUGCAUCUUGGAUGUAAAAACCCAAGGGCAGAGUACAGAAUAUUUGAUAGAGUCCUAACCUCAACAUAUGAGGAAAGGGAUUUAGGGGUGAUUAUUUCUGAUGACUUAAAGGUAGGCAGACAAUGUAAUAGAGCAGCAGGAAAUGCUAGCAGAAUGCUUGGUUAUAUAGGGAGAGGUAUUAGCAGUAGAAAGAGGGAAGUGCUCAUGCCAUUGUACAGAACACUGGUGAGACCUCACUUGGAGUAUUGUACACAGUACUGGAGACCGUAUCUUCAGAAGGAUAUUGAUACCUUAGAGAGGGUUCAGAGAAGGGCUACUAAACUGGUUCAUGGAUUGCGGGAUAAAACUUACCAGGAAAGGUUAAAGGAUCUUAACAUGUAUAGCUUGGAGGAAAGACGAGACAGGGGGGAUAUGAUAGAAACAUUUAAAUAUAUAAAGGGAAUCAACACAGUAAAGGAGGAGACUAUAUUUAAAAGAAGAAAAACUACCACAACAAGAGGACAUAGUCUUAAAUUAGAGGGACAAAGGUUUAAAAAUAAUAUCAGGAAGUAUUACUUUACUGAGAGGGUAGUGGAUACAUGGAAUAGCCUUCCAGCUGAAGUGGUAGAGGUUAACACAGUAAAGGAGUUUAAGCAUGCGUGGGAUAGGCAUAAGGCUAUUCUAACUAUAAGAUAAGGCUGGGGACUAAUGAAAGUAUUUAGAAAAUUGGGCAGACUAGAUGGGCCGAAUGGUUCUUAUCUGCCGUCACAUUCUAUGUUUCUAUGUUUCAGUUGCGGUCGGCCCUGCGGUACUUCCUCGUUCACCUCACAUUUUCAAUACACGUUCAUCAAUUCCGUCCUUUCUUACGCUACCUUUUCUCCCCUCUUAGUUAGCUGUGGCUGGCUGUCAGGGUCCUAGGUGUCCACUAGUUUUACUCCCCCCUGGCUUCUUCGCCUUAGGUUAGUGGUCUCGCGAGGCCAACACCCAUCCUCAUACUCGGAGGUACUACUUGGGCCAAAUCAUAGUUAGUCGCCUCACAUUGUGGCAUAGAGAAGGCCUCACCUGUCACUCCCAUUCUAUCUUAUGUUUAACUGUCACCGAGAGGCCAACACCCUGCCACAACAUUCAGUGGCCACGUUAUCCCCUCACGCCAACGCAUAGAUAGAGCCUCUCAACGCCGCUUGGCAUCUAGCAGGGCCUCACCUGUCACCAAACCUAGUUAUUAAUUGUUUCGCCUUUUUGGCAUUAGCUAGUAUGCCAGCACACACACGCUCACACACACACAUUGGGUCACUUAUGCUCUGUUUCUUUGUCUCUUCACUCUGUGGAGUUUCGGCUACUCCUUCCUUCUUUUCGUGUCCCAGUCUCUUCCUCGCUUCGCUGCGGUUCUCGCAAGUCCACCUUUUCCCUCCCCGGCAGCCUUUCGGACAGCUGAACUCUCAGCGUCUGUCCGCCUCCUCGGGUUACGCUGUUGCUGGAGGGGGCCCCGAUUUCUCUCUUCUCCGCUACCGUUGUCUAUGGGGCGGUUUCGGAUGGCAACUUGGGUACUUGGCGUCUGCCGAUCUGGCUGGUUCCGAGACAGACUUCCUGCAUCUUUUUCAUACGAUCUCUCCUGUGCCUCCUCUACACUUUCCACAUGGCUCUGCCUGCGGCCUCUCCCGUAGCCGCUGCUGUUCCCUGCGUUUCGCGGACUGCCAGCCUUGUUAGCUCGUGGUCGUCAUCUUUCACGUCUGGCUCUUUCUACUGGUACUCGCGGUACAUGUGUUAGGGCCUUCUCCUUUGAGGCCUUUUUUUUUUUUUUUCGGGUAUACUGUUAAUGUCUCUUUUGCUUUGUUGUCUGCAUUUGGUUUUCUCUUCUUUUGCCACCUCUAACUUGCAUCAACUCUACCUAUCCGGAUUACAACUUCACAUGUUGUACAGGUUUACCAUUCAUAAGCAGUUUUCAUGUCCGCAUACCAAAUUAGUACCUUACACAAGACAUUUCCGGUUCCCGGGACAAUUUCAAAUCUUACAGAUUGACCAUCUGCAUCCAAUUAUUUCAAUCACUGUCAGACCUAUUAGAGGCCUGUCCUUAUGAACCAGGCACCAACCUUUAAAUGUAGGGUAAUAACUGCUUGAUCCAAGGAUAAGUCUGACUGCCAUUCUGGGGUCAAGAAGGAUUUUUUUCCCUAGCUUGUUGCAAAUUGGCAGUGCUUCAAACGGGUUUUACGGGACAUACUUACUAUUCUUUGGUUCAUUGAUCCUGAUGCUAGAGUUAUCCGUCCUACUGUUCUGGUCAUCCAUCUAGGAUAGGGUGGCAUCCAUGGCUUCAGUAUAGUUCAUUUUGGUCCAUAUAUUUAAUCUAUAGGCAAUGGAAGUUCUCAGCAUACGUAUAUGUACCACGUACCACCAAGACUUUCGACAGGCAUUUACCAUAUAGCUAGGCAAUUAAGGUUUUCUUAUCAGUUGUUGAUUGUUCUAUGUUUCUGGCAUGUAUCAAUUUUUGCCCUCUUUUAUUACAGGCCUGCCGCGACGUCGGUUCCGGCACACCUCAACCGCCUUAUUUCCCCCUUUACUAUGCUACUCUUGGUACGCUUCCUAUACGGCCUUAUUUGCCCCUCACACAAAUGCAACGGCUUGGCCUGCAGUUGUGGGAGGGGCAUGUUACUCUACUUAAAAAAACCCUACUCACCUUCAGCCGUCCCGUACGUGAUUUUAGCGAUUUGCAUGUCCCCACCCUCUACUCCCUCUAUCUAUAUUUUUCAUUACACCUCAUGGGUGGGCCCUCUAUUAUUACAGGCCUGCCGCGACGUCGGUUCCGGCACACCUCACCCAACUUAUUUUCCCUUUUACUAUGCUACUCUUGGUACGCUUCCUAUACGGCCUUAUUUGCCCCUCACACAAAUAAUAUUUUGGAGCUGAUAUGCACAAUGUUUUUUAAAAGCGUGGUAAAGGAAGUUAAACUUUGCAGCAUUUUAAUUCUUCAGAUUAGAGAGGACGGAACCUCAUGCUUAAUGUGACACUAUAGUCACCAAAACAACUUCAGCUUAAUGAAGCAGUUUUGCUGUUUAGAAUGUUCUUAUCUCCUGCUCUGUUAACAGCUUGCUAGACUCUACAGAAGCCUCCUGUAUGUAAUACAAGCUAAAUUUACAGAGCAGGAGAUAACACUUUUAAAGUAAGUAACAUCUAAUUGAAAAUGAAAGCAUUUUGUUUUCAUGCAGGCUGUGUCAGUCACAGCCAUGAGAGGUGUGGCUAAGGCUGCAUAAACAGAAACAAAGUGAUUUAACUCCUAAAUGGCAGAUAAUUGAGCAGUGAGACUGCAUGAGCAUGAUACUUACAUAAAACUGAUUCAUUAAGCUAAAGCUGUUUUGGUGACUAUAAUGUCCCUUUAAAUUGUUCUUUCAACUGUAAGUCAGCACAAGUGUCUAAACCAGGGGUGGCCAAAGGGUGGCUUCUGAGCUUUUUUAAAACUUAAACAUAAUAGCAAAAUAGCAGAUGCAGUUCUUCAACAGGGGAUUAUUUCUGUUGGCCAGUUCUGGUUCGAACCAAUGUGCAUGUCUCUUUAUACAAGACUUGUGAGACUUCAUUCAUUCUUGCAUAAAAGUAAUGAAAUUAACUUGAGCAUAGAUCUAUAGUAGUAAUGUAUAGUACUUGAGUAUAUGUCCUUCACAUUGAGGAAGGCUUCAGCUUUUAUUUAAGAAGGUAAAUGACUGCCAUAUUAAUGUGGGUCAAAAGGAUAGGUCAAUAAAUAAUUCAGUCUCAAUGAUUGUACAUAUAGAUACAUAAAUACCUAUAUAUUUUCAAUACAGAUGCUUUUCUCUAAUUUUCUAUAGCAGUAGAACAAUUAUCCAUCUGAAGUGUAUUUGAGAUUUCUCUUCAAGUAUUUUCAUCUUACACUUCAGUACGAUGUUUACAAGUUUGUUACACAGACAUCUUUUUGACUUGGACAGAAUUGCCCAUUCCUUUUGCAUGUAUGGAGACAAAAUGUCAGCUAUUGUAUACAAUGUACAUAUUCAAGUACAAUACUUAAAUACUUGACCUCAGUUAUCUGUGUCCAUCCUAACUGAUUUGACACCCAUAUACUCUCAGGUGUUCAGAUUUAAAGGGAAUUAUAAAUUAUGAGAGUGAGAUGAAGUUCAGCAAAGCCAUAUUAAACAGCCACACCUCAGGGGUGUGAGACCACUGUCCCAGCGGCCAAUGAGAGUGUAUUAGAGUAGUAGCAAGCAGGCAAUAGAUGAUAAUAGGAGAUAGCAUCCACCUAAAAUUGAAAGACUGUAAUCAGUAAUGUAAUGUUCUCAGUCUUUCAAAAGCUCUGCAGCUUAAACUGUUACUCUGAGAAAUCUAAAGAACAUCGCUAAGAUCAGAAAAAAAACAUUUGAAAAGCUAAAAUUUUCUUGAUUAUAGCUGCAAUAUAUGGAAAACUAGCUAUUGCAAACAUUUAAAUAGCUUAUUUCAAGACAUAAUAUACAAAUAUUGUCCUGACCUGUAAUCAUCUGUAUUAAUACAGAACUGCUGGGUCUAUUUUCGGUGGGUUCUGUAUGGAUGGAAGAUUGUUUGAGUGGGUAUAAUAUCAGUCAGUAUGGUAGGAUGAUGUCAGUGGGUGCAAUGCCAGUUAGUAGGGUAGGAUGAUGUCAGUGGGUGCAAUGCUAGUCAUUACGGUAGGAUGAUGUCAGUGGGUGUAAUACCAGUCAGUACGGUAGGAUGAUGUCACUGGGUACAAUGCCAGUCAGUAUGGUAGGAUGAUGUCAGUGGGUGCAAUGCUAGUCAGUAUGGUAGGAUGAUGUCAGUGGGUACAAUGCCAGUCAGUAUUGUAGGAUGAUGUCAGUGGGUGUAAUGUCAGUCAGUACAUUAGGAUGAUGUCAGUGGGUACAAUACCAGUCAGUACGGUAGGAUGAUGUCAGUUGCUGCAAUGCCAGUCUGUGCAGUACGAAGAUUUUCGUAGGUGCAAUGCUAGUCAGUAUUGUAGGAUGAUGUCAGUGGGUGUAAUGUCAGUCAGUAGGGUAGGAUGAUGUCAGUGGGUGUAAUGCCAGUCAGUACAUUAGGAUGAUGUCAGUGGGUGUAAUGCCAGUCAAUAUGAUAGGAUGAUGUCAGUGGGUGUAAUGCCAGCUAGUACGGUAGGAUGAUGUCAGUGGCUGCAAUGCUAGUCAUUACAUUAGGAUGAUAUUAGUGGGUGUAAUACUAGUCAGUAUGGUAGGAUGAUGUCAGUGGGUGUAAUACUAGUCAGUACGGUAUGAUGAUGUCAGUGGGUGCAAUGCCAGUCUGUGCGUUUGGAUGAUUUUCGUAGGUGCAAUGCCAGUCAGUAUGGUAGGAUGGUGUCAGUGGGUGCAAUGCCAGUCGGUGCAGUUGGAUGAUUUUCGUGGGUGCAAUGCCAGUCAGUAUGGUAGGAUGGUGUCAGUGGGUGCAAUGCCAGUCGGUGCGGUUGGAUGAUUUUCGUGGGUGCAAUGCCAGUUAGUAUGGUAGGAUGGUGUCAGUGGGUGCAAAGCAGUCAGUACAUUAGGAUGAUUUUCAUGGGUGCAAUGCCAGUCAGUAUGGUAGGAUGAUGUCAGUGAGUGUAAUGCCAGUCAGUAUGGUAGGAUGAUGUCAGUGGGUACAAUGCCAGUCAGUAGGGUAGGAUGAUGUCAGUGGGUGUAAUGCUAGUCAUUACAUUAGGAUGAUGUUAGUGGGUGUAAUACCAGUCAGUACGGUAGGAUGAUGUCAGUGGGUGCAAUGCCAGUCUGUGUAAUAGGAUGAUUUUCGUGGGUGUAAUGCCAGUCAGUAUGGUAGGAUGAUGUCAGUGGGUGCAAUGCCAGUCAGUACAUUAGGAUGAUUUUCGUGGGUGUAAUGCCAGUCAGUAUGGUAGGAUGAUGUCAGUGGGUGCAAUGCCAGUCAGUACAUUAGGAUGAUGUCAGUGGGAGCAAUGCCAGUCAGUACGGUAGGAUGAUGUCAGUGGGUGCAAUGCCAGUCAGUAUGGUAGGAUGAUGUCAGUGGGUGUAAUGCCAGGCAGUCAGUAUGGUAAGAUGAUGUCAUUUGGUGCUGUCCUUGCCUCUAUUAUACCCUGUAAUGGGAGGGACAGGGGCUGUCAUUCUCACCGCUAUACCCUGUGAUAGGAGGGACAGGGGCUGUCAUUGUCACUAUUAUACUCUGUGAUAGGAGGGACAGGGGCUAUCAUUGUCACUGUUAUAGCCUGUGAUAGGAGGGACAACGGCUGUCAUUGUCACUGUUAUACCCUGUGAUAGGAGGGACAGGGGCUGUCAGUUAACUGUUACAGUAAUUUUUGGGAAGGUCAGGGGCUUUCAUUCUCUCUGUUACUCUCUCUGAUGUGGAUGUUAUUUAUUUCUUAAGGGGCUGUCAGUACCAUAACUCAGUAGUAAUAUGAGCUGGGAGAAACAUCACUAUUGUACCAUAUAGUGGGAGGAACAGUGGCUUUGCGUGUUAUCAGGACACCCUGUGCAUGUGGCCCCUGUCUGUUCAAGUCAUUAGGACACAUUGCAUGAAAGCACAGACUCUGUGAGUGCCAUCCUAUUGUACCAUUUGUUGGGAUCAACAGGAGCUGUCAGGGUCGCUGUUAUGAUAUGUAGGAGGACUCUUGCAUAUCACUAUAGCACCCUGUGCAUGAAGGAACAGGAACCAUGGAUGUCAUUAGUGCAUGAAGUGACAGGGGCCGUGCUAGGUGUCACUAUGGCAGCCUGUGCGUGGAGGGACAAGAGCUGUGCAUGUAAUUAAAACACCCUGUGCGGGUUGAACAGGUGCUCUCAGCACUCUCAUACCCUGAGCUGGGAGGAACCAGCUCCAAGUCUCUCUGUUAUUGCAGGAUGUGGUUUAAGGGACUGUCCCACGCUCCAACGAACAUUACGUUUGCUUUAGAGUCAAAGUACUCAGUAAUGUAACUCUGCCAACACAUUUCAAAUCUAGCAUUAAUAAACUACUGUUAACAAAAAGUUUUUAUUGAGCCACUGAAAGGUGUGAGUUUAAUGCCCAGUUUUGGCAUGCAAGACCAUGAAUUAUCAGUAAUUCAAGGUAAUGUGAAAUUCAAGGAAUUGGGAAAUGGGAAAUGGUGAUACAAUUGCAUUUUGAGAGUCUGGUGAUGUAACAUGUACCCAUUGAAUAUGAUAGUAUGAAUUUCAUACUGCUUAUCAGAUACUGUAAGAGUUAAUCCGUUCACUAUGGUACGUAUGGUUUUGACAUAGUGAGCCUGACACCGUGAGAGUUAAUAUGUUCACUAUGGUACGUAUGGUUUGACAUAGUGAGCCUGGCACUGCAAGAGUUAAUCCUCUCACUAUGGUACGUAUGGUUUUGACAUAGUGAGCCUGGCACUGUAAGAGUUAAUCUGUUCACUAUGGUACAUAUGGUUUUGACAUAGUGAGCCUGGCACCGUAAGAGUUAAUCUGUUCACUAUGGUACAUAUGGUUUUGACAUAGUGAGCCUGACACUGUAAGAGUUAAUCUGUUCACUAUGGUACAUAUGGUUUUGACAUAGUGAGCCUGGCACCGUAAGAGUUAAUCUGUUCACUAUGGUACAUAUGGUUUUGACAUAGUGAGCCUGGCACUGUAAGAGUUAAUCUGUUCACUAUGGUACAUAUGGUUUUGACAUAGUGAGCCUGGCACCGUAAGAGUUAAUCUGUUCACUAUGGUACAUAUGGUUUUGACAUAGUGAGCCUGGCACCGUAAGAGUUAAUCUGUUCACUAUGGUACAUAUGGUUUUGACAUAGUGAGCCUGGCACUGUAAGAGUUAAUCUGUUCACUAUGGUACAUAUGGUUUUGACAUAGUGAGCCUGGCACUGUAAGAGUUAAUCUGUUCACUAUGGUACAUAUGGUUUUGACAUAGUGAGCCUGGCACUGUAAGAGUUAAUCUGUUCACUAUGGUACAUAUGGUUUUGACAUAGUGUGCCUGGCACUGCAAUUCUUUAUAGUUUACAGUUUUUUGUAUUUUUUUAGUAAGCAAAAGCUCUAACACCAAAUAUAUUAUUUUAAUGUUAUAUAUUAGCAUUGCAUAACUGUGGGUUAUUUGAAGGUUUUUAUGUCUGCUGAAUGUAUUGUACUACACACCUAUUAUAGUGUGAUACAGAAUUACCAUUGUUAAAGCUGUCAGACAGGAAAGGGUUACAAGUUGCAUUUAGUGGAGGAUCUUCUUGGCAGGAAAUGAGUUAAAUGCCACAGUUAGGCUGUCUGCAUAUUUCAUAGGGAAGGGGUUAAAUUUCACAGAAGUCUGUCUGCUUAAAGGGGAACUGACUGAUUUGACACCAUUGAAUAAAAUAUAGAAAAGGCAAAAGCAGGUCAAGCAUUGCAAAUGAAGAGGAAAAUAAUGACACUGUUUCAUUUCUCCUCUUCUCUCUGUGCUUUCUCUAUGCUGACUACCAGGUGCAAAGGACAGAAUGUUUAACAGUGACUGACAGGGAGCUAAGAUGGAUUUGCCCUUUUGCAAGAUCAAGAGUUUUUUUUUUCUACAUUUAUCUUCAUUUUUCCACACCUCAUAAAUGCCUAUUUUUUACCUAUAUGCACAAGUAAACAAAUUAUUACAAAUCCUGGGAUGUGACAUUUCCCUUUUAACAGGAGUUUGAUAAAUUCACCAUGGGGGUCAUGUGACCAUUUGGUGGGCAGUCUGUCUGAGAGUGCAUGGUUCAAAUGGCCCCACUAUGGGUAAGUUUCUCUUGCAGGGCAGGGAAGGAGAUAAUUCAGUUUGGGGUAGCGUUGAACACCAAUAAUACAGGCAGUAUGUAGAAUUCACAUGUUGCCACAAGAAGUAAAUUAAAGGAAAUAUGUUACUUCUCAGGAUUUUUAAUAUUAUGUUUUCUUACCAACUACAUUUGUGGUCUGAAAAAUAAUUGUAAAUACAGAAAUACACACCUCUACAUUUAUUCUGUAACUAAGUGCCUCCAUCUUGGUUUUCUGUCAGCCAUUGUUAUAAGCUUUCACCUUUUCUGUUGUUGGAGGUGGAAAAACAGAAGCAAUGUUUUUGGUUCUUCUAAUCUAAUACCAUUGUGUGCCCUGACAAUGCCAGGACUGAGCUGGAUUGUGAUGUCAUUUGUUAAAACUUUAUUAUACGGUGUAUUAAACAGUUUUUUUGUUCGGUGUGCAUGGCCCGUUUAGAGGUUUCCGAUUGGCUUGAGAACCAGGUUAGUUUCAUUAUAAUACACUUCCACCCCAUGACACACUGUCUGGGCAGGGAGGACCUGGCUUGGCAAGAAAGCGUGAAUGGAAUGAAAGAAUAAAUACUGGAGACGACCCCAAAUGAAUCAGGAGUCAAGUAUAGCCGACACCUCAUACUCUUUUUGACCCUCGACAGAGAUAGGAGGAGGAAAACAAGGUUUGGUAAACCUGUUACAAACAAGAGGUUUCAACAAGGAGUUAUGGGAAACAUUAGGUAUACGCAUAUUUCUAUGUAGGUUUAAGGCAUAUGAGACAGUAUUAACCUUGCUUAGUAUAAGGAAAGGACCAAUGCACCAGGGAGCAAGUUUCAUAGCGGGUACUGGAAAAUGGAUAGUACAGGUAGAAAGCCAGACUCAGUCCUCCACCACAUAAGAAGAGGCACACAGGGACGUAUUUGCUGCGAGGCAAACAAGGCAUUUGCCUUGGGUGGCACUUUCCAGAGGGCAGCAAGAACACUGCCCCCAAAUGCCCAGGCAAAUACCUUGUUAGCUAGCUAAAAAUCUAGGCGGACGGGCGGCACUGGCGAGGGAGCACUGAUUUGUGAGCUCUCUGCUCAGCUCCCUUGCGCGCUGCAGAGUGAUGCCGGGAGCCGGAUAAUGACAUCAUAUUCUGGCUCCCGGCAUCCCUCUGCGGCGUGCGAGGUAGUUGAGCAGAGACAGCUCACUAAUCAGUGCUCCCUCGCAAGUGCCGGCCGUCCGCCUUGAUUUUUAGUUAGCUGCCCAACCGCCUGCCUUCCUUCCUGUCAGAAGCCCCAUUGGACCCCAGGUGAAAAACUAAAAUAUAAAAAGUAAUCGGUUAAUGUUUGGGGAGGGGACGGGCUGUCAGUGUGUGUGUGUCUGAGUGAUUGUGUCUGUCUGGCUGUCAGUGUAUGUCUGACUGAUUGUGUGUGUUUCUGGCUGUCAGUGUGUGCCUGAGUGAUUGUGUGUGUGUCAGUGUGUAUGUCUGGCUGUCAGUGUGUGUAUGUCUGUCAGUGUGUAUCCGAGUGAUUGUGUGUGUCUGGCUGUCAGUGUGUCUGGCUGUAACUGUGUGUAUGUCUGGCUGUCAGUGUGUGUAUGUCUGUCAGUUUGUAUGUGAGUGAUUGUGUGUGUGUCUGUCAGUGUGUCUGUCACUGAGUGACUGUCUGUCAGUGAGUGAAUGUGUGUGUGUGUCUGUCAGUGAAUAUGUGUCUUUUUCUGAGUGAUUGUAUCUGUGAGGGCGCCUGUGUGUCUGAGUGAUUGUGUGUGUGUGUCUGUCAGUGUGUGUCUAUGAGUGAGUGUGUGUGUGUGUGUCUGAGUGAUUGUGUAUGCCUGUCAGUGUGUGUCUGCGUCAUUGUGUGUGUAUGUCAGUGAUUGUGUGUGUCAGUGAAUCAGUGAUUGUGUCAAAUCAGUGUGUGUAUGUCUGAUAGUGUGUCUGUCAGUCAAAGUGUGUGUUAGUUGUUUAACAGGAAGAGAGGAAGAGGUGUGGCAUUGACAGGAAGGGGUGGGGCAAAUGUAAAUUAGGGGGUGCCCGAGUUCCGUCAUGCCUAGGGCAGCACAGAUACUAAAUACAUCACUGGGUGCACAACAAUCGCUAUCUGCCAGUAAUGUCUGUCGAUCAGAGAAAUCCACCAAAUAACGCUGAACCUGCUCCCAAGUACUUCAGAAACCUAAAAAAAGCUUAAUGUUUAUCCAGAACUGGCAUUCCCUGUGAAGAGAAGGCAGACAGGAAGACUCAUGAGUAGUGUUAUUACAAGGAAACUCAGCUCUAGGAAGCAAGUUAGCCCAAUCAUCUUGGUGGUAAGAAACAAAACAGCAAGGAUUCUCCUCCAGGCACUGAUUGGCACAUUCAGCAGCUCUGUUAGUCUGGGGUAGGAGGCAGAGGGAAAGGAUAAUGAGCAAAAGGCUGCCCCUAAAUAAACUGGCUGCCCCUAUGAGAAAUAGAUUCAGGUAUGUCAUGUAGUCGAAACACCUCCCUGGUGAAUGGUUUUGCCAAUUUUUUGGAAGUGGAUAAUUUGGAUAGUUAGUUAAAAUGAGCCAUUUUAGAGAACCAAUCGUACAAUCUAUGGGCUGGUAGCUUGUCUGCCUCUUUUUAUAUCAAAGAUCGCUCUCAAAGACAAGAAUUGCGGAGACAAAUGAGGAGCUGUAGGUGCAUUGAUUGGAUUUUCAUUAUACAAGAAUCAUGACAUUUAGGACUGCAUGACACUAUUUUACCCGAUUCCCAAUUAAUAGUAGGAUUGUACUUAAUCUGAAAAGAGGGAGAACAAAUUACCUGAAAUUGUAUACUCUCAGUUUGUAACAACCCUUUAGACAUGAGUGUAGUCACAGUUUCAUCAGAGAACAUAAAGGUCUACCAUCUAAGGCCUCAAAGACCAAGAGUUUUUCUUUCUUCCUUAAGGGUAUUUGGUAUUGUUUGGCAAAGGUGAAUUCUAAAAAAUCCUCAGUCACAUCUAAGUCAAUCAAGGCUUGGAUAGUAGUGAUUUGGUUGAAUAUUCUCAAUGCAGAGUAACAGUUAGAAGCAGUCUAUUUAGAGGCAAGAGAGUGGACUCUAAUGUUACACUCAAGGCCAGUCCCCUGAACAACCUUAGGUGCGAGAGCAAACUGGGCACUCUCUAUGCCGAUGAUUUUUUUUGCCUUCCUGCCUCCUAAAUGUUUUUUUUCCUCAGAUAACUUUGUUACCACUAAUUGCGUGAUUGUUACCUCUGCCAAAUUAGAGAUAUCUGGGUUUUUAAUUCUGGGCAUGAUGGCAAUUGCAGGGUGUCUAUUUCUGUUCUUGGUGUAUUGUCACUCUCCGAUUCUGCUGUCUAUAUCGAUCGGGUAGUCUAUAAGAUCCUCUAGUCACUUCUAGAAUGUUAAGAGGAUGUUUGAUCCUCUGCAUGAGGACAUCCAGUGUCGGCUAUUUCCCCAUAGGAAAGCAUUAAACCAAUGCUUUCCUAUGGGGAGGGCCUUAUGCGCGAGCCAAACUUUCCACACAUGUACAUUAGCCCCCCCUCGUCGAGUGACAUCAGAGGAGGCAGUGCCGCGACCCAGCGUAAUAUAAAGAGGAAAUUAAUCACAUACAAGCCUAGGUCAGGAUAACAGAAAGGCAGCGAAAAUGAGAUCUAGCCAGAGUCAGGUAAAUGGCAUACCAUUAGAACAGGUAAACAAGUCAGAAAAGAGUUACAGAGAAAUUCAGGGUCAGGAACAAAGCCAAGGUCAAUACCAGAAAUAUCACAAUGUAACAAGGAACGCACUUAAGGGUACUGAGAACAGAAGCCAUGAUAGGGUACAGCAAUUGGGGCUAGAGGAGUUUAAAUAAUGUUAUGUGUGGUUUGAUUGAUCCAUAUCAAGCCAGCAACCGCAGAAUAUGUGUGAACAGGGAUACCGGGUUGAUGUGCACCAGCCUGUGCUUAGAAUUAUGUUACAUCCACCGUGUGUCUUUAAUGCGAGCAGCAUACUCAAUGCUGGGAUUUUAGUCUGGAAUGGGUAUAUUAUUCAGUGCGCUCAGCCUGUACAGAGUUUCCUGGCAGGCUUGAGGACCAGGUAAGUAUCGUUACAGUUACAUAUCACAUUUAUGGGGUGAGGAGAUCACUCUUUUGCUCCCUGUCACAACCAAACCUGCUACCUUUGUAAUACUGACAUAACAUUAUGCAUUGUAAUAAUACAUAACUAUGUACAGAGUGCUGAUACAGCCUAUUCUACUUUGCUAACCUUACCACUGUGUGAAUUCUGCAUCAGGGAGCACGAACAACUGUGAUAGGAGAAAAAUUGAUUAUUUCCAAUUUACUAUGCUAAAAUAUGAAAUCUUCAGAAAUUAAAACAUUUUAAUCUAGCUGAGUGGUGGAAAAUCAGUGAGACGUUCAGGGUUCAAUGUGUUGUCACUGCAAGGGUUAAUUCCACGAACUUGACAGUGCAGGGUUAACUCUGAGUGUGGGAGGGUUUGUUCCUGCUCGCUCUCUCUAUCUUUCGGUAUUCUACUGUAUCCUCUGUGAUUGCUGCUUGCAUCAUGGUGAUCUCCAACCACUGGGCAACAGGUGAGCAUAGGGCUGGUUACUAUGGACCGUGGCCAAGAUAGGCUGUGCAUGUGCAGGUUGAUGCAAGUGUUGUUUGGGAGGGACAUUGUGUUGUCUGUCUGAGGUUCAAAGUGUACUAGUGUGUGCCUGCAGGAAGAAGCAAUGUCAAAUAUACUGCAUCUGGGGUGGCCCGAGUUUUUUGUUUUGUAGCAAUUUAGUACAUUUGGGUAUAGACUUAGAAGCGCUGUGUGCAUGAACAUGAGAGAGUGCUGUUUAUAGAAGAGGCUGAUUGGGAACGGGACAGCAAUAAGAAGCUAUCGAGGAGUGCUUGCUGCUUUUAUUAAACGUUUUCCCAUCAGAGUGCAGUUUUGGAGACUUUCCUGUAGAGAUAAUAUUUAAUAAGAGAGAGGUUUUUGAUUGGGCCACUAUAUUUGAUAUGUUUUAUUUCAGUGUCCAUAUUAUCUGUAUAAUAUGUGCAGAUGGGAAGACAGAGCACAGUCACAUCUCAUUCCAGUUCUUUACAUUAGAACAAUAAACACCUGGCAUUGCUGCAUCUCCAGUUAAUUUUGGAAAUGGUUUAAUUCGUCCAAAGAUGACCUCUGCGAUGUUUCAACCUCCUUGCUUUUUGUCAAGUGGCUCAAUAAAAAGGGUAGAAGCGCUGCAUGGUCCACCUUUAAAUGGAUUAAACAGUUAGCUUAUUUGUCUUAUAUAUCAAGGCUAAAUUCACAGUAAUUGUGCUCUAUGUGCCUCUCUUACUUUGGUAGGGCCUGUGGGUGGAGUGGUAUGAUUUGGCAUUGAGAAGUUUAGAAAGAGUGCAAUUUAGCGUUCGGCAUGUGGCAAGCUCUUUAAAAGCAAGUGGACAUUUUAUACAUUCAUGGCUGAAAAUGUCAUGUUCUACAAUACUAGCCAAGCCUUAAAAGUUGCUUGAAGCCUGGAGAGUCCAUGGCAUUCUCACCAGAGGUGAAUUUAUUGACAAGUGGUAAUGUUAAGCCCUGUUAAUUAUUGGGGAUCACUCUCCAAUAAUAAACAGCUCCAAACGUUUUACUGAUGGAGUUACCCUUUUAGGGUAAAUGCUGUUAUCGCUACAAAAUGUGCUUCCUAAGACAAUGAGUUGGCCUCUAAAUCAUGCAUAGAUUUGUCCAGCUCUGAUGAUUUGUUUUGAUAAUUAAGAAUCCAAUACUAAUUGCCUGAGCUUUUUCUUUUUUUGUAUUUCUUGUGCACCUACUUUUUCUAGAAAUGACAGUGGCUCUUUGAGAUGUAAGUGUGGUGUGUUUGCUGUAAAUAUGCUAAGUGUGCGAGAAUGAUAUAAGUACUUUUACUCUGAUUGAGAGAUGGUAAAAGCUUGCUAUGUGGUAGGGCUCAUGGGCAAAAACACUAUGUAAAAGUUGAGUUUAAUACAUUUGUAAUGAUUUAGGUUUUGCCAAACAAUAGACCCCAAAGUCUUGUAGAACUUCAACUCGAAUGAUUCUUGACCAGCCUUUUGGUUGGCCUACAGCAUAUGGCAGAGCUACAUUUAUGGCCAUCUCUGUUGAAGAAUAUCUGUCUUUAGAGGCAUAAAGUAUAUUUCAUACAAAUAUUAAAUGGACUGCAUGAAAAUAUUUUCCUGUUGCCAUGUGAAGGAAGAUUGCGCUAUAACACGUCAUAAAAUUACGUCAAGUUUUUCUGUGCGUUAGCCACCUGUUACCACUGAAUUUCAUCUUCAUCUGCUUUUGAUUGCUAUCUGGUAUCUGCUAUGUGCAAGGGUCAAGAUCAUUUGCAUUGCUGCUUUAAGACAGAGUAACAAAUGACGGCCCUUUGUGUUGUUACUUAUAGCAACAGGCACUGAGCAGUAAAAUGGUUUUGCUCCUCCAUGUUUACAAUUGGGGAGAGAGAGGUGGAAUUUGUUUACCUGUUUAAUGGAGAUCCUUUAUUUAUUAAUUUUUUUAAAUAUAAAAAAAAAAUCUCAUCCUGUCCAAUAUGUAGAAAAUGCUCACUGGACUUACUAAACUGAAAAUUGUGUAGACUUGACAAGAGAAGUGCAAAUUUGAAGUCAAAGUAGCUAAGCUGGGAGAACAAUGGUUGAGUUGGAGAAUAUUUCCCAAAAAUUGCAAUUCUCAGGGUUUGCAAUAGAUAUAGGGUAGUAGAAUAAUGCUGAUGUGGAAUGUGUAAAAUGGUCUGGCAUAAUCCUUUCUCAAUUUGGUUCAUGGAUUGCAGGAUAAAAUUUACCAGGAAACCAGGUGUAACCCACAAUGUAGAUUACGAUAAGCUAUACUGGUUUUGCCAUGCAAUGUUGCUUUUACUGCUUUUUCAUAUGCCUUACCUGUUAACCUGAUGGCACAAACCCUCCAGUACACAUAAUCCGGUCUGUGGGCUACUUUAAGACUUGCUAGAGAUAUCCUGUUCUAUUGCACUCUUAAACAGAAUACAGCUUAACUAUUUUCCACUUCUAACAAUAUAAAAAUGUGCCCCAAAUAUGUUUGCCAUACCACUGUUCUAUGUAUAAUAAAACGCCUGCAUCAGCUGUUGUGGCAAUGCAGGUAGCCUGUAUACAACAUGCACAACAAAAAUAAAGAUUUAAAAAAAAAAAAAAAAAUUACCAGGAAAGGUUAAAGGAUCUUAACAUAUAUAGCUUGGAGGAAAGACGAGACAGGGGGAAUAUGAUAGAAACAUUUAAUUACAUAAAGGGAAUCAACACAGUAAAGGAGGACACCAUAUUUAAAAGAAGAAAAACUACAACAACAAAAGGAAAUAGUCAUAAAUUAGAGAGGCAAACGUUUAGAAUUCAUUUCAGGAAGUAUUACUUUACUGAGAGAGUAGUGGAUGCAUGGAAUAGCCUUCCAGCUGAAGUGGUAGAGGUUAACACAGUAAAGGAGUUUAAGCAUGCGUGGGAUAGGUAUAAGGCUAUCCUAACUAUAAGAUAAGGCUAGGGACUAAUGAAAGUAUUUAGAAAAUUGGGCAGACUAGAUGGGCCGAAUGGUUCUUAUCUGCCGUCAUUCUAUGUUUCUAUGUUUAAGAACAAACUGAUGUAUUUUGUUUUCUUGCUAAUAUAGCUUUUUGAGACAAUAUUUUUGUGUGUGUGUGUGCGUGCGUGUAUCAACUUUUGUCUUUAAAUGUGCACUAUUUAUAAGCCCAAAGAAUCCAUAUCUAUAUUGUUCUACUCCCUUUUUAGAUUCAGUGCCCCGCAGUCGAUGCUGACUCUGUGCAGCUGCUAACUCCACCUUCUGUGAGGACAUCCUGGAGGCUGUCUCUUCUUCUCUUGUCCGAUCCAAUGAUUCUCAUAGAGAAGCAUUGAGGACGAGUAGCAGAUGCAUGGCAAGGGGCCAGUCUCUUCCAAUCAAAUGCUUCUCAUAGGGAAGCAAUGAAUACAAUGUGAUCAGCAUUAGAGGACUUUCAAUGCAAUGCAUGAGGACAUUGAAACCGAGUCUGACAAGAGCAGAUGGCCACUAGACUAGAGUGUGUUUAGCCCUGCAAUGGAGACAUUACUGUAUCUACACAGGUUUACAUUGCAGGACUAAACAGGCUGCAAUACUGCUCCUAGAGCACUUCACAUUUUCCAGGGUCUCCCAAUUUAUAUGAAACUCCUCCAGUGACUGUCUACUAUUGAAAGGAAAGUAAAGGAACACUAUAGUGUUAGGAAUACAAAGCUUUAUCUCUUCUUCUGUCCGUCCCAUGGCAAUCAAAGAGGUAAAAACUCAUUUUUCACUUACCCGAUUCCACCUGAAGUCCCUGAGUGCUGAAGUCCCUGAGUGCUGGCUCCAUCUCCAUCUCCAUCUCCUCCUAGUACGUGAUUGCGAGUGGGAACCCAAUGUGCAUGUGUGGCGAGUGCUGCACACACAGUAGGCAUUCCGCAAAGGAAAGCAUUGGCUUAAUACUUUACUGUGAAGAUUUUGAAGGCUUUGUUUCACAAAGUUAAAUAAACGAGGGGCAGUCUUAACCCUGUAAUGUAAAAAUCUAAGUUUCUCUAAACUUCAGUGUUUUACAUUGUAGGUUUAAAGGUCUGGGACACUACACCCAGACCACUCCAACGAUAUGCAGUGGUCUGGGUGCCUAUUGUGUCUCUUUAAGCCAGGAGCUGGAUGAGAUCGUUUAGACAAUCCCUGGUGUAUAUAUUCUAUGAAACAAUAGGUCUUAUUGACAAGUGCUGAACAGCAACUGUAUGAGGUUUGGUUGUCUAAAUCUGGCUCUUACAACUGAAAAUUUGCUGUGUGAAACCUACUUCACUGUUCACAAAAGGCAAAUGUAGUUAUUUUAGCUGCAGCAGUAGUAUAAUUUGGCUGCUGUUUGGUUGGGUAACAAACACCAUUAAGGUCUCUAUAUAUGUCUUCUAAUUCAAGGGUUUGAUCCCAGUCCACUGAUACAGACCAACAAAUAUACACCCUUAAACUUUAGGUCCCUAAAUAACACUAACCAAGCCUCAUCACAAAAUCCCCAUCACCGCUUAUUUUCUUUUGUUUAAGUUCAAUUUGUUGCCAUGGAAUUACAAAUCUCACGGCCGCAAUAAGAUCCAUUUGGCUUAAUGCUGCAUCAGUUCAAUUGAUAGUGAAUACUUUGACCCUCAAUAGAUUUUCUGAAACAUAUUUGAAUCCACAGACAUCUCUUCCACAAGAUGUCUUUUCCCUACAAGCUGUUGUGAGGAAUGGCAGAUGAGAAAUUGCAAAGUAUUGCAAGCUUAAUCUUUUGCCAUAUUUUUCUAAAUAUUGUUCCACACAGUGCAUUCUACUCUAUUCUAUGUAUUUCUAUAUUCAAUUGAAUUCCAAAGCAAUAUAUAUGUGUUUUUUGUAAAAAAUGUAUGUGGAAGAUUUUCAAAAAGAUUUCAUAAGGAGCAUUAUGGAAAACAUGAUCUGUAGUGGCUAGGGUUCAUUGUAAUUAGUCAAACCGUUUUAGAACGUCCUUCUAUCUUACCUGGGGUAAGCCCAGAGAUGCAGGGGUUAGCUCAUAGGCUGAUAGUGAUCAGUUGACAGUCUCAGCCAAUGAGCUACGUCCUGCACUGCAGGGCUUAGCUCAUGAGCGUUAACAGAAGCUCCCAAACAGGAGCUUCCAGCUCUCUGUGAGUUGUAGUGGAAGUUUGACUUCUUACAAUGGAGGUCACCCGGACAUCCAGUGUGCUGUAAUGAUUAUGGUGUUCGGAAUAUUCCUUUACGUUUGCCUAGCUUGUAUGUAUUUACUAAUAACAUUGUAUCAUUUUUCAAAUAGAAAAGCUAGACGCAUCAUGCAGCACCAUGAUACAUUCUGUUAGGUACCUUUACCAGCUGAUUAAAUAUCUCAUUUGUUUUUCUAUUGUAGUUUCCUAAAAUGUUGUCACUGUGAAUGUUAGAACUGCAGUAUUACAAAAGAGUGUAGUGUCAUUACAUUAAAGUGAUGCUACUAGGGCUAACGUUAGCUUUAAAGGAUUGAGGUGGGAUUUAGGAUGAAUCAGAUUUAGGGUAAGGGAGACUCAGGGUUAGGGGGCAUGAGGUUAGGGCUACAGAUGGUAAUUUAUAGGAUCUAAAGUUAUUGGUUAAAAUCAGAGGGUUAGAGCUAAACACUAAUCUCCCUAAUUUAACUGUAAUAGCACAGGAUUACUGCAUGGGGUCCACGGCUCUACCCUUUACAACACGGGGUACAGCAGAACAUGUUAUAAUAAAUGUUGCUAUAUGUUGACACGCUGUUUUCAAGUCAACCAUGGGAGCAGUUGUUCUGCCUGUACCUGUGUAUAUGUUUAGUGCUAUUUUGCUUUGUGUGUACUGGUGCGUUUUUGUUUAUGUGCAAAAAGCAGGGUAACGAUCUGUGUCUUUAAUCCUGUCUUUGUGCAUUUGUGUAACCCUAAGUAUUUUUAGUUUGUCGGUAAAUACUGUGUUUAGCAGGAACAUGAGAAGCAGAAGUGAGAUUCCCACCUCUUAACCCUUUAAUUCUUCCUCCUUAACCCCAAUCACCCAAUUCACUAAAUAUUUUACUUCCCCUGUUUAGUAGCUACUCAUUCUCAUUUGUUGUAUAAUAAUCAAAUUACCCACAUAUGAUUGGUUUACUAUUUGCCCUUUUAUCGUCUACCAUCCAUGUCACAUGUAUCUCCUUCAGUUAGUCUCCUUCUCAUGCCAAAUGCAUAGUUCCACUCUUUUACGACUGCAUCUAUGACCAAAUCAGACUCUUCACAGUAAAAUAUGUUGAGUUGCACAAUGUUAUUAUAAGUUACAGCUUUACCCCAGAUUCUGCAGGUCAAGCUACCAUCUUAGCCAAAAAUAUUCAGUUCAGGAAUUUCCUAGACACGCCAUAGGAUUUUCAGAUGUCUUAAUAAUGAAGGUUAGAACAUUGACACUUUGUUGGUCUUAGUGGAAUUGAGGACUGUCUAUGUCAUCUAUGUCAAAGACCACUAUGUGCUGUCAUUGUCAUUAUCACCAGCAACAUUCAUUCGAUAUUAUUAUUUUUAACUUUCCAUUAGUCUCUACCUUCCGUUUCCGUGACUAACACCCAUGUUUUUCAGAACCUUGUCUUGUCCCUUCUUAGUGUCCCAUUCGUAACCUAUCACAAUCAAUGUGUGUUCCGUAGAUAUUCUCCUGUCUCGUUACCCAUACUUCUCACUCUCACCUUAACCCCUUUGUAAUCUCAUUCAAUUUUAACCCCUAAAUCUUCCCCAUCUAUUAUUUCACCUAAAUGUGUCACCGUGCACUAACCCUCCACCCCCUCUCAUCUGUUUUACUUUCGUCUCUUCACUCUUCACUAACUCCACCAAUUCCCAUCUGAUUUGAGGUGGUCCACCUGUCGACCUACUCGUGAGAACAUUGUAUGAUCAGCAGCAUCUUGUUGCUGGUGACCGUACAGCCUGAGACGGCACCAAGGGUCCUCACUCCCUGUUCUGAGGCCACCUCUUUGUAUGGAACUCAUUGGGUAGGUUAUGUUACUAAGUAAAUCAGAUUGGGGUACUGUCACUUUUCUGUUGCAGCCUGUUUCAAUCUAUGCCAACUGAGCACAUAUUUAUAUCUAACUUACAUUGUGUAUGUGUAUGGGAAUAAGUAUAUUAACUCCCCUUUAUUUCUCUCUCUCACUUCAGAAAUAAGAAUGUCUAAACCGGGACAUCUCGGCAAAUUGCACGCAGUAGGGGGUAUAACAGGUAACAGGACACUCACUAUGCAAUAGGGCAAAUUGUGGGAGCCACAGUUUGUGAGUGUGUGAUAGUGAAUAACUGAGGGAGCUUUUUUUGUGAGUGUGUUAUAGUGAUAAACUGAGGGUGAUUCUCUCUCUAAGUGUGUGAUAGGUUCUCACUAUGAGUGUGUGAUAGUGAUAAACUGAGGGUGAUUCUCUCUCUGUGUGUUAGGUCCUCACUGAGAGUGUGUUGUAGUGAUAAACUGAGGGUGAUUCUCUCUCUAAGUGUGUGUUAGGUUCUCACUGUGAGUGUGUUAUAGUGAUAAAUUGAGGGUGAUUCUCUCUCUAAGUGUGUGAUAGGUUCUCACUAUGAGUGUGUGAUAGUGAUAAACUGAGGGUGAUUCUCUCUCUAAGUGUGUGAUAGGUUCUCACUGUGAGUGUGUGCUAGUGAUAAACUGAGGGUGAUUCUCUCUCUAAGUGUGUGAUAGGUUCUCACUGUGAGUGUGUGAUAGUGAUAAACUGAGGGUGAUUCUCUCUCUAAGUGUGUGAUAGGUUCUCAAUGUGAGUGUGUGCUAGUGAUAAACUGAGGGUGAUUCUCUCUCUAAGUGUGUGAUAGGUUCACACUGUGAGUGUGUGCUAGACUGUGAACUUUUUUUUCUUUUGUGUUUGUGACACUAUAAACAAAACAGGUAUAUAUCAGUGUGUCAACAUAUUUCACACCCAUGAGUAAACACAGUUGUAAUUGAAACAAUGUUUGUCUUGUUUAUUUAACGUCGUGUUAGUACACAUUUAUGAGAAAUAUAACAUUUUUAUUCACUACAGUUUCAGUAUGUGUGACUCUGAGGUUGCAGUACUGUCAUACAUGAAUUAUCAUAACAUAUUAAGGAAGUAACUCAAUGUGUGUAACCCCCCAUACCCUGUAUUUGCGUGGGCUUAAUGUUAAACUGAGGAAACCCCUGAGUGUGUGCUGUAAAUAGCUUGAGGAAGCCUUUCUAUAAUUGGAGUGAUUGUGACAUAAGUGAGUAAAUUACAAAAUAGAGAUAAAUUACAGGAAUAAUUACAGUAUGUGUGACUCUCUUAAAGUGAGUAAACCCAUUUUCUAUGUGCACUAUUUUAUAUGUAAUGUAAAAGACCCUCUCUUAGAUCAUGUAGACCAGGAGUUCCCAACCCAGUCCUCAAUUAACCCCCUACCAGUCCAGGAUUUAGGGAUUACCCUGUUGUGUCUAAAGUGUAUUUUUUUUUCUUAAAACACAACUGGUUAAACCCUAAAUCCUGGACUGUUAGGGGGUACUUGAGGACUGGGUUGGGAACCGCUGAUCAACCCUGACCAGGUCGGCUUUAUCCCACAAAGACAGGCGCAAGAUAACACGCGGAGAACCAUAGACCUAAUCUGGUACGCCAACCACAGACGGAUCCCAACAACAAUACUUUCCCUAGACGCCGAGAAGGCUUUUGAUCGCCUCCUCUGGCCCUACCUCUUUGCAGUACUCCGUAAAUUUGGAUUCCCAUCCGAAUUUACUCAAUUUCUACAAGCAAUGUAUCACUCGCCGACCGUGCAACUGCAAAUACCCAACAUCACCCCUCCCUCCUUCCCAAUACUAAACGGCACCCGCCAAGGUUUCCCACUCUCCCCCCUCCUAUUUGCCAUAUCCCUCGAACCCUUACUGGAGACCAUACGAAAUAACCCACAUAUCGAAGGCAUCCAAGUCCGCAACAAGCUGUUCUCUGUUGCUGCAUAUGCCGAUGACAUCCUCCUGACCCUAACCAACCCCAUGCAGUCCAUAACUGCUCUCUUGGCAACCCUACACGACUACUCAACAAUCUCAGGAUACCAAUUAAACGCCGCAAAAUCAGACCUUAUGUAGCUCAAUCUCGACACAUCCACCAUAAACACCCUCAAAUGCAGAUUCCCCUUUCGUAUCUGCCCAACGACCAUAACAUACCUAGGCAUCCAAAUUACCAACGACACCAACACCUUAUACGCCACCAACUACCCCCCUCUCUUACACAAAGCACUCCUGGACCUUGAACGUUGGCAGCCCAUGACCAUCUCGUGGCUUGGGAGGAUAGCCUCGAUUAAAAUGAACAUCCUACCCAAAUUCCUCUAUACCUUCCAAGCACUACCCAUCCCCUGCAAAAAACACGACCUCAAACUCUUACAAACAGCAAUAGACCGAUUCAUCUGGAAUGGCAGGAGACCCCGAGUCCGCAGAACCACUCUGUAUGUACCAAAACCCUCCAGAGGACUAGGCCUCUCCAACCUCACACACUAUCUACAUGCCACCCACCUCAAACAAAUCCAACACUGGCACCUUCCCCCCGCUCACAAGAGGUGGGUAGACCUAGAGCACCUCAUCUUUGGUCGGGACCACCCCUCCCAAUACAUGUGGACCCCAAAACAGCAUAGGCCUCUGCCUCCCCCCACCUCUCCAACGAUUACCCAUUCCUUGGACCUCUGGGAUCGCCAAAUUCGACCUAUCUACUGGCCUAUCACCCCUCACCCCAAUCCUCCGUAAUAAAAAUGUUUCCACCCGGCCUUACUCAGAGGCACUACGCCCACUUCGGAGACAGAGAGACAUAGUUAGACUAGGACACCUUUACCCCAAUGGUAAACUCCUACAAUACGCAGAGGUUCCUAAUUCGGAAUCGUUAACCACCCAUGACUACUUUGCAGCAUCAGACACGGUUCGCUUGGCAGCCACCUCGGCCCUGACAGGGUUUGAGAGGGAUACCCUCAACUCCUCGGCCAGAAAGAGCCAAAUAUCAAACCUCUACACAGCCCUAACCACGCAUCACACCCAAAUAGCACUCCCAUACAUCGCAGCAUGGGAGAGCGACUUGGGGCCCCCUGAGGACGCCACUGACUGGGCAGACAUUUGGACUGCCACCAAAUCCAUCUCCACCAGCUUAACCCAUAAGGAACAGGCCUACAAAAUGCUCUUUAGGUGGUACCUCACCCCCCUCCGCCUAAAGGCAAUGCAACAACUUCCCAACAACUUAUGUUGGAAACUGUGCGGCGAUGCUGGCCCGUUUCUCCACUGCUGGUGGACCUGCCCCAAAGUCGCUCCCCUAUAGACAACGCUAACUACACUCUUAACCAGAUUACUUAACAAACCAGUACCUCUAGACCCUUUGGCCCUUCUCCUCUCCAAACCCAUCGACAUCUUCACUCGUAACGAAAACAAACUCAUUGCCAGAAUAGCCCUAGCCACCCGAAGAGCAAUAGCGGAAACAUGGUCCACACCGCGCAUCCCAACCCAACUGCAAAUACACACUAAAAUAACUGACAGCGUAAACAUGGAUAAGCUGACUGCACAAACACAUGACACCCCCAACUCAUUCCACAAAGUGUGGGACCCAUGGCUGGAAGGGAACAUUACUCUCCCAUGGUGACCCGCGGCAAUCCCACCGACCAACACCACCCAAGCAAAACCACAACAUGAUGCAAAUCUGAGGCUCGCCCCCCCCUACCGCCCUAAACCUACCCCAUUCCACAAAGGGCCUUGAGGGGUACCCAAGAGGGCAGCACCAUCCUGCCUUUUCUCUCCCACAACACCCCCCACCCCAGUCUCCCACACACCCACCUUACCCGCCCCAUCGCCCCCUUGAACAGUGAAAACGACACACCCAAUGGGCUCUGCUGACUCAGCCUCUCCCAACAAAUCUACUCCAGACAGCAACCCUCAAACCAGCCACUCCUCCCCCCCCCCCAACAGACUUGGACUAACAUCUCUGGCUCAGCUGACUCACAAGUUAGGCCUCCCUUAGACAGGUUAAGCAUCAACUAUCUCGCUGUAUUUUAUUUAACUUCACGCUAACGAUUUAACUGUUUAGCCAAGCUUGCUAAAAAUAUAAAAUUGUGCAGACUCUCAUGCCACUGUUUAACAAUUGUAUAUCUUGCAAUAAGCUGCUGUGGCGUCUGUUGAUUCCUUGUACCCACCUGCACAGCAAAAAAAAAGAAUAAAAAAAAAAAAAAAGUUAGGCCUCCCCCCUCAGCCAUACCAGGCGACAAAACGGACCAUUGCCUAAUCUGAGACCACACGAGACACCACCACACACCGGUCCACAACAGACGGUAUAACACACACUCUCGGAGACUUCAAUGCCAGACCUACCCACGGACAACUCAAUGUUAUCCCCCACUGUUCUUACCCACCUAACCAUUUAUUCUUUUUGUAAGAAUGUUUACUUGACCUAUGAAAUGAAAAUAAAGAAUUAUCAAAAAAAAAAAAAAAGAGACACUCCAGUCUAUAUCCCUGUGAUUUACUCUGUUUUUAUUUUAUAGCAGACAAUGAAAGGAAUGGUGCAGACUCUCUGCAUGAGGUGAGUAAAUUGACUUUUUGCACCACACAGAACCUCCAAUGUUCAGGAGUGUUAGAGGGGGAAACUGAUGUACACACAUGCUCUGUGGACUCAGAAUUAUAGAAAGGCAAUGAUGUCUUCCACACUGUGAUAAUUUGUGCCAUUAUGUAAUUACAUUGCAGUAAUAGUCAUGUGGUCUUUUGAAUGUCUUGUUAUUGUAGCAUUGUUGUAAUAACAUCUGAGAUUUCAAAAUAAAAAUAAAAACAUCUUUAUAUACACUACACAAAUGUGACAUUUUUUAGUUAAUCAAUUAUAUUCCUCCAUUUCUAACCAUAUGUAUAGCUAUACUCUAUGAUUAAUGUAAUCAUUAUUUUUAGGUGCAGCAAAACAAAGGAUCAUCACCCUUCUCACUUUCUCCAAAGGUAUGUUCCAAUUCUCUUUCUAUAUCCUUGUUCAUAGCUGAAGAGUGUAUAUGAAAAUAUUGUAUAGUCGGUCAUGCUUACUCACUAAAGUGUGAAUUCUCAUGAAUUUAAAGCUAUUUUUAAAUAUAGGAACAAAAUAACAGAUUUUGUCGUUCAAGUAACCUCGAGGAAGGUAUUAUAACUUUUUAACCCCUUAAGGACACAUGACAUGUGUGACAUGUCAUGAUUCCCUUUUAUUCCAGAAGUUUGGUCCUUAAGGGAUUAAAAAAAGUUCUUUAUUUUUGUUGUGCAAAAUGUUUACAAACAGGCUUGCAAAGCCACGACAGCCCAAGCAAGCUUCAUAAUAUUAUACAAGAGAAUACCUAGGCAUGUCAUAAAGAAUGAUUGCACAAAUCUUUUGUAACUUGAACACAAGAUAUAUAUUCAGGCUAGUUAUUAACUUGUAAAGGGUAGACAUAGGUAAAGCUUGUAGUUUGUGUUCUAGACAUGUAGAUAAGGAGUAAAACAUGAGGUAAACAAUAAGUACAGUCGCUAAAUAUUUAACCACCAAGGAUGGAGAGGUGAGCUUAUGGCAGCAUGACAUUUUCACAGCAAAUAAAACCCUUAUUUGCAAGUAAAAGAAAAGAAACUGGCAUGUGAGAGAAAAGAAUAAGAUAGGCACAUUGCGUCUCAGCAGCUGCGUGGAGGGUGAGGUGAGGCAACUUGCUGCAUAAAUGUCUGCUUGGUUAGCCUAUCCCUUUGCACAGACAGAGUCCCGAAUAGCCCUCCAGGAGGUGAGGCACAACCUUAGGUAUCUUAUUAUUCCAGCCCCAGGCCAUUAUCGAAGCCUCUACUUUGCGUCCACUGACCCAACCAGCAAAGGUGCAGUCAGACUCCCAAGACCGUUCCCAGCACCCACCUCCUGUAACGAGGUGCAAGUGGUAGGCCUCCCGAGAGUAUGGACUGUGCUCCGGUUCACUGACCGUCUUGGCUCCUUGCCAGGUGAGUAGCUACUGCAUGAGGCUCUUCCUGUUUCAGCAGGGUGAUUUGGGAACUUGCGUUGCCAAUUUUGGAUCCUCUUCCAGAAUGUGGCACACAAGUAGUCAAAUGCCUCAAUGAUUGAACGCCUUAGCUGCUUGGGCUGUUUUGGUUCACUGCCCACCACUAUCUUAAAAGCUGCCACGUGGUUUUAGCUUUCUUCUUGCUCCGAUGGAAUCAGAUAAAUAAAUUACUUUGGUGGGGACCGGGAUAAACCCCACCGACCCACAGAGGGGGAGUACAGGGCUGGAGAUAAAUAGGUAUGACUGCUCAGGCCAAGUCAGGGAGAUUGGCCGCUUCUUCCAACAGGACCAGGAGCUAGGCCUCAAGCUUCGUCCCCGCUGGCUGGGAAGAGUUCCAGAGUCAGCACCAGCACAAGCAAGUGCGCCCAACAGCUUCCUCUUUCAGGUUAGGAUCAGCUUAUGUCUCCAGGGGGCAAAAAAAGGUGGUUUACAUGCUUUAAAAUUCAGGAUUCAGAGGAGCAGAGAUAUUCUGCUUCCACCCAGCUCCGUGGUCAGACCCCGCCCUCCAAGGUUUUAUAACUUAAAGGUCACUUCCCUGAAUUUUUUAUAUAAUGUUUACUUAUCCUCUGUGUUCAAAAUAUGAAUUUGAGAGGUGUUAAAAAUAAAAUUAAAUGUAGGAAUUCACACCUCUUAUCUGUAGCUGGGUGCCACUGUUCAAUUUUCCCAUCUGUCAUUGUUAUCUGCUCUGUCCUUUGUGCCUGCCAGUCAGCAUAGAGGAUACAUAAAGAGACGAGGAAAAUCAAACAGUGGUUCUAACAUUUGCAAUGUUUGCCCUGCUUUUGCCUUGUCGGAAUUGGACUAUGAUAUAAUUUGCUAAAUCUUUAAUGGAUUACUCUGGGCACCAUAACAAUUUAAUCAUAAUGACAUUGUUAUGGCACAAGGAGGCCCUGGGCUCCGUCUCUCCUGAAAGGGUUCACAUUAACAAGUGGUUUAACCCCAAAGACUUCAAGCUGGAACCCGAUCGCUCAGCUCUUGAAAUUGCUCUCAAUGUCUAAGUCUUUAAUGCCAAGGACCAGGUCACGGUGCCAAAGACCAGGUGCUGCUGAUAGGCUGAGAGCAUCUGUUGAUGCUCUCAGCCUAUCAUUCAGAUUCCAUUCAGAAAAAGUGAGUGAAAAAAUUAUCUUAAUUUUAGCGAUGAAAUUGUUAUGGUGCCCAGAGUAUCCCUUAAAUAUAAAUGUAAAAGAAGAAAAAGGAGCAUUACAUGAAAAAUAAAAGAUUAAUACAAGGCUUAAUUUGUUUUCAUUAUUUCAUUUAGUGGUGCAAUUAAAAGAAAGUUACAGGUUCAUAAAACACCGGGUUUGGUUAGAGUGAUCCCGUUCUGUGGUGCCCCCCCACAAUACAAAGAAAAUAGAGAAAAAACUUAAGCUGACCUAAUUUCCAUUCCCAUGGCCAAGCAUUCUCCACAGUCCGAUCCUCCUUGGCUGAUGUCCCUCACCUCCUCCUUACUCCAAGGUCUUGGAGGAAAGACUGAGAGGAGGACCGGGGUGGCACAGAGGGGUGAAGACUGUCUGCCGGCACCAGCCUCCCAAUGACGCUGCUGGAUAUGGAGUUACACCUCCAGCAGUGGUGGGGUUAAUCUCCAUAUCUGCAGAGUUUCAAAGCAACCAUGACCACUUCAAAUCACCCUGAUUCUGAUUAGAACAAGACCACAGUAUAUAAUGAACACAAGCUAAUCUUUACAUAUAUUGAGUGCAGUGUGAGAAUACAUUACUGUAAAUUUUAUUUCUGUUAUACACUCAUAUACACCACAGUUUCUAAACUCAUGACAUUAAGGACACCAUGGUAGGACAUAAGAACAGGCUACUGUUGACCCAUAGCCUCUCAUCUUUGCACUCUGAUGCCUCAGAAUGUGGUUUUCUAUAAUGAUCCGGGAAGGUCACGGGGAAAUCCCUAAGCAGUCUCUGUGCUGUACUCACUUCCUGAGUUACGCAUUUUACUUCCCCAUAGUCCCCACUGCAUCUUCCUUUGUGUAUCCCCUUUCCCCCCCCCUAUAAUUCUCACUCUAGACUGGAGUUUUUUUUACAAAUACAUUUGUAUGUUUGCAUUUAAAUCAUGUGCUUAUAUUUGUGUGGAUGGACAGAUAGAUAGCAACAUUGAGGGACUGGGCAUCUGUAUUAACUCCCGCAUGCCUGGACUCUCAUGAUAACCAAGGAUGUACCUAACUCCAAAGAAGUUAAAAUAGGACCACAAGAUCUCCCUCUUACUGUUAUUUACUGAUUUCUUACUUUUUUGAUGCCAGAGGGGUAAGAAAUAUUAUGGAUUACAUAACCCACUUAAGCAUAAGAGGGCAUUGUGCAUAUUUACAGUGUACAAAGAAAUAAACCAGCACAAAUAUAAUAAAGGUUGAUGCAAAAUAUCAGCAAUUGUAAAAUCCAGGUCACUACAAAUAUCUUAAGUCUCAAAUGUCUCAUGUUUUUCUUGAUAAUACAUUUACAUUUAAAUAUUAUGACAUGGAUGAACAUGAAAUAUUUUUUUAAUUUUUGCCUUACAUGUUUGUUUGUUUUUUCAGCUUAAAGAUGAUGAAUGUGGGGACAGGUCCCCGUCCCUUCCUGGCACACCAGUUCCCCCAACACCUUCUGCCCCACCCACCCCACAAGCUCCCCCUGCAUCGCAGCAGCCUCCUACCUCCCUGCCCCAAACACAGCUUCUCCUGGCCGGCAGCCAACUUGCAGGGGUAAGUACUCUCCACUUAAAGACACGGUUUAAAUAUUAAGUGACUUACUCACUGCAAAAAUAUUGCAGACACAACUGUAUUAAAAUUUGACCAAUUAAUGACCCUUGAAAUAGAUCAUUGAAAGUCACCAAAGGUUUAUUCACUAAACUCCAAACCAUAGAGAAUUGAAAUCCGAAUGACAGAUUGAAGAUAAAAAAAAAACUGCUCUGGAAGAAUUCUCCUAAUAGGCUUUAGUCACAGCUUGGUUCUCUUGCCAUUCAGAUAUAAAUUUGUUGCAGUACCUUUGGUACAUCAGAUGCCAUGGCCUGCAUUUAUGUAGUUCUCAACAAAGGUUUAGCUAUUACUGGCAUACGCCAAUCUGUGUUCUCUCUAACUUUAAAGUAUUUAACCCUUUGCAUGCUGGGAAACUGACCCUCUCUUAGGUUACAUGUGUACAGUUUAAUGGAUAUAGAUACACUAAGUUUUGUGAAAUCUGUAAUGCUUAUGAGUAAACUGAGAACAUGCUUCCCAUUGUGACUUAACCAAGGGGUUAUCUAACCUGACUCAAGCAGUUGUGCAGGCACUGCAUCAUCCGGAGAAAAUGAGAGAGAAAAAUAAAAUAAAUAAUGCAUUUAUAUUGUAGAUAUGGAGCAGAUUAACUAAGUAGUGCUCUUAAACUGGACUAAAAGGUAUACCAUACAAUAUCGCAAAUAAUCAAAGUUAUCCUGAACCGGUUCUCGACUCACUAACGAUGUGUGUCUAACUCUGAUCCAGCUCAUAAGAGAGCCAGUAGUAGUUAGACGCCAGUGCUGACCAUACAUAUUAUUAGACGUCUAUUGUACAUAUCCUAGUGUUCAGUUAAUAUGUAUACAAAUGUAUAUACCGCUUGUUGCAGCUUUGCUUUAUUUAAACUUUCUAAUGUCUUUUUUCACCCUGUAUUGCCUUCCCUUUCUAUUCUUUCCACAUUUUUCUAUUAUCGUUAUCCCACCUAACACCCGUCUCUAACCCUUCUUUCUGUAUCCUCACUUUCUCUCCAUUACCUCCCCAUUUGUUUCUCUCUUUCUCUCUCCCGUUUCACUCUAUCUCCCACAUUGUAUCUUGCUCUCUCUAUUGCGCUAUCUCUUCUCCCCAUUUCUCUACUUUCUUUCAUAUUUCACUAUCCCAAAUAAUAUUUCCUUUCCUCUACCAUUUUUGUUUUUUUUCUUCCUGGUUUUUCCCUUCACUCCUUCUUUCCCUGGCUGCAGCUCACUGCUCUCCUCCCCGCACAGCAGCAACUGCUUCUACAGCAAGCUCAGCUUCUUGCCGCGGCUGUGCAGCAAUCCAAUGCCGCCGCUGCUGCCAGCGCAUCCCAGGCAGGGUCUGAGGGCCAGACUAAUGCUGCCAACCAACAGCAACCCCCACAACUUGCUCUUUCCCAACCGAUCCACCUCACAGCACAGGUGAGCCUUGCUACUAACUGUGAACUCACAGCUUGCUAAUCACAGGUAGCCUGGUACUCAUGGACAGGUCACUGCAAGUCUAAUGAUCACUGCUUCCCUUGGCACUGAAACUAUAUUACCAGUGGUGUUCAACCAACCUUAUGGCAGGUUUUUGGCAAUAAAAUAAAUGGUAUUUAAAACAAAUGGUGUGUCAAAUUUAGGCAUCAGCGUCUUACAACUACACAAGAACCAUUAAUAGUCUCUCCUCAUCUCUACUGUAACACACUAUCGGCUGUCCACACAAGAUCAACAUGCUGUCAAAUCUCUGUACAAUCUGUAUAAAAUGUGGUGGAAAUAACAGCCAUGUGCUUCAUACAUUGUUUUGUGUUUGACAAGCAAUCUCUGGUCCAACGUAAUUUGUCUAUGUUUUUGCAUGGGACACACAUGAAUACAGAUCUUCUUAUUUCCCUUCAGCCUUAGUUACAGCGCUGGCCCCUUGGCACCCCAGAUUUUUUUGAAUAUCAUGGGAACUAUGAAUCACAAAUUUCUGGUGUGCCAUGGCUACUCAUCACUACUCUGUGACUUUGUUGAAGUCUUUUAUCAGUGUUUGCAGACUGACAAUCCAGGAGAGUUGUUCAUAUCCCUCCUUCUAUAAGUGGCAUUUUCUUCUGCUUUUUGCCUUAGGCACCAGGAGCAAAAGUAUAGUGGUUCUGGAAAAUGCCAAAUUUUUCAUGCUGCCUGUGGACUUCCAUAACACGUACACCUCUCUUUCAGAACACCCUCAUUGCCUCAGCAGCAGGAUGUUAAAGUUACUUGACACAGAGAGUAUUUUGUUCCUUUGCUGUUAUAGUGUAUAAUCUUUUGUUUCAUUUUGCUGUAGCAAAUCAAUACCCCUUUUAAUACCCACUCCCAAUAAUGUUCUAUUGUCCAUUAUAGAUUAAGAGCUUCCCCAGGGUUUCCACGGCUUCUACGUGAACUUUCUCAGCCCAGGGCUAUAUCACUUGCAUUGUGUGUAUUCCUGCCUAAUCUCUCAACAAAGGGCGAUAUAACGAGAGCAUUAAGCCCCAGGCUUGCUAUGAUGACCAAAAUGCCCCCAGGGGGACUAUUGGUUUAGUGUUUUGUAGCCAUAUCUCUACCCAAUCAUAUCAAGGAGGGAGACCUGAUUUCUGGAAAUGUCACGUAAAUGACAAACAAUGAAAAGUUUCUGUAUUUUCGCACUUCUCUUUAAAUACUAGAGAUGUUGCACAUUUCUACAUUGUUUUAUAAAAUAUAUUUCUUUCGAAUAAUAUAUCUAAAGCCUUUUUUUGGCAAUCAAUUUGUUUAUUGAGAUGAUACCAUAUAACAGUGGACAUAUAAGUACCAGCAUAUGACAAAAUAGUAGAUCUGAUGCUUUUAAGUGUAUCAAAAUAUUAACAGUAUUGUUUGGGAGAUAUCUCAGUUGGUUGAUACACCAAUUAUAGACCUGUUUAGAGCUCCACACGGCUGAAUCUCUUCCCAGGACGGCCAAUUCAAAUUUUGAUCUUUCCAAGGCUGACUAAAUGAGCAGUAGGGACAUUCCUAAAAUUAGAGAAUUUGUCAGUGGCUCCUAAAACGUUUUAAUAAUGAUUAUUACAAAUUGCUUUAAUCCUGGUACAGAAACUUGAUUUGCUUUAAAGAUGAUCUGAUAUUUAGUUCUAUUUACCAUUGAACAUAUUAUUGAAUUAUCAUUCAACAUGGUUUACAUGAAGCUUCAGUCUAAUUAGUAGUUGAAUAUAGGAAAAAUAACUAAAGCACUCUUACAUGUCAUCGUAUUUUCUAAGGCUCUUCAUUGUUAGGGUACUUCCUUUGCUGUUAAUAAAUGAUUAAUUUAAUAUUUUGUCUAUUUGUAUCAUACUCACUAGUAUUAAAGAACCCGACUGUCACUGCUAAUUUGUAAAAAGGGGAAUACACAUACAAAUUAGAUCAUACUGUCAUAAAUCAAUGCUACUUACACCAUCAUUUUAUUCCUCUCCCUGUGUGUCUGAUCACUAUAUAAUAUUAUUAUUGCCAUUUUUAUUGUUUAUUAUCUUUUUUGUAAUAGGAUAUUCAGCAAUUAUUACAGCUCCAACAGUUGGUUUUAGUCCCUGGGCACCACCUCCAGUCCCCAACUCAGUUUCUGUUACCCCAAGCAGGGCAGGGCCAACAAGGUAAGUAAAAAAACAUUUUUUUCACAUUUUCUCUUAUAACUUAUUUUUUAACACAUUUUCCUACAUCUACAUUUACCAAUGCUUUUCUUUCUUUCUUUUUUUUCCAGGUCUGAUUUCUGCACCAAAUCUCUUCCAGCUACCUCAACAAGGCCAAGGAAACCUACUCACAGGUCAGCCCAGGCCCGGUAUCCCCACUCAGGUGAGUUAAACCAGCAUAUAUAUACUUCAUCUACAGACUAGCUCGGUUGCGAGUCAGUUUUAUUUAGUUGCGCCAGCUCGUUCUAGAGCUAUUUGAUUUUAGGAGCAUUAAAAAGUGCUUCACAAACAGAGAUACCAGUUAAUUAUUUAACUGGUCCUAGGAAGUAAGUGCAGGCAGAAUAGGAACAAUGGCCAAAAUAUCAUAUAUUGGGAUUUUUCAGUUCAGUGUAGCUCUGAGAUCACACAGAGCCCUCUACAGGUACAAAUAUUUGUAUUGAGAAGUCACACACAGCCCAAGAAAUUAGAGUAGUAGCAUAUUUUCUAUUUUAUUUAACAACUUAGAGCUAAAUUAUAUAAAAACACUGUCUACAAAAUCACACAAGACUUUAACCAUGGGAUGUGUUAUUUCCCGUAGGCUGUGACCCGACCCGGGCCCCAAGAUGCCCAUCUUCUGUCACACAGUGAGCCUGUAUCUCACCCCGAGGAACCAAGUGACUUGGAGGAGUUGGAACAGUUUGCGCGAACCUUCAAACAACGCAGAAUUAAACUGGGCUUCACUCAGGUAGGUGCAAGGGAUUCAAAACAAACAAACAAACACCUUCAACUCAGUGCUCUAAUCAAAUAAAUUACUUAGCUUCAAUCAAUCUGCAGCCUCCCAGAAUCGUUAUCCACAACAAACGAUCUUUACAUAUGCAUAGAACCACAAACAGAAAUGGGAUACGGCUGUACAAUCUAUAGAGGGAACAUAUAAAGGAAAAAAGAUGAUGAAAGUAGAAGAGCAUUCAUGAGGUGCCUCCCCAGAUAACAUAGGGAAAACGACCAAUGGAACACGGGUUCCAUUGGUCGUUUUACACCGGAAAGGGGAACCACUAGCCCCCUAUGUUAUCUGGGGAGGCACCUCAUGAAUGCUCUUCUACUUUCAUCAUCUUGUGAGUGCAUCCAUUUAAGCGCACUAUUCACUGUAUUUACUGUAUUACACUAUUGUGUGUUUUUUUUCCUUUAUAUGUUCCCUCUAUAGAUUGUACAGCCGUAUCCCAUUUCUGUUCAGGUGCAAGGGAUUGCCUAAUUGAGCUACUGUGGCAUGGUAAUUUAUCACGGGAGUUGUUAUUCUACAACAGAUGAGGUCCUACCUCUUGUCCACCAAAAAUUUAGAAGUUCUUGGAUAGUUUUUUUGCAAUGGAACUCCAUUUAAUAUUGUGUUAAAAUGUCUUACAGGGGGAUGUAGGUCUGGCUAUGGGCAAACUAUACGGAAAUGAUUUCUCGCAGACAACCAUCUCACGAUUUGAAGCUCUUAAUCUGAGUUUCAAAAAUAUGUGCAAACUGAAGCCAUUGCUACAGAAGUGGUUGAGUGAUGCAGGUGAGGAUGCACUGGGGCAUUAUGGGUCAAUGGUUGGUGAGCUUUUGUAAAAGUGGGCAGUGUUUCUUUAAUUCACACUUUGUUUUUGUCUUCUAGUCUCAGCAUGUUUCUUUGUUGCAUCUUUGUUUCCUUUUACUGUUACCCUUUAUAUUUUAUUACCAUAUAGUUACAUAGUUACAUAGCUGAAAAGAGUUCAGCCUACCUCACAUUUGUUUUUUGCUGUUGAUGCUGUUGAUAUGGUAUUUUAAAACUCACAUUACCUCUGAAACAUUUCCCAUCCCACAGAGACUAUGUCUGUGGAUAGCACUCUUCCCAGUCCUAACCCCUUGAGCAGCCCUGGAGGUGGAUACGAAGGGCUCCCUGGUCGCAGGCGCAAGAAACGUACCAGCAUUGAGACCAAUGUGCGCUUUGCACUAGAGAAAAGCUUUAUUGCGGUAAGAGGCUGACAGAGAGACUGGAGAUGGCAAAUGAGGUUUUACAGAUAUGCAGAGUGGUAGGACAAGUUAGAAGGUCUAGAGAAAAAUAGGAGGACAGUAAUUUAGGAGUUGGGUUAAAAGAGAACUGGAAAAUUUCAAAUGAAGACAAUGUUUUAAUAUCGUGUACACCGUAUUCAUUUAUGUGAGAAGGAACUUUAAGUAGAGAAGGACAGCAAAAAAAUUAAUUCAAGGUUCUGUAGAAAAACAUGUGAAGCACUCAUUACAUUACUGAUAUCUCUUUCUUAUACCCUCUUCCACCCCACCAUUUAUUCUUCCUCUUUUGUGAAUCUUCCCUUGUGUAUUCUUUCUUUUCUCUGCAUACUUUUGAUCAUUUAUGGUUUGUUCAUCCACCUUUGUCCUAUCACUGUUGUGCUCUCCCUCAUGUUUUCAACUGUUCUCCACCAAAGAACCAGAAACCUACCUCUGAGGAGAUCCUUGUAAUUGCCGAACAGUUGAACAUGGAGAAGGAAGUCAUUCGUGUAUGGUUUUGUAAUCGUCGGCAAAAGGAAAAGCGUAUUAACCCGUGCAGCAGUAUGCCACUUACCCCCAGCCAAGGCAAGGGGCAACUGUAUGGAGCACACAUGGUAAUAAUCCGCUGCUAUUUAAAAUAUUUUUCAACAGAGCAUGUUAUAUGAACACUAUUACCCCAUUGAAACACACACAUAGUAGCUCAACCCAUUUUGUUAAAUUCCAUGUAGAGAAUAAUUCUGAUAUAUGGGGCACACAUGUCUUAUGGUAAAGUAUAGUCAAUAUGAGGCAUAUUUAGUUGUGGUCACAAAACACUUUAUUUAAAGAGGCACUUUCAAUUUACAGUUUUGUGUUUAAUUGAAUCCUUUUUUGUCUCUCUGUUUUUUGGGGUUUUUUAAAUUCACCUUAUAACUAAUAAAUAUAAGUAGUGGUGGGGGAUGUAAGGAAAGGAUUCAAGGAGCAUAAGAAAAGGAAAACUGAAAAAAAAAUGACUGUGCCGCUCAUUACUUCCCAAUGUACAUAUGUACUGUGAAACCCUUACCGCAGCCUUGCUGCCCCUGAUUUUUCCUAAUUUUUCCUCCUGUUUCUUGAAUUCCUUCUUUAUCACUUCCCUUUCUCCUUGGUCUUCUCCAGGUAUCCCCCCCGGUGUCUGCCCCUAUCCUCACUUCCCAGGCUUCCAGUAACCUCAGCACAACAGGUAACUGUCUAGUUCUUGUACCACAUUACUUGUAGCUUCAUUGAGCCCAGCCCUAUUGCCACACUAUUUGUUGUUCUACAGUUGGGGUGUAAAUCUCUGCUCUCCACCACCCAUGUUAUUGGGUUACCGUUUUCAUAAUUCUCUUCUAGACACAGGUUAUACAGAUUCAUUAAAUGGCUAGUGCAAUAACAGCUAGGCAAGCCACAUUUUCAUCCCCUGAUAUUGUCAGGAUUAGCCCCAGUAUUUCUCCAGGUUACAACAUGUCAUGCCAAACCUAUUGCCACAAAGCUUCCUUGGUUAUGCUGGAGUAGUUAACCAUUUAAAGUGUUUUGGUUUUAGACCAAAGCUCCAGGGUGUUUGAGGGUUAUCUCACUUUGGCCAAGUCAUGUGUCCAUCCUUUUCCCACCCUAUACUAUACAGCAUGUGGUUGGCAUUAAACUCAUUAGAACUGCUUUAUCACAAAUUAUUGCUGAGGGAUUGUGAAAAUGGACACAGCGGCUUUGUGGUUUCAUUAAUAUAUGUAUAUGUAGAUACGUGUGUGUUCAGAAUGGUGACAUAUUUGCUGUAUAUCAUAAUUCCACUUUAAAGCUUUGAAACGGCACUCCUGCAAUCAAUACCUUAGCACAGAGAAUGCAUGCACACUCAAUGCUCAGCUGGCAACGCUGCUGUUGGACACAUGUCCUCAACCUUUCCAACCUCUCUUGUUUAUCUGUUUUUUCUGUUUCAGUGACUACCUUACCUUCUGCAAUGGGCUCUGCUGCCCAUCCACGACCCCUGUCCAACACAGCUCCCCCAUCUGCCACUCCCCCUCCAAGCAACAGCACAAGCGCCAGUCCCCAAAGCAGUACCCAUUCUGGACUUAGCCUAACUGGACUUAGUCCUAACACAGGGUAAGUGAUAAUGUUUUAAGGGCUGGGGUAAAACAUAAUGUACUGUAUUUCUUAGGUGUAUGUUCAAGCCAUUCAAUGCUAGAGUUGUGAAUGAUCCAUACUUCUACCCUAUGGCAAAGUUGUAACCAUCCUCAUUCACGUAAGCUAGCAUAAGGUUACCUUAUUUCUGUUUUUCGCAUUUAAAAAACAAAAAGGAGUUUAUUAACUUAACUGUGAAUGGAAAAGGAAAUUCACAUAUUACACUUAGCUGGAAAAGCUUGAAACAUUUGUUUAUUCAGGGCUAAAAAGAGAACUUGAUGCAUCUAUAGCAACUAUUGCUAUCCUGCUAUAGUUUAGUGGUGCAGUAAAUAUCAGAAUAAUAUGAGCAUGCAGGAAUUGUAUUCAUAGUAGUGUUUUUUUUCAUCAGUAACAAGAGUAUUAUUUAUUCACUAAACUGUGAGUUGAAUAGAUGACAGUGGUUGGCGAAUUUAAAUGAUCACUGUAAGUGCCAUAACCACUGCCUCACAAUGUAGUAGUUAUGGUGCCGUCCCACUGUUAAUAUCGAAUAGUUUUUUGACGUUUGACCCUUUAAUGGGUCACCUAGAUACCUGCUUCACAGAUGCAGGUAAUGUAGGAGUUCCACUUAGCCCAUUAAUUCCAUCCAAAGAGUUGAUAUGCUAAUGUGGAAUAGAAAGUUACACUUUAAUGUUAUCUGUGAAUAAUAGUCGAAGUAAGGGAAUCUAGGGAACCCAGAAAACGAAUACAUUUAGUGGUUAUGCUGAUUAGAAUGGUACUUUAUUCAAUUUCACAGUUUUGGCGUUAACUUUACAAAGCUAAUGUCAGUACCUGACAAUUCCUGGUUCAGUGACGGCAAACGAUAACACAUAGCAUUGCCAAGGUUACCUUACUCUUUAGGUCAUUUUUGAAUUUGUAUUGGAAGUCUGCAGAGUUCUUUAGCUGCAGACUUUCAUUUUGCCUUCCCUUUUCUCACAAGAUUGCUCACACAAGCAGUGAUGAGCCUCUUCUUCCCCCAUCUGUCAACAUCCACAGAAGAAAGGUAAUUGUGAACAGUCUUUCUGUUUAUAUGAAACUGGAACUGCCAGACAAGGAGUGAUGGAUCAAGGAGAUUUAGAUAUAUACAUUGAGCCGAAGCUCUAAUAUAUAUUGUUUUGUAUAUAUAAUCCAGUUACUGUCAUGAUUGAACUUGUCAGCAAUUGUCUUCAUAUGUAACAGCCCCAUAAUCAUACGAGUGGUAUAAAAUAUAAGAUAUGCCAUAAACGUUGAGUUUUGUAAGAAUCAAUCCCAAACUGAUAUCAAGAAAUGUAGACUUUUACCAAACAUUAAUCUCAUAGAAUUAAUAGAAAAGUGAAAUAAUUCUGCAUGUCCAAAUGUCAGUGUGACUGAUUUCUCUCCUUAAGAAUUUAAGCAGUGGUUGCUCCAGACAGAUACAAUUAAAAUCAUCACAGUAUGCAAAUUGCAACAAAACAAAAAUGACAACUAUGAGCAGACCAUCUGAUAAAAUCAGUAGCUCAAAACAUGUAAACCAAAAUUGUAUAGAUGCCGUAACAUCAUUUCUUUACCUUACACUUUUCUCAAUUAACGAAAUGUAGAUCAGCAACACCAUAAAUCUUUGUAUUGUUACUUUUUAUUAUUCUAUCGUCAGAAAGAUGGAAUUGGUAAUAUUUUGAGCUUGAGGGUCAUUUUCAAGACUAAUGCAGUUGAAACAUUGCAGGGUCCAUUGUUUUGGUGUGCUGAUAUACAUUAUUUUAAUUUGAUGGAUUUUGGGGUUUGAACCAUGGAAAGUUUGCGGAGUGCAUCAUCUCACACUGCAUAUUGAUUCCCUUACACUUUUCUGGUUGUUUUUGUGUGUUUGUGUGUUGUUCUGUUUUGGGGGAAAAUGUAUAUGUAUGGAAGUAGUGGGGUUUUAUGAGUUAGUCCACCUUUACGUUAAGUUUCAGAUAUAUAUUGUGCCUUAUUGGUGUGGACGCAAAUGUCCUCAGAGCCAACAUGCUUAGAUGUAAUUAAUGCAUGGUUAUAGUACUUUGGCUUUUGAUUAAAAAAUGCUUUCACAGCUCCAGUAAACGGCUUAUUACUUAGAGAGAGAAAGAGUAUGUGGUUGUGCGCAUGUGUUCACGCAUCCACACUCUACCCAAGGGAGAGAGACAUAUAUGUACUAGGCAUAAGUUCCAAAUUGAGGCAUAUUGUUUGCUGUAUAAAAAGUGCCUCUAUGAACAAUAUAGACAUCAAUGCAAAAAUCAAAUAUAUUGAGUGUCCCUUAGAGGUUUAGGUACUAAGCCUAGAUAUAUGGUGGAUUAUGAAAUUGAUAACUUGGUCAUGAAUGGUAAAUGGGGGUCUGUUUAUUGAUAAACAUUAUUUUAUUUGUUUUCAAUACAAGGAUAGGCAACUUGCAGCCCUCCCUAGCUGUUGUAUUAUAACAACCAUCUCAAUUAGUCGAUUGAUUAUGAGUGAUGAGGGUUGUAGUCCAACAAUAACUAGGUAAUGCAGCUGUAAGAUGCCCUAUCCAAUUUUAUUGUCUUAUGUUCUGAAUUACAUAUAAAUUAAUGCUCCUGAUUAGCACAAUAGUCUAUUGUUCCCUCCUGAAUCCACUCUUGAUCUUGCAGGAGUACAAUGCUCGGGGUAGGCGCGGGGUUGAACCCAGCCCUAAUGGCUGGAAACCCACUGGCCACAAUACAAGGUUUGUAGGAAAGGAAAAGUCACAUGAUCUCACCUCAAGUCACAUGAUAAUUCAUGGAAUGCUUCAUCACUCUCCUGCCAUUAUUGUGACAUGAACCUUGUUUGGUGUGCCCCAUGUAAAUUUCCAACCAUAUUCCAGCCCAUCCCAUAUCACUAUGUGCUCGUGUCAAGGUUUAACCAUGUGUUAUAUUUUCAGGAAGGGUAUUUUCUGACUUACACUUUUUAUGUAUAUGUCUUCAUUAUGUUUAUGAUUUUUGGCAUGAUGCAUUUAUUUUUUUUAGUUCAGUGCCGUAUUGAAAGCCAAAAGCAGGACAAAGUUUGAUGAAGGGUUGGUAGCUGGGUUACUGAAGAAUAAAGAUAAAACAUAUUUUGAAAAGAGGCAAGAUAAGGGAAGGUGUUAUAUAAGAUCAAAUUGUGAGCACUUACUUGAGUGGAGGGUGUAAUUGACCUCUGGUUUUGCCAGUCUCAAUAAUUUUCUCAAAUAGAAAAAUUUCCACCGUCAUGAAGACCAUGCUUAUUAAAACUUUGUCAUUUUUGAUCAGUGUCACACCAAUUAAAUACACUAAAUAAUGCAAGGAUUGCUAGGCUGUUUUCUGUUUGGGUCUCUUUAGAUGUAGCAUAUGGUAGAUCCAGAUGGUUAUGUAAAGAUGCAGAGUUCAGAUUUCUGACAAAGUCAUACAGUAAAGUUCGUUGAUACUGACUUAUUCUUUUUCUUCUUUUUGUAUCUUUGUUUUUCCCUUCAUUUCUUCCAAUACUACUUUUUUUCUGUCUUCUUUCUUCUUCUAUUAUUCUUGCUUUCCUCCUCUUUUUUCCUUAUCUUUACAUAGCUCUGACCAGUGGUGGCUCUCUCCCUCUCUCCGGUCUUGAUGCCAGCGGUAACCUCGUCUUGGCCAGUGGCUCCAGCAUUUCCAACGCCCCCAACCUGGUGAGCCCACCGCUCUUCCUGAACCCAGGGGGCCUCCCUCUCAUGGGUUCCAGCCUUGGACGCAUCCCCUCUGCUGGUGGAACUCCCAGCCUUUCCCCUUCCUCAUCCACUUCUUCUAUGGAGGCUGCAGUACCAACUUUGCAGCACAGCCCAGGAGGCUCCCAGCACAGUGGAGAAUGUGAGUGAAAACCCCUCUCUCCCCCCCUUCAACACCCACCAGCACCCAUGCUGAGCCUCAACCCAAGACGAGGUUUCUGCAUACAGCAGGGGGGGUGAGGAGAGGUGUGAGUGAAUUCUAGGGGACGCUGCCUCUUUUCCCCUCCCCAGUGAAGAAGAAAUAUGCGUGAAGGGGGGGAAGGAACCAAAAAAAGAACCAAAAAUAAGAACCCUAAACCAAAUAAGAACCAAAAAAAAACAAACCUCGGAAAUACUGCAGAGAAACCAAAAAUACACUGCCCCCUAAAUGGGGUGCACAAAGCUCCCUUCAACCAAAGGAAUUCCUAAAGACUGAUCCCCCAUGCUUUCUUGUUAGUCAUAUCAAGCUAUGUGCCAUUUUAGUUAACUUGUUCAGGAUGAGUGUGGGGGGGAAUACAGAACUGGGGGCAGCAAGGUUCUCUUUCCCCUGUCUAUCAUCCUUUUGCUCUGCACUCCCUAGUUAUAGCGGAGAAGCAUUAUGGAUUAUAGGUAAAGGGAGGAGGCUGCAGCAGAAGAGAGACCACUCACAGGGUGGGCUUCAUGGGUAUCAGGAGGGUAUCAGGGUUGACUGAACCCGCCCUCUAAACGAAUGCCUAUAGCCCCCUCUUCAACUUACACCAAAAACCAAAACAACAGCUUUAUCCAAAGCCUAACACAUCUCUAGAACCUCAGAGUAAUUCUGUGUAAUCGUGUGAUGUCCAUACUGAAAAGUACACACACAUAGAUUUAUCUAUAGCUUUUUCUUGCUUAUAUUUAGCAGCUUUGAACCCCAGCCUCGUUUUGACAUCUGUAUAGUUUACUUUGCUACAGGGCUAGCCCUCCUACUUUAUUUGACCCUUACUUACAAAGACAUAUAUAGUAUUUAAGAUCCUGUUUACAGACGUGUGAUUACAUUUUCAGUUCUACUUGCUGAACAAAAAACAGUAUUUUAUUUUAUUUUUUUGUGCAAAGUGAGCGGAAAAUUUUUAUACUCCUCCCUCCCCCUCCCCCCCUGUCCCCCCUCUUCUGCCCGGAUGUUUUUUUUUUGUUUUUUUAAUGUUAUCAUUUUAUUUUUCC